GUAGCAAAUGAAUUAUUAAUUUUACAUUAAAAACUAUAUUAUAACUAUAGAUAAUAAUAUAUUAUGAUUUGUUAUUAUUACAAUGUACAUCAAUGUUAGUAAUAUAAGUUUUUUUUGUUAUAAUUUGUAUAUAAUAUAUAAUAAUAUGUAUGGUUUGUUAUUUCAUUUGUGAUUUAAUUAUAUAUACAUUUCACCAUAUAUAAAAUGCUGAACAUUUAGGCAACAUAUAAAACGACAUUAAUCUACCUAAUUAUUAAUUCAGCUCCAUAUUUAUCUAAUCAAAUGUUUGUUAUUAAAAUUUAAUACUUGGUAAAAAUAAACAAAAAUACCAUGUUUCUAAUUAUGCAGUUUGUACAAUAGAUUCAGAACCCUAUUUCUGAAAAUUAAAUGUAAAUUAACUGUAAUAAUAUUUAUGUUUCUUAAAGUUAGAUUAGUGCAAUCAAAUUUGCAUAUUACAAACGCUUUCAAAAAUAGGGCUCUGGGUUCAGACAAUAGAUGUUUCACAUAGUCUGUCUUAACGGCCACAGUCUAUGUGGCUAUUUUUGAGCAACUGUAAAAGAACAGGAGUAGGAAUGAUUUAGAUGAAAACAAAUUAACCAAGGCGUUUCUGUACACUGUUAUUUAAGUCCAAAAAAAAAGCUUCAAUAGAAGCUACAAUAUGAGUCACUAACAAAAUGAGUAACUAUGUAUAAUUCAUAUUUAAUAAUAAAGAAAGUGCUCUUACGAGCAAUACAAUUAUAACAACAAAAUAGCGACUAAAUAAGUCAACAAUUAUUAUAAUGUUAAAAAUAAUAAUAUUUUGAUUUUUGGGAACGACUUAUUAGGUACCAAAAUAAAUCAUUUUAUUGUUGCUUACAUAAUAAUAUAAGGUUAAAAUAAUAAAUUUUAAUAAGUUCUCAAUAUAUUACUAAAUAGUAAUUAUAACAAAUGAUUAGAUUAGGGGAAUGUUGGUGUUAGGCGCUUGUGUAUUAGUUGUAUUAACAUAAUAUAAUUAUUGGACCCAAAACAUAGACCUAACAAUUUGGAGAAAAUAAAUUAAUAUUUUAUUAAACACUCGCCUUCCCUUUCUAAUAAAAACAAUAUUAAUAUAAAUUAAUGAGAUCUGUGAUUAGUUACCACUUAACACUAAUAUUACAAAAGAAAAACAAAUCAAUUUAAUAAAUUAUAUUAGGUAUACCAAAAUUUGCAGAUCUAUGUGUUAAGUAUGAGUCAGAUUUUUUCAAUAUAUAAAAUGUUGAACCUAUUUUGUGUUGGUGGUACUCAAGAUCAUAAGUCAGUUUGUUACUGGUAGCCUGAAAACAAAAUAAAACAUAUAUGUAAUGUAUAAAAACUUUGUGUUAAACUAUUAAUCAUUAAUUUACACCAGUGUAGUGAUGUAAUACAAUAUGGUACUAUACUACAGAAUACAAGUUCAAACACAGUGGUACACAAAUGGAAGACACAACCUAGUCUCCUACUCUAAAAAAACAAUAGAAAGUACAAAAAUAUAAUUUAUUUAAAAUAUAGUUAAAAGUUUUUUAAAGUUGUGUUUCAUUGACAUUUGUAUUAAAUAUUUAUCAUUUUUAUUACCUAUAAAGAAUUUCAUAAAAAUACCACAAUUAUAAAAAUAUAAACACACAAAUACCAAUAUUCCAAUUCUCAAGUGUCUAGACAUAUUCAAAUAAUUAGCCCUAUAACAAAAUAUUUAUUCCUAAUUGUGAUUAGUACACACACAAAACUACAUUCAAACAGAAAUAAGUUAUAAAUGUAACUAUCAAUCAUAUUAUUAUAAUUUGUUACAACUAGUUGGGUUACAUAAAAUAAUUGGGAUCUAUACAACGAAAGGGUUAUACAAACAAUGCGAUACGGAAUUUGGUAUACUGUCAGUAGCAAACCAUCCAUUACAAACAUGUGAUCGAUGUUUAAUGGGAUUACUUUUGUACCAAGGUAAAUAGAGGUGUAUUGACCUGAGAACCAUGAGUAUUUUAACGUCUAGUUGGCUCACAGUAAUUUACUUUGUUAUUAAAAACUCAGAGUUAACUGAAAACACCCAAUCACUUAAUCUCUUCUUAUCCCCCUUUAUCUUGAUUCCAUGCAAGUGGGGUCAGCUAUUCUUAUACUCACUCUCAAUACCCUUUAUAUUAUAUUUCCCUCAAUAGCUCUAGCCACUUUUCUUUGGAAUUUUACCCCGGGUUUUGUCAAUAAACUUAACUCUCAUACAUUAUUUGAUACAAUUAAUAUUAUACACUAGGAUUUAAUCAGUAGAUAUUUAUCACCAAAUUUAUAGAAUAUUUAUGUGCAGUUUUGUAAAACGAUUUAAGUAAACAAAAGUUUGUCCAAGUAAACUAGGUAACUAUAAAGUAGUAUUUUGAAUGAUAAAACCAAUAAAAUUAAUCAAAGGUAAAAUUUUAUACUCACAUUUAAAAUUUAAUAUACCCAUGCUACAGGUACCCAUUGUGGUGUUGUGUGUACUCGUUCCAUUACCCUUUCUAAUUCAUCAAUGGUUUCUUCUAUGUCUUCGUUGACAAUAGUUAUAUCAAAUAGAUGUUCAUAGGCGCGCUGAAGCAGUUCGGAUUCAUUGGCCAAUUUUUCCAGACUUCCGUCAAACUAAAAGACAAAAAACACCUUUCAAAUAUAAUAAUAUAGGUAUUGAAUUCGAACACCUACCUAUUCAAAAUAGAAAAAUUAGUUGGCAAAAUAUGGUAUUAUAAAUAAGGGUAAUGGAUGUAAUAUUAGGGAACUUUGGAAAAAAGAAAUUGCUUCAUCGAAACUUACGUCUGAAAGUGACCUGUGAGGAGGUGCAGCAAUGAAUACGACCAGUGGCGCAAACUCAGCCGUCCUUAAUAUUUUGAGUGCUUGCGGUUCAACGUCCAAUAUAGCAAUCUUGCCUUCUUGGUGGAUCUUUCUUAUAGUGUCCAGUUUUGUACCGUACAUGGCGUCAUCGUGGGUGCCUACUUAACAAUUCAUGUCAUCAACUCGUAGGAAAAAACCAUCAAAAAAAAAAAAUAACUCUGGACAACUGUGAGUAGUCUAUUGUCCGAAAGCCAACAUGAUAAAAUAGCGCGACCAUUACUUACCAUAUUCUAAGUAUUCGUGUGCAUUUAUGUCAGUCAUCAUUUCGUCGUAAGUAACGAAAUGGUAAGCGAUGCCGUUUUCUUCGCCCUGUUUCAACGGUCUCGUUGUAUCUAAUAAAAAUGUAGAAAGAAAGUUACAUACAUUUUUAACAUAUUUUAUUUGUUUUCUUUUAUUGUACACUCACGAGCCAUCGGAUAAGCAUAUUUAUCUGGAUGUUUUUGAAUAAGUGUGUUUUUUAUAUGCCUCCGACCCACCCCAUGAGCACCGAGAAGAACCAACGUUUUCCUUUGGAACGCUUAAAUAAAGAAAUCGUACAUAUUAAGUAGGCACAUAAUAAUAUGUACAUUAUAAUAUUAUAAUACAGGGUGAUUUUUCUAUCAUGAACCAUCAAUUAUCCCGGAGAAUUUUAAGUGAAUGCGAUAUCUGUUUUUUCCAAUCAUUAUGAAAUUGUUUAAGUUUUAUUUUGAAGCCAUUUUUAAUUUUUAAAUAGGAACCUCCUUUUGAACACAUAUUUAAAUAGAGAAUAUUUUUCUAGACAUUUUGAUAUGCAUAACACUAAUAUCAGACUUACCGUUUAAGAGUUAUAAUAGUUUAAAGUUUAGACCGGAGGAGUAGGGAAGGGUUAACUUAAAAUCUUCUGAGAUAAUUGCUGAUUCAUGAUAAAAAAAAUCACACUGUAUACUUACAUGGUAGUUUAACUACUUCUUCAUAAGUGGCCAAGUCAAUGUGAUCGAAUACAGCGUUGUGCUUGGCCAGAUAUUUUUCUUUUAAUUUUUUCUUACGGCCGAAUAUUGAGCAAUUAACUACAACAAAAAUCCGAUUAUUUUUAAAGAUUGUUAUGAAUUGAAAUGAAAUCCAUAAAAAAAAAAUAAUAAAAAAAAUCCCCAAUAAAACCGUAGGUUUAAUAAUUAUGGACGCCUUGCCUAAAAAAUAAUCACAAUAAUAUUUUCAUAUCUAAAAAAAAAACCAUCAUAAGCUCUAAUGUAAAUGUCAGACUUCAUCAUGACAUUGUAUAUGUUUGUAUAAUGUAUAUCUAAAAAGCGAAAAUUGUUUAUAAAGCAAAAACCUUACCGGUGGUACCGUCACACCCUUCGUGCGACGAGCAACUGGAUUCUUUUGAUACGGCAAGGUUAUAAAAUUGAAACACACAUAAGCAUCAACACAUAUUUUAGGAAUGCACAAAUAAUAAAACCAAGUCAUCACACGAAAAACCGUAUAAAAACAACAAACGAGUUACGAAAUAUUUCUAUACGUGUAUUUACCUUGUUCGUGUUUGGAAUUUUCUAGAGCUUUACAGGUUAUGCGCCAUUCUUGGAGUUCCGGCGACGGUAUUAGGCCGGCCGAACCGGCCGAGUUGUCUUUGCGGGCUUGCCACCAAUGGUGAUCGUCUUUACUAAUUAUCUGCAUAUCAAUAACAACAAUAAAUAUAUUUUAGUUGAUUAAUUUCGAUGCAUCGAUAGUUUGGAAUUACCGACCUGCAGUAUAUCUCCAAUAUUGAACGUAAUGCCAGCUUGUGCGCACGGUAUUAGGUCGUCUUGAAGUGGAUCGUAGCUGAACUGAGCACGGACAAAUAUCUGUUGAACACAUCGACACACGGAUAGGGCGGUUGGAUAAAUUAAUAGAUAAUAAAUUUAUUUUAGAUUUUAUAGAAAUAUAAAAAUAAAAUGCAAUAGGCUUUAUUGUUAUAAAGAAUAUAUAAAUAGGUAUAAUAUGAAAUAAAAUUAUUAUUAAUUAAUCAAUACAUUAGUUAAUAUAGGUUUAUGUUAAACUUAAGAUAGGUAAAUCUUAAAAAAAAAAAAAAUAUUUAAAUAUGGCGUGUAUGAAAUAUUUGUGAUUAUAUUGGAAAUUGAAUUAUAAUACUUAAAUGGUAAAUUGGCAGUGUCGACUUAAGGAUUUUCUUGAAAGUGACUAGGUAUAAUAAAAAACAUGCCGAAUUUAUUAAAAUUUGAAGUAAUUAUUAUUCAGUUUUAUCACGUAUUUAGUUCUAAGUUGUAAAAGUAAUAAAAUAUCUGUAGUUAAAUAAUAAAGCACAAUGUAAAUAAUAUUUUUAGGGCUUUAUGUAAAUGAACUAGUUAGUAAGUAGUUAGGUAGACAACCCUUAAGACGGCCCUUAAAUUAAGCAUCACUAUAUUAUUUAUUUAAUGUUUAUAUAUAAGUAAUGAUAAAAAUAAUACGUUUUAAAUAAAGAUCAGCUAUAAAAAAAAACGGACAUAUUUCAUACGAUAGGUAGGCCGCUGUUAGAAGUGAGAAGUUAGGAAGGUAGAGGGGAAAUUUAAUGUAUAUCUGAAUGCAACGAUUAUAAUCAUUGCUAGAGAAAAACGAUUCUGAGCGGAGUUCGGUUUAUAUAUUUUGAAAGCCGUAAUAUUUGAGAUUUGAAAAUAAUACAUUUCGUACAUUUUUUUGUUUUUUCCAUUUAUUAUAAAAACUCUCAAGGAAAUCAAAAAAUUACCUUCCUAAAGUAUUACCCCAGAUAGAUUUCUUUUUAGAAAAUGUGCCAUACUUGAAAAUCGGAGCCAAAUUUCAGAUAAAAAAGUUGCCACAGAAAAAAAUAAAUAAAAACAAACAUUGUAAAACCAAUAUAUUCCUUUGCUCCGCUUAGAAUCUAAAAUUGUGUAUUGUACCUAGUGGUGCUGUUUAAAUGAAUAGAAAAAAAAAAAAAUUAAAUAAAUAAGCAAAACUCAACUACAGCGCAUCCAUAUAGAAAUCGUAACAAGCUGAUCAAAAGUGAGUAGGUAUAUUAUUAUGUACUUACAAUAACCGGUAACGGCUUUAUCCUGAACAACUAUAUUAUGUACGAGCAAUGCGGUUAAAAAAAAAAAAAAAAAACAUACAAAUAGAUCAAAUAUAGGUAAGAAAACACGGUUAAUCUCAAUAGUAAGCUAUACAAACUGUAAACAUAUAAUAUAGGUAGUAAAAAUUCUAUUUCUGACGUAGGCCAAAUUUUAAAAAGAAAAUAACUAAUAACGUUAACAAUUAUUAUUAAUUUACUUUUGAACAGUUAAUAAUAAAACAAAAUUUUUGAUUCAAGCACUAUAAUAAAAUUAUGUUAUAAUAAUGAUAACAAUAAUAAUAAUAAUAAUAAUAAUAAUAAUAAUUAUAAUUAUAAAAAAAAAAAAAAAACUCUGAAUGCCUUCCGUAUUAACUAGACGACAUUAAUCUAUAGACGGGUGAUUUUUUAAUUUGGCCAACACCGGAUAGAGUACACUUGGGCUUACUUGUACCUCACACGGUGGCGGUGCACUCCUGUACGAUGGCACUAUCUUAAAAGUAACGGAUCCUCUCGCUUCUCUCUGGAAAAAAACAUAAAAAAAAAAGACCAUAAAUUAAACAAAAUUAUUUAAAUAAUGAGAAAUAAAUGUUUGGCGCGAAAAAUUGUUUUCGAAUAAAGUUUACAUACUCAAUAUAAGCGUAUAUAUUUGUAAUUAAUACUUUAAUAUUUUGCAAAAUAAAAUUUUGUAACUGUAGUAUAAUGUAUAAUAAUAUAAUCCCGAUUUUUGGGUGUUUAGGUAUAAUAUGACGUCUAAAUAAUUUAAUUCGUAAUAAUUUAAUUUAGCUCAACCCGGUACGUACAGUGGCGUAUUGUGCCACCGAGAGGCCGGGAAGUUUCCCUGAGGGCUGAAUCCCGGUCAUGACUCUAUGACCGGCUCUAUCAUCAUAAAACUGAUUUUAUACUUCAAAUUGUUCUUUUUUUAUUUAAAAAACUAUUUUUUAGUACCUAUGACGUAUUGUGUAUACACCUUUGAUAAUGAGGAGAAAAAUGAUCACGAUUUUAAGAUAAUUUGAUUGCCCAACGAACUGUAUGAUAAGGUGGUUAAAAGUGUUGUGUCCACAGAUAUAUAAAACCAAUAAUUGCAACGGAAUUCUCUCGGGCCGGUUAAAAUUCAGAAUCCGCUGCUAUGUAUGGGGGACUUAAUAAUAAAUAUUCUGUAUAAGUUUACCAAGAGUUUCUGAAGCGCUCCGACGGACUGGUUGGCCACCGAUAUACCGUUGAUCUCUCGGAUUUCGUCCCCAACGUGCAGAGUGGCCUGACGGUGGAUCAUUCCUCCGUGCAUUAUUCGAGCCACCACACAUUUCCCGUCCUCGUUCAUUUUCAAUGUUAUGCCCUGUGUGUCCGAUCAAAAUGCGUAUUCAAUUUUUUUUUUUUUUUAAUGCAUAAAUAUCUCGUUUUAUUUUUUAAGGUCCGACGCGACGAAAUCAUCGAAUAAAAAAAAAACACAUGGCUUACCAUAGGUUCGUCGGUGUUUUUCUGGAACUGAACCAGCCGUACGCGCGUUACGUUCUCGGGUUCGAUGUCGUCGUCCAGACCGUUUUCGCCGUCGUCCAGACCGUUUCCGUUCAGAUACGGCAACACCAACGGCGGCGUCACCCGUACGGCUUCCUCCCCGAAUAUCUCGUGGGCCGCUACGUCGUGCGCUUGCAUCAACGACUGAAAAAAAACAAACAAAGAAUAUAUAAUUUAACGAAAAUUAAGAAAUGUUUUCAUCGAAAAAGACAGUUUUAAUAUUAUAGUAGACAUAGAAUUAUUAUAUGCCCUAAAAACCGAUUCAAUAUAUUCGGCUGUUGCUAUUUAUGUCCUCGUUGUCCCGUUUAAUAUCUAAGUAAAAAAAAUUGCAAUAUUUUAUUUUAACCUCCCCGUACAGUUAUAUUUGUCUACAAUCUCUAACGAACUGCGACAUAAAUUAUUACGCCCAUUUGAGUGAAACGGAUAUGUACAGGGCCGUAUUUAAGCGUGAGCCUCAUAGGCUGUAACCUAACGGCACGCACAAAAACAAAAUUCAAGGUCAAUCGGGAUUGAAAAUAAUAUGCCCUUGUACUCCCGCGGUAAGACCUGCACCAUAGGCUAGCCUACGUGCUAAUUUCUUAGGGCUGCAGGGCUCUCCCUGUAUAGUGGAUAUGUAAUAAUUUUUAUAUCUAAAACUCGGGUACGGGAAAAAAAAACGAACAUGGACCACAGUAAAACCAAUACGUCAUUAUUUUCGUUUCGCCCAGAAGCUAUAUAUAAAAAAAUAAAACCCGAAAUAACGACAACAAUAACGGUUUAAUGUGAUUACAUUAUAAUAUUAUUAUUGUUGAACGUGUCAUCAUAUUAUUAUCAGAUUAUAUACACGCGCUGUAAAAAGACCACAACAGUACUAUAAGCAGACGGUAUAAUGGUAUAGUGUAGGCCGUUUAUAUUAGCGCGUAUUUGUAUACAGGGGUAAAUUAACGAUUGUUUAAUUGGACUCGAGCCACCGCGUUACACAAACGACGACACCUAUAUUUACACGACGAGCGACAGAACAGUUUCGAAAAGCGAAAAACAAAAAUUUUCCCCGACGAUAUAAUAAUAAUAAUAAUAAUAAUAAUAUUAUGAUAUUCCGUCGCGUCUUACGAGGGGGCCUCUAUCGGACAUUUAUAAUACGCGUAUACACAUUGAAGACAACACACAUAAUCAAUGCCCCGGGGAGUGUUUUAAAACGACCCCCUCGAACCUCGUUUCCGGUUAUAUCGCGCGCUAAAUAUAAAUUGCCCGAGUUUCGCCAAGAGCCGGGCAUAAAUUAUUAACGUAGGCGUCUAGUUAUAAUUCGAUUUCGUAUAUUAUAUUAUGUACCAAAUACGGUAAAGAUUUCGUUCCGCACGUUGACGUUCUAAUCAUAAAUAACGACACGUGAAAUAUUGCGCGGCGCAUGUAUAAAAGUUUUUUCCUCGCAGCAUGUCUCGAGACGUGUAUUUGCGCUACACAUAGUGGGUAAACAGCGGUGAAAACGAACUACUAAACCGGUGGCAUGGCCGGUAUCGUAAAAAAAUUCGACUCGAAAAGUCACCCCGACAGCAGACGAGAGUACACUAUACUUAGCGUGGCGCUAAUCUUGUUUCGAUCUCGAAACGGUCUUUUUGAAUUCGAUUUUCGCUCUGUUUGGAACACGAUUAUUAUGUGUUCGGUAAGCCGAAUGAUUACUCCGUCAAAAACUUGAAUUCGACUUUUGCUUUUUAAUUUUUUUAUAUCCAGCACGUUUCUAAUACGCUUUUUCGUUUCACGCCUUUUCGCGUAUAAGUAUACAAAUCGUUCAUAUUAUACAAACGUAUUUUGGUCUCUCAUAUUCACUCUUUUUACGUACAGAAGAUUGCCAGAGAAAAAAAACAUGAAAAACUGAACACAAUAACACGCACUGCAAUUACUGAUCUAAUCUAAUCGACCGGCCCCCUUCUAUAUAAUAGUUUCCGUAUAAUUUUCAAUCAUUUUGUAGAUACUGAGUCGUUCGAUUGUGAUUUAUGCGUUCGAUAGUGUUUGAUAAACAGUCAACAAAUUAUUUUCGAUGAACUGACAUGUACCCGACGACGUGGAGUCGAGCUAUGAUAUUUGAUUUGUGGGUAAAAAUCGAAUUAUCUAGUAUGCUUACCCCAUAGACAUAUAAAUAUAUCUCUGUGGCCCACCUUCUCAAAAAACAUUAUUCAUUGACCCGCAGAAAUCUGACUAUAAUAUUCGUGCAAAUUUUGAAUAAUCCCGUGCAAUUUCAAUACUAUAUAAAUACAAUAUAAAUAACUUUCGUCGAAUUAUUGUUCAGUACGUUUAGGUAUGUUAUUAAUUCAGGUUCCGUUUCCAAAAGCGCGUUCAAAAUUAUUGGCCCGAAUUUAACCGCGGACAAUAUUACUGUCCAUUUUAAUCUGCUUUAUGACUCGCCGCGCCGUCGAUUUAAACACAGUGAUCACUGAGAGUAUACUCCAACGGUAUCAAUCUUGAAAAUCGAUUUACGAAAUUGACGACAACAGCAUAUACAUAGUAUACUACAAUCCGAGUUUUGAAAAUAUAAUAUUUUAAUUGAAAAUAAUUAUUUUUCACACACGGCGAGUACUGAUGAUAAUCCAUAUCCGACGGGGUCGUAGUAAAACGCACCAGAUAAUAACGAUGGGGACCUAUACAAUAUACACAAUAUACAUACAAUACGUAAUUAAUCCUAACUUUGCAUAUUUCGGAAACAAUCGAGUUUUUUUAAUCAAUUUACAAUUAUUAUUGGAUUACGGUGUUUAUUUAAUUUGAAAAUCGAAUUGGUUCACAAAUUAUAAACAAAUGAUAUCGCGGGUAUAAAAUAUUCCGCUAUAUCAUUAUCUUACGAUUAUACUAGCGUAUAUGUUUUUUUUCCAUACAUUUAUAAACAAAUUAUUUUACACCUAAAUUAUUUACCGAAAAAAAAAAAAUUGGCACAUAUACAUAUUAUAUUUUCAUUUUUUAAAUUACACAAUAUUUUACAUCGAAAAUUCGCACUACCCACACUGUAUACACACCUACCGUUUAUUAAUUAGACACUUUCCGACUCGUUAACAGUAAUUUACUUUUCGAUUUACAAACACGAUUAUCGGUUGGCUAAUAAUUAUAUUUUAUUAUAAAAGAGUAAAACAAAUAUUUGUGUGGGAACACUGAUAUAAAAUAAUAUAUAGAUAUUCGUAUACGCUAUUCUGUUAACCGUGUAUAACUCUUAUACCUAACAAAACUGCACGAGGUUUAUCUACGUUUAAACAAUCUGCGAUACCUACACCUGUAGUUUGAAUAUUUGUAUAGGAUGAUUCAGUAAGUUUUUUCACACCAAAAAUGUAACCAAAAAAAAAUGAGGUGAGUACGCUUAGUGAAUCACCCUGUAUAUGGGUAGAAGUGUUUGGGAAGGGAGGGGGGUAACCAUAGUGAAAAGGUUGAGAAAUGCUGGGUCAGAUACUAAAUAUAGAAGUUAGAUUAUAAUUAUUGACACCUAAAAUAUCUAUAACUAUAAAAUCGAAUAUUUUUUCCUAUUGCUUAUGCAAUAUUUUCUGAUCUCCUUGUUUUCAUUACGUUAGUAAUCCGACCAGAACUUGUAUAAUAAUACACAUGAAAUUAUAACAAAAAAGUGUAUACUAUAAAAUACGAAUCACUCAAUGCUGAAAGAGCACAAUAUGUUUAAAUUUUUAAUUUUUAAAAAAAUUCUAGAGCACCUAGAGUAAUACAAUAUUUAAUUUCAUAAAAUUACUAUAUAAACUUAUUGAUGUUAUCUAAUACUAAAACGUUAGUUAUUAUUUUAUUAACAUGCAAUUUCUUUUAACAUAUUUUUCAGUUACGUCAAGUAUUUUUAAAGUCUUUUAAAAUGUUUGAAAUUUAAAGGAAAUUUAGUACAUGAGCCCUUUCUGUAAUUAGCGAUUCGUAUUUUUAUUUUUCCGUUGUUUAUAGUGCCAAAGACAGCGCCUAUUCACUUGAUUCGCAUACUUGUUUCUCUUAAUUACAAUUACAAUUAAGUUAGAGGCAUUUAGGUACCUAUAACUAAAGUAAAAUAUUUGAAUUUAUACAUUUGGAAAAAUCCGAGGGUACCUAUAUAGUAUAUAUACAUCUUUAGUAAAACAACUAAUAAUCCUCGCAAAGGAUUAUAAUACUCGUAGUAUAAGUGUAUCCGACUAAUUUUCAUACUGAAUAAUUUUCUCGUAUACUAUAAACACAUUAUAUUAUAAAUAUGCAAAUAAAGCCGUUUGUGUAUAGAACUAGCUGUUUUUUUGCAUAUUAAUAUAUUAUGAAGUAUAUAAUAUACUAUUAACGCCACUUGUAUAAGUCAUUCUUUUAUUUUAUUUUUUUGAGGAUGUAAGAAUAAGCCUAUGAACACAAAAGAAUAAUAUUAUUUAUAGAGGUUUUAGGGUUUUACAAGGACUUUUAUUCCGAACGCACGUCCCGAACUUAUGUUUAUUAACUUUAUUUCCGCCAUUUCUAUAUAUUUCUUAUGUUUUUUUUUUUUUUUACUUUUCAAUGUAAUAGUUAAAUUUUUAUUUUCCAUAAAAAACAUAUUUUACUAUAAGUACAUAUAUAUAAACAAUCUCACUAUAAUAUAUAGUAAUCUAUAGUGAGCUACAGUUAUAAAUUCGUUUUUUUUUUUUAAUGCGCAAUAACUUAAAUCCUUCUAUCUGGAUUAAAAAUAAAUUUAAUUAAAAUAAUUUAAAUUAAGUUUGCCCUCUGUAUUUUCAGCGAUGUCAUAAAGUCGUUUUUUUUUUUUUUUGUUUUAAAUAAUAAUAAUAUAAAACGUCCUAAUGUACAUAAGUUGUUUGCAUUAUUUAAUAAUAAUAAUAACAAUAAUUGGAUAAUAGUUAUAGUAUAUGCAGAAAAACAAUCCUCAUUCAUCUUAAUAGAAAAAUAGAUAACGCGCACACAUAGAACAAGUAAAAUACUCCAAUUACAUUUCAGGAAGUAAAAUAACAGAAGAUGGCCGAAGCAAAGGAGACACAGCAGAAUAACAUAAGCAAAAUAGGGCUUUUCAGGAUAGUAUAUAAACCAUCUACUGACCACUAAUAUAUUGUGUAGUAAGACUUUAUGGGUAAGAAAAAAGUUCCUAAAAGUGUAUGUGUUGAGAGUGGUUCUAUACGACUGCGAAACUUGGACAAUCGGUACAGAAGAGAAAAGAAAACUAGAGGUUUUUGAAAUGUGCAUGUGUUAUCGAAAAGUUCUUAAGAUUAAAUGGACAGAAAUAAUGACAAACGAAGAAGUACUUAACGAAAUAAAGGAAAACCGUGAACUUUGGCAUAGUACAAAAGUUAGAAGAGACAAAAUUAUAGGACGUCUAUAUUACGUCACGAAAUACAUCGUAAAAGAUCAUAUCGGAAAAAGAAGACCAAGGAUGGGCUGUACAUGAAAUAAAUCAUGAAAGACAGGAAUUAAAGGAAUUAAUAUCGAUUUCCAUCUGUAGAUAAUGUACUCGUGCAUACCUUUUGUCUAUCAUCAUCUGCCGUCAUCAAUGCAGCGAUAACGCAAAUUACAUAUGACGGUGUAAUGUGAUAUUAUCCACAUUAGCGUAAAAAAAUGACACCGUCAAUUUUGCCGGUGUGGAUUAUCUUUGAUAAGUAUUUUAUAUAAUGUAAUGUGUACUUUAAUUUAAUAACAGUUAUUAAAUUAAAGAUAUAAAAUGAUAAUGAGACAAUUAUGUUCUACUUCAUAUUAAAAUACCGAAUACACUCGUUGAGUGUGAUAUCACUGAUCGCGUGUAGUGUACACGAGUGUAGUCAGAUGGAAAACUAUAAGUUCCAAGAGGGAAGUGUGUGGAAAACUGCAUCAAACGCAAUCAAACGGUCGAAGACGAGAAAAAGAACAAUCAUACAAAUAUAAUAUACGUACACGCGAUAAUUUAACGAAUGUGGGAUGCGAAAAUAGACUUUUCGAAAAAAGAAAAAAAAAACCCAACCCGACUCGACUCGACCUGACAUACGUAUCGGUAUAUAUAAUGUUUUCCCGAUAGACAGGUAGGUAUAAUAUACAAGGAGAAGUCCUUAACGUCCCGAAAAAAAAAUGUCUACACGAAAUCUAUUUCUUCAGAUCUUAAAAAGAAAAAAAGUUUGGUUGUAAACGCAAUGGGGGAAAAAAAAAAAAAAACUAUCAAAAGUGAACUGAAAAAAGUGGGUCAAGCAUCUUUGUAGUAUAUAUAUAUAUAUAUAUAUAUUGCAUUGUAUAUUAUGUAUAAUGGGUAAAUCGUUCCGAUCAUAUAUAUAUAUAUAUAUAUAUGUAUAUGUAUAUACGCACAUAAAACUAUAUGUAUAGAAGAGGGAACACCACUCCUGCGCACUGCACCUUUGAGCCGAACAAAUCGUACCUAUACCCAUUUUCUUCGGGGGAAAAAAAAGAAAGAAAAAACUUUGUUCCUUUACAUCACUUUGAGAAAAAUAUAGAGAGAAUAUAGCUCAGCGGCGAGCGAAGAAAAUUUUAUAUAUAUAUAUAUAAUAUAAAGUUUGCUUCACCGCGCAUAUAAUACUAACACGGCCGUACAAUAGCGGAGGCGGCGGCGGCGGCGGCGGCGAUUCAAUUAGAUUUUCUCUGUGCCGGAGACCUGACGCCGCCACGACCACCGCGAACACACCAUCAAUCACAUGGUUUUUAUUUUCACCGUGUGAAUAUAAUAUGUAAGAAGUAUAUAGGUAGGUACUAGGUACAUAUUAUAUAUAUAUAUAUCAUAAUAUAUACGUACGUAGUGGCACCCGAAAGCGUUUUUCGGUUCGAUACGUAUUGCAUAUUACGACGAAAAGAACAUAAGGAGAAAAUCACUGGGAAUUAUUUUGGUUAAAAAAUAAAAGUCGAAAAACAACAUGAUAAUAAUAAUAUCGUGUAAAAGGCUCAUACUGUAGUUGAGCGUUUUAGGAGGGUACAGUUGUAAGUAAGUAUACAUGGAGUAAUUUAAUUUAAAUUUGAACGCAACGAUAAACCAUUACUAACGAAAAACUAUUCUGAGCAGAGUAAUUUUUUCCUUCUUUCUGAGGUAACAUAAAAUUCAAGGAAAAAACUAUACAAAAAAUUACCAGUUUUAUUAAAAAAAAAAACUACAACGGAAAUAAAAAAUUGUAUAUCAAAUCCACCCCUAGAUCAAAAACACUACAAAAGUUUCUAAACAGCUGUUGAUUAAUUUUUGGUAAGCUGUUAAAAAAAAAAAAAAAAUCACAUCGUCGUAAAAUCAAUACAUUGUACACUUUCGCUUAGAAUCCAAUAAUAGCUAGAAGGUUUGGACUUUAUCGAUUUUAAUUUUCAAUUUUUUUGGUAGAGAGGAAGGGAAUUAAUUUGAUGAAAUUUACAUUUAGACAAAUUCUUACUAAUAGAAAUAUUAUUAUACAACACAUUUUACAAAAUUAUAUAGAUUUUAACCUCAACGUGUUUUAUUAAAAAUAAAUAGUAAGCCGGCCGCAAAAGUUAUACAGAAAAAAGAAUAAAAAAAGCUAAGGCGGAAGUUUGGAAAGUUUAAAAGUCAGAAAAUAUAGGCGAAAACAAAGUAUACACCUAUAAUAGGCAGUCCGAAAACUAAAAUAUAUUUUAAAACAAAAAUAACGGAUAUGAUUUUUAGAUCCUGAGUAAAACAAGGAAUGUAUUGGUUUUACUACAUGUGUUUUUUGUGUGUGUGUUUAUAAACUACUUUUCUAACAGAAGCCUUUCUCCAAACAAAAACUUUAUAGGAACUUUCUUAUUAGUAUUUUCUUAGUGUAAUGAAGAAGUCAAUUUUCUAAUAAUUUUCUUAUUAAACGGGAAAAACUGACAAUUUUUUGUAUAAGUUUUGUUGAUUUCUAAAUUACCUAGGCAACAACAGUGAAAAUACGACUAACAGUAAGAAAACAGUAACUCCAUUCCGAAUCGUUCUUCAUUAGUAAUAGUUUACCGUUGCGUAUACAGUAUAUACUGUAUAAAUUGAAUUGCUCUACAUAUUCUUCCUUCCAAUUUUCCUAAUAAAACAGUGGCACACCCAUCAGCCUUAAAAAAAUUUAAAAAAUGCUAUAUUUCGUCGAAUGGGAUUCGAAAGUCGUUCGAAACCCAUUGGUAGAUCUCGCGUCAAAUAAGUUUGCCGUGUAUUUUUCAAAUUUACGCACACCAAUUUUCAGUCGUUUUUUAUAGUAUACGAUAAUAAAAUUCAGGCCCUAUAUACUAAUAAAAAACACUCAUAUAGGCACGAAUAUAAUAUAUACGUAUUACAAUAUAAUAUUAUAGCGAGAGAAAAAACACUUGUAGUCGAACGUUAAAAAAAAAAAAACACCUAAAAUUCAAACAGUGGACUAACGCCGUAACAUAUACCGUACAGGCGUGUAGGUAUAUACCGGGGAUUUUAAAUUAACUUUAUCUAGAAUGAUAUAAUUUAAAAAAAAAAAAACAUUUUCCCCCUACAAUAACAAUCAUAUUAUUUUUUCUCUUUUAUUAUUUUUUAUUACUAUACAGCUGCAGGCUCGCUAUAUUUUAUUAUAUUAUUAUGAUUUUAUUAUAUUAUUAUGUUUCCACAGUCACCCCGUCUACUACAACUGUAUAGUAGAAUUUCGCAAUUCGCGUCAACGCCACUACAUCUCGCACAUCUCUUAAACAUCGCGUUUAACUAAAAUGAAAUUAAUUUUUCCCCUAAGUUCUCCGUAAUAUAAUAUAAAAGGAGCCCAUUAUUUUAACAAGGGUAAUUGUUUACAUUUUUUUUCACCCGUCCCUUAUUUUAUUUCGUUUUAUAAAUUACUCUCUUAUACUGUUACAAAAAACGAAGCAAAUGUUUCUCUUCCAAAAUGUCUUAUAUUUGGUUGUUUGUUUAAAAACUUUUGCUCAUUUUUUUUUUAUUUUUACUUUUUUGUCUGUGUGUAGGUACAAAUUGAAAUUUUGUUCUCGUGAUUCAACGAGAAAAUAUAUUUUUAAAAAAGAAAUAAAAUAAUGAAGAAUAGUAUAAUUAUUGCCGCAUUGAUCAAUAAACUUAUUAUUGUAUGUAUGUUUAUAUUUGUUGACGAUUAAAAACUUAAGGUAUCAGUACUAUAAUAACACCAAUGUUUAUUGAGUUUGCUCAAUAAACAAUAAAUACAAAAUCACGACUGUGUGAAAAAUAAAAACGCUAUAAAAAAUGAUAUUUAUUUUAUCGAAACGUUGAUUCGAGGAAGAAAAAAAAAUAUAUUUAACGAUUAUUUGAUCAAUAAAAUCACGGAAGUUUACAACGCGUAAAAUAAUACGUACCCACUUUCAAAAUCAAUAUACUAAUAUAAUAUAUAUUCAUGCAUUUCUGUAUAUUAAUAGCUAUUGAAAAAUGUAUAGGAGGUAUCUAGUAACAUUAUAGGUCAAGUUGGGAAGAUCAUUUUUAGAUUUUCUAUCGUAUUCUUUUUAAUGAGAAAACGAGAUAUUUAUUAUUGAUUUCAUAAGUUACCUCGAUAACAAGGAAAAACACGACUAAUGCUACUUCACUCAAAAUCGUUUUUUAUUUGCAAUGAUUAAUUGGUACAUAAAAAAUACAAACAAUAGCCUACCUUUCCAUCACCAGUAUACAACAGUGGUCUAUCCGCAGUGGCGCUGAGCCAUGUUUUAAGAAAGUUGGCAGGUAAAAAAUUGUAUAAACUGCCACCCUCGUUUACAAAACAAAUUCCCACAAAAUAACCAUUUUAAUUAAUAUUCCAUAUCGUACUUAUUCGAUAAAAAAUAUGACUUAGGUACUCAUCAAAGAUCCACCACCACCCAUUCAUUAAAAUAAAAGAAGCAAUCGCCACCCUUGGCUGCUGGUGUCAGCGCCACUGUCUAUCCAUGAGCAGGAUUAUAUUAUUUUUGUUUUUAAAUGAAAUUUGUAUAUAUUUACUAGAAUAAACCUAGGGCCUAUGCUGUAAAUAUAUUGAUAAUGAGAGUUAUAGUACAAUCGAAAUGACGAUUAAUCAAUUGUUUUAAAGUGCUAAAAAUAAUCGAUUGAAUCGAUUAAUCGAGCCGAAUUUCGAUUAAUCAAACAGCCCCACAUACACCUAUAAUAUAAAAACACGAGCGCAUCGAGACAUCAGAUUUAAUCAUAUAAUAUAAAUUAUACCAUAGAAGAAAACGUUAUUUUUCCACGGGCGCGAGAGUAAAACAAUGUAUAGACGGGAAACGUACCCGAGAUUUUAAUCGAAUUAAACGUGUAGAUGGUAUUUUUUGAUAAUAAUAUAAGACUACGCAACACAACGCACCGGGUCAAAACUCAUUAAUGAAAACAUUAACGGAAAAGUUAUUAAAUGAUAAAAUGACGCGCAUAUAAAAUAUUUUAUGCGAACGCUGCUGGUGAUAAAAUGGAUACAGCGUGGAACUCACUAAAUAAAUAUAAAAAAUAUAUAUAUACUAAGUACAUUUUAUACGGUAACCUACGUAAGUGUUAAUCAAACAACACUAAACUGACUAUCCGGUAUAAUAUUAUGAAAAUCAUUUUUUUUUUCUGUAUCUUUGUAUAAUGUACUUAAAAUAUUUUAACAGAGUUUGGGUAAACAAAUAAUGAGCAAUAUUUUUGUCGAUUAAUAAACAAACAAUUUUUAUAUAAUAUACAUAUUUUAUUUAAGCUCUGAAAAAUAAUGUCAAAUAAAAAAAAGGCUCAUAUUGAUGAUGGGUAUGUCAUUGUUUUAGGAAGGCUAUUGAAAUGGAGGAUUAAUGAAAUAUUAGAGAAAUUUUAAUUAUAUUUGUACGAUAUUCCAACGAUAAACCAUAGAAAAAGAAAAUUGAUUCUGAGCAGUAUAAUAUUAGUCGUAUUUCUUCUUUUUUGUCAGAAAUAAACAAAAAACACAAAAUUAUGCCCACAAUGCACCAAUAGAUCAAAGAUGCAAUAGUUACCAAAACAAUUUUUGAUGGAAGCGAAAUUUCUGGGGGUAAAGUUGUUUUUAGACAGAAAAAAAGUACACAUCACAACAAAACUAUACUUACUAAUAUUUUCUUUGCUUUGUUCUGGACUUAAAUGUAACACUAAACAUAAAAUAUGUGAUAAUUUUAUACAAUGACGUCGUAUAAAUAAAUGUUGUGGGAUUCACAAACCCCCCUCCCCACUCAAUAGGCAUACAUGAAACCGUUGUAUGAAAAACAAUUAUUCACCUAUGUAAAUGAUAGUAAUAUAACUAAUAUAUUGUAGAUAAUAAUAAUAGAAAUAUAUUAUGUUUUUGUAUAAUUGCCAAUACGCGUGUCAAAUAUAAGAAAUCGAAUGAAAUCUGAGGCCCGACAGUUUGAGAAGAGAAAUUUAAUUAACGUUCGUUGCACUGAAGUGGAUAGUAUAGCUGUAGUUUUCGAGCGUUGUAUAAAAAAAAACCGGCAUUCAUUCUAUACCCACACAAUUGACGAGAAUUCGACACUUUACGCGUUUAACAAAUAGCCGAAUAAAAUAAAAUGGGAGACCAAAAGAAAAAAAAACGAGAGUAGGUGCCAAGGCAUUUUUUAAGUAGGUUUUUUAUGUCCAAAUGGACAUCCACUAGAGUAAUAGCAAUUUUAACCUGACUUGCGCUCGUGAACACUUUUUAUCUACUAUUAUCUACCACCACCAGUGCAGUAGAUAAUGUAUAUUCCAUAUGUUAGUAUAAAUAAAAUUUUAAACCAACAAAAUCUAUUAUAGUAUUAAGAGUAUUUUAUAUUAGAAAUACUCUUAUCACAAAUAGGGGAAGGGAUAACUGGAAAAUGUCCAGUGGUGUUAAGGGGAAUGUUUGGCAUAUCUGCCCGUGAAGGGUUUUUUAGGAAGAUGGGGGCAUGUACACGCUUUGGUGGAUAUUCACUAAAAAAAAUGGUUCGGUAGGCGCGGUAAAUAGACCGCGUUUAUAAGGUAUAGAUUCUACUAUAUUACUAUAUAUAUAUAUAUAUAUAUAUAUAUAGUAUAGGGUAGGACGAGACAAGUGCGCGACAUUUAAUCCGAAGGAUAUAAAUUAUUAUACAUCGGAUCGGUAGGUACCUAGGUAUAUAAUAUAUUAGUGGACUGUCGGGGAUAGUAUACGCGGUGUAUUAUGGAAUUGAAAGAGACGCGGUGAGAGAGUUUGCGCUGGUGGAAAGAGAGAUACGCAGAGUGAUUAUAUACGGCGACGGAGGGAUAAUAUGUGUGUGGAUAUAGUGUUGGGACAGUAUAGUGUGUAACCGGCCGUAUAAAUCGGCAAGAGGAAAUUAGUCCCACAAACGGAUAUUAUGUAUAUAUAAUAUAUACAGGGUGACACACGGAGAACUGGCAAAUGCAAUAACUUUAGUUCCGUUCGAUAUUUUAAAGUUUUUCUUUUUUUUUUUUUGUAAUAAUUACAACUGUAGAGCAUUGCGUUACGAUUCAUUAAUUUUUUUUCAAAAAAACUAAAACAUUUCUUUUUUAAUGAUGGCUAUUUUAUGCAUUUAUUUUGAAAUUAAAUUUCGGCGAAAAAAAUGUUUAUCAAUGACGAGUCGUAAAUGUAUAAAAAAAAAUUUAAGUUUACGAUGAUUUGAACAGUUUUCACUAUCGCUAUUGGCAAUAGUAAAGAAUAUAUUAUUCGAUUCAUCAUUUUUUUUCAUGAAAAAUAAUUUUCAAAUGAUUUAUGCAAAUGUCAACAAAUUGUAAAUAAAUGUAUAUGCAUUUUUAAAAUUUAAAUUUUAGAUUCUAAGCGAAGCAAAGAAUUUAAUAUUUUAAGUAUGCAUUUCAUCGUUUAUGAAAAAAAAAAAAGUUUUAACAGAAAUCGUGCUUCCGUUAUAAACUUUAUAGGAAUCAUCUGAUAGUUGGUGCAUUUAGAAGGUCGUUGUUUAAUUUUUCAAGUAGUUUUUUUAUCAAAUUGAAAAAACUGGUAAUCAAAAAAUAAAAAUGACCAAACACAACAAAACUUAUUGCGUUUGUUCGUGGGACACCCUGUAUAUACCUAUUACUCUAUAUUAUUAUGUGUAGUAUACUGUCGUCGUCGUGUAUACAUUGUACGCGCCACUGACGUAUAUUGUAAUGUCGGCAAUCGUUUCGGGGGUUAGGUGUGCGUGUGUAUAGCUGUUGAUGCGGGUGGACGUUAAACGGACGACAGCGACGGCGUCGAAAACCUUAUAUAUCUCACCCCACGGUCACGCCGUCGUCGUCGGUCCUAUCGUAAAACGAUUUUCGUUUGAUUAUUAUACAAUUUGAUGGUUUUACGAGAGAACAAAAGAAGAAAAUGAAAAAAAAAAAGUCGAUACCGCUCACAGGUAGCACACUGCGGUUCUUGGCGGGUAGUCGAAAAGGUAUUAUAUUGGAUGUGCAUGAUAAUUUAGGUUUAACCAAAAGAACGAUUCUGAGUGGAGUAGUAUUUGUCAUGUUUUUUUUGUUCCGUAGCCAACAUUGCUAAAUAACCCAGAAAUCAACCUUCAUAUAAUAGGUACUACUUAUUAAUAGGUAAUAAUAAUAAGUAUUACCAGGAGAAAAAUUAGGGUCUAUUAUGAUAUGACUAGAACAAAAUCUGAGCAUCUUUUUUAGUCAAAAAACGGCGUUUUCCGAAAAAAAAAACAAACACAUCAUUGUAAAACGAAUAUUUUUUUCGUUAUACUAAGGAUCUAAAAAGCUAUACCACAACCCUAUAUUUUUUUAUUUUUUAACCAGUAUUAGGAAUAAUAAUCAUCAUGAUAUUCGCAUUUUGUGUAUCGAAAUUUUGCAGCCAAAAAAUCGUAUUAAGGGACUCGGCGUCAGCGAGAUUUUUGACUCAAAAACAUGUCGUCUUACGGGAAACUCACAUGCCCCUGAAAGUAUAAUCCGAUUUCGAUUUUUUUUGUUGAAGAAAUUAAGAAUACCUACAAACCAUUUUUCAAUAUUUUCAUCCCAAACUUUAUAAUGGGUUAUUUUUUUUUUUUAUAUAUUAUUUGAAAUCAAGCAAAAAAAUCGGAGGUCAAUGUAGUUAGUAGAAUUUCGCUGUUUAAAAAUUUAAAAAAAAUUUGUAGGAAAAUAUUAUAAACCAUACAACAUCUGUAACGUACAAAUUCUAUUCAAUACACAUUUCCGGUCUCUUUAGUCUAUACCAUUAUAUUUCGUUAUUUUUAUAAAGGCUGCCCGUGCAUAAGUGAAAGAGAAAAUCAAAGACAAAUCAGUGCACUUUCACAUUAUAGCCAAUUGAAGUCAGUAUAUAAAUUAUUAUAUAUACACUUAAAUGAAACGCAAUUAAAACUAAUAGAUAAUUAAAAUGGGACGACCGAUUAAAGGACGAAAUUAUUUACGCGUGAUAACAAUCGCCGAAACGUCACAAGUUGACACUACUGCCGGUAACGUUUUAUCUCAUCUUAAAAUAAUAUUAAAGAAAAGUACCGUAUACCCACCAAAGAAAAAAAAAAACUAGACUUUUUAAUAUAUAUAUAAAUAUAAUAUAUUUGAAAUACACCAAUCGAUUGCUUUUUAACGGUGUGUGGCGCGACAAUAAGCUAUUAUUUUUUUUUGCAUUACACUAAACAUUUUCUCAUUGUGUUUAGUUAUAAGCUCGUUUAUGACGUUAAUAAACUAUUUAUACGUUUAUCUACUGUAGAUAUUAUCGGGAAAACAUUUUACAUCAUCUAUAUACAUAGAAAUCGGAAACGAAAUAUAAAUCGCUUGUGUGACAUAACAGAUCGAAUACAAUGUCGAUAUUAUUUAUAUAAAUAAAAUAAAUGUAUUUAUAUAUUUUCACCGCAUAUGUUUGACGGUGAGAAAAAUAAAAAUAUGGCAAAUCGUAAGGGGAAUACAAAUAACCGUGAGCAGCAGAGCUCUGUCGCUAGAGAUUCGAAUUUCCUCCUACCUAUUUAGUAUUACAGAAAUAAUAUAUUUUUCGAAAAACAAAAAAUAACAGAAUACUAUAAUAAUACAAAUAUAUUGUAUAAAUAUACAAUAUGAUACUAUACAUUUCCAAAAAAAAAAUAAUAAUAAUAAUGAUGAUAGGAAUUAGAGUUGAAAGUUGAAACCCCUAAAUGGCACAUCAUUGAUAUAUACGUAUGACGUAUAUAGAUUGCAUCCCUUUGGAUUCAUUUCGGAAGUCUGUAGUGGUGAACAAAGUUAAAAGAAAUAUAAUCAAAAAUAUUGUUAAAUUUAUAUUUAAAUCCAACCAAACUUUAAACACUUCAAUCUGCUUACAAAACAACUCUAAUUCCCGAGUUUAAACUCGUUUAAUCCGGAGGGAGAUGCUAGAAAAAUGUAUACAUGUAUAGCAGCAGUCUUGUAUGAAGAAUCCAUUUAUUUUGUGUUCAGAAUACGUAUUCUAAUAAUUCAAAACAAAUUAUUAAGAAUGUAUAUUCGAAUACUCACUUUUAAAAGGAUUCGAAUAUUUUUUGAACUCUACACUAUAUGUGCAAUAAAAAAUAAAUUUCAAAAAAAUGAUUGAACUUUUUUUGGUUUAAAUCGAGUUGACAUUUAUUAGAUAUAACAAGCUAUUAGAAAUUGACACUUGACUUUCUAUUUCAUUUUGGAUCUUUAACUGUAAAUACUACAGAAGCAAACAAGAGAGUACGACGAAAAAGAAAAGAAUAUUAUACGAGAGCAUAAUAUAAAAAUAUAUUUUUAUUUCGUGAAAAAUGUGUGCGUUUAUUUUUUCGAGUAUGAGAUAUUAUUUUAUUAUUAUUAUUAUUAUUGUGUAGUGUCAAUAUAAGCAUUAUCGAUUUUUUUCUUCUUGUAAGAACACUGUACAGCUAAACCUAUAUAUAGGUACAAUAAUAAUAUUGUUAUGCAUAAUAAAUAUGUUUAAAAAAAAUGUAUAAUAUACGGAAACCUAUUACUGUCGAAACAACGUAUUGCAAACUAUACGUAUAUAUAUAGUUGUCGUCGUAUUUAUAUAAUACUGCAAAAUCAUUCACGGCGAACAAUAAAUUAAUUUUUAACAUAGUUGUUUACAUUUGAAAAAAAAAAAAAUUAAAAAAAAAAGAAAGAACGUACGGAAAAAAACUAGCAAUCGAACUCAGAUUUUUAUUGUCCCGCGGGAAAAAUCGAUUUUAUAACCGUCGUUGAUGUAAAACUUUUGUGUAUUGUUGUAUAUAGUCACGUGUAUAUACAUAUAAAUAUAUAUUGCGGCGCUUUAGGGUAAAUGCGCGCGACUCGGCAAAAAGGACUAUUAUAAGCGAACCGGGGGACGACGAGCCGGGGUAGGAUAAAGGAUAUUAUAUGUGUCUAUACUUUUUGCCAACAAUCUGUAAAUUAUGGUUUAAAUCGAAAAACGGAUAAACGGGGGGGGGGGGGCUGAAAGGGGGCGACAACGACGACGGUUUGGAAUCAUCAUCAUAAUAAUCGAUGAAAUUCGUAUUAUGCGUCGUAUAGUCUGUUUCGUCUCGUUUCUUAUACGUAUACAAUAAUAUGUACUAUCGUAUAUGCAGCUAGUAUUAUUCCACGACGAAGAAGAAAUCCAUUAUAUCGUGAAAUUAAAUUUAAAAAAAAAAAUAAUAAUAAUAACCAUCGUAUAAACGAGUCCUACUUAUACAUGUACUCAUACUCUUUGAUAUAUACUCAUGUAUACGAAUAAUAUACAAGAGGGGAAAUAAUAAUCGGGGAAUUAUUAUUCAAAUAUCGUUUGUGACGGUAUAUAAUAUAAUAAUACGUAGCAACAAACAUAUUAUUAUAAUUAUAACAAUAUUACUAUUCGAAUUGAAUAAUCGUUCCGAAAUAACCGACACGAAAAUAAUAUGAUGUACGUGCGUGUAUAUAAUAUUAUGUUAAAAACGAAUAAGAUAUAAAAGAACCUCAUAAUGUCCUGCAGGACGCGCGGUGUGGUAAAAACAUAUUACCAUCCAAUUUCAUGGUAUACCUACUCGUAAAACGAAUCGAGUAAAUUCGCGUUAAGUUCACUGCGGAACAAAUCGCGAGAACAACUCAACGAAAUAAACAUUAUAUAAAUAUACAACACUGAGACGAGACUACGAGUGAGAGAGAGAGAAAAAGAGACGAAACGAAGAUAUUAUAAAAAGCUCGCUAUAUUUUAUUGUAACUGCAAUGGGCGUAUAGGUAACCGCGGAGUUGAGAUGUCAUUGGAAAGAAGGAUACGAUAAAAAAAAAUAAAUUAAUAAAGCUUUAACAAAAAAAAAAAAUUUUAAUCGGUCUGCAAUCGAUAACAUAUAUUAUUAAAUGGCCUGUGUAUAUAUAUAUAUAUAUGUGUAUAUGUAAUUAUAGAGCAGAGAUUGAACGAGUAUCCUUCUCUGGGAUAUUAUCGUUAAAGUGGCGAAUAAAAAAAAAAAAAAUUUUAAAAAAAACUGUUCUCUUGUAUUUAAAAAAAAUCACUAUCAGCAGUGCAAUUGCAGUAUUCAAUUAAGGGAAAUGUUAAAUAUAUAUAUAAUGAUAAUGAUGAUUAAAAAAAAAUCUAAGUUUUCUCUUUAUAGUCUGUGGUCACACAAAUCGUUAAAAGCCAAAAUUCCGGAAAGAUACGAGGGAUAAGAGAAAGAGAGGGCUAGAGUAGAUAUUAUAAGGAGACGGAAUGGAACGGAGAAAAAUAUAAAAACGGCGAAGGCGACGGGUAUUUCGGCCCAUUAACUUUUCAAGUAAUAAUGUCAAGGUCUUUUUUUCUUUUUGAGAAGACUCUACAUUUCGACACGGUACAACAAUAAUCUUCAAACUGCCUUAUACUACCUCCCGCACACCUCGUCCUACCUACCUCUCAUCUGUAUUAUAGACUCUAUAAUAUAAACUUCUUUUAACCAUAUCGUCUACCUAUAUAUGCGAGUGUAUAUAGAAUGUACCUUUAGACAUUUUUUGACGGCCAACUAACAAUAUGUCUUCCGGCGAGCUCCAAUCGACAUAACGAUAAGUCGAAUUGAUGGAAAUAUCCAAGUCGUUAAAAUUGCGUAUUUCAUUACUUACAUUAUUUAAUUCAAAACAACGCAUUAUAAUAGUCGACAAAUACAUAUUGAAUAUAUUUGCUUAAAUUAUAUAAUAUAAUAUUCUCACACGUAUUAAAGAAAAAGAAAAAAAGCUGACAUUGCUGAUGGGCAUGCCAAUAUUUUUACUGAGUUAACAAGAUUUUGUACGGAGAGAGAGACUAAGAACGUUUUUGUUUGAACCAUAUAGGUGUAGGUAAUGGGAGUUUGGAGAGACUAAAAACAAUUUUGACAAAAUGAUUUUUAUCAAAAUACAUUUCAAUGUAAUAGCUAAAAAAAAAAAAAAAAACUAAAAAAAAGACAAAUGAAAUGAGAAUAUAAUGUUAUGUAUAAAGUCUUGAAAAUAAAUAUCUUACGGUAACUAUAUUAUAUUAUAUUAUAUUAUAUUAUAUUAUAUGCACUCCUCUGACAGGUGUAUCCUUUUAGAAAAAUGUUGAGCAAUGACAGUAAUUAUAUUAUUUUCAUUAAUGUGUUUUUUAACUAUAUUAGCCAUAAAUAACCCAUUGAGUCUGUUUUACAGAACAAAGUAACUACUCCUUAAAUAAUACGUUUUCAUUCUUUUUAUUAAAAGUGGAAGAAAUAAAUUAGAAACGUAUUUAAUACUCAAAUCGUAAAAUGGUAUGCAUACAUAAGCAUGACAAAAUAGCUGUGCUACUGACCAUUAUUGUAGGCCUCAAUUCAGAAAAGUAGGAUCCGUAUUUAAAAUGUUUUUAAUUAAUAUAUAUGAAAUAAUGAAUAAUCAUUGGUAACUAUGAAAAACGGUUCUGAGUAAAGUUCGGUUAAACAAGUUCUGAAAUGUUGUGUAUUUGAGAUUUUGGUUAAAUUUGAACUUAAAACGGUCAUAAAAAAAUACUUCUACAUUACGCUCAACUUUCUUUUAUUUUUUGAACCAUAAUAUUACUUUAAGUACAAUGAACCUCAGGUAAAAAUGUUAAGCAUUUCUGUUUGGUCGAAAUAAUUUUACUCACAUAAAACUAAAAAUAAAAUACAUUGACAAUUUUAUACGUUGAUAAUAAUAGUUUAAAAAGUUUCCCACGUCUAGAAAGGGCUAAUAACAUAGGUAGUCUGUGAAAAUGUUAGGUCCCUACUAUUAUUUUUAAUUUAAUUGCAACAUAAUAAUAAAAAAAAUAAACACAAAAUAAUGGAAACUAUAUUUGCUUACAUUUUCCAAAUAAUACUUUUUUUUUUUUUAAAUAUAUUGUAUUAUUAUAAGCAUACUAUUGUAUUUUAUAUAGGUAGGUAUUUUUAACACGAUACUACGUUUAGAAAAAGUAAUAAAAAAAUGUACUAACAUUUUUAAAUUAAUGUGCUUAAAAGUACAGUAUAUUAUUAUGUCAAAAAACAAACUUUUUAUAUAACUUUAAACCAUUAAUUCAAUACAUUUAUAACUGUCGGAAAUGAAUAAAAAAAAAAAAAAAAUGAGAAUUUAAAAAAAAUAAUUCUAUACCUACCUACCUCCUAUAUUUUAAUUUAAAGAAAAAAGUAGCUUUUAUUAUUACUGUAUGUUGGUUUUAUAUAUUAUACGAUGACGGUUUUCUUAAUUAACGCAUUUUGAACAAUAAUCUUUAUAUAUAUAUAUUAUAUAUGUAUAUUAUAUACAUAUAGAAAAAAAGAGAUUGUUGAUCACGAAAUAUAAAUUAUUAUAAAAAUAGACUGAUACUGCUGACGAUUGUGCAACAGUUUUAAGAUGGGAGUUAAAUCGAAGGGUAAUUAUAAUACUAAUUUAAUUUAUAUUUGUACGCAAUGAUUGAUUAUUUUUAACGAAAAACGAUUUUGAAGAGAGUAUUAUUAAUCGUGUUCUUCAUUUGUAGUUAAAGUAACCCAGAAAUCUACAAAUAUUCGGAUUAUACCAAUAAUUUCCAUAAUAAUACAAGAAAAAUCAAUGAUUGACCUCUCCAAAGCAUUAAUUUGAUCAAAAAUACUAUAAGACCCUAUAUAGUUUUUAUUGGAGUAAGAUUUCUGGUAGAAAAGUUAUUUACAGACGCAAAAAAAAAAAACACAUGUAACAAAAAUACAUCCUUUGCUUCACUCAGAAUGCAAUAGAAUUCAGUCGACAAAUGAAAAUUAGUUUCAACUACAUAUAGAGCAUUUCGAAAUGGAUAGUCUUUGGCUGGUUAGUCUCGAGUCUGUUGGUUCUGCAAUAAUGUUUCAUCAUAAAUAUAUAUAUAUAUAUAUAUAUAUAAAUUGUUUUAAAUGAAAACUUUUUUGUUGUCGGAUAUUAAAAAAGUCUUGAUGUGAUAGAGAAGGGGAAAAACUCGGAGCGGAUUCUACUCGUUUAUAUGCUUAUAUAAUAUUAUAUAGUAACAACGGUACCGCACAAGCGUUUUUUUUUCAUCGAAAGCACAUGCAGUUAUCUUAAGUUCUAUCCAUUCGCCGACCGUUAUUUACAGGCCUAUAAAAUAAAUACGAUAAUCACACAAAACGAACCACAAAUAUCAUAUAUAUCGAGUAUAUUGCCUAUAAUUAAAAUAAAGAUAUUUUUCGAAUAGUUCCGCAAAAACUUUAGAAUAUCAUACAAAAAAAAAAAAUUGUAUUAUUUUUAAUCAUUCAAGUAUAAAUGAUAUUUAAACAUAAAUUGAAAAAAAGGUUUUACAGACUGAAAUGCAUAUCUUCGACUUGGACUUCUUUUAACCUGGAAAAACUCGUUUACCGAACGGUAUUGAUUUUAUUUACUCAAUAGAUUAUUAAAUGAGAAAUCUAUAAUGGUUUUAAGUAUACCACCACAUUAUAAGUUAUGCCAUAGAUUAUUGUCCGAUAAUAUAAUACAAGUACCUCACGAAGGUACUCGAUAUAGUUUGUUGUAUUAUAAAAAUCAUGUAUAAAAUUUCAACUUCUAAAAAUUUUACCAACAUUUUCCUAAAUGCCAAAAAUGUGUUAUCUAUUUUACGAUACUCAUAUUUAAAAAAAAAGUAUAUUGCAUAGAAAAACAAUGCAAUUUGAAUAGAAAUUUAAGCCCGAAGAUAUAGCUUAACUAUAAACUUGAUCACUUAAAACAUACAUUCCGUUGAAUUCAUCCGGCUUUUACGAAAGCUCAUCGAGUCACACACAUGACUCAACUAUUGGUGUAUACAGUUAAAUUAAUAAUGUAUCACUUACACAUAAUAUAUUCUUUAAACUUUGAACCGAGGGAAGAGUUGAAAAAAAAAAUAUAAAUUACAAAACAAAUAUAUAUAUAUACAUACAUUUAUGCAUAUAUACACGACAUAUAUCAAAUUACAAUAUGGUUGCAUAUUAUAUAAAGAACCGUUGCUUAUAUUUUCCGGCUUUCGGUGCACUUGCCUAAACGCGCAUGAACGCACAAACAUAGAAACGUCAUAAAUAUAUGCUUACUUUGGUAUGGUAUACCUUUUAUUAUAUACAGUUUCAAAGCAAAAUGUUAUGCAAAUCGUUUUUUUCCCUCUUAAAAAUGAUGUUUUAUAUUAAGUUUCGGCAUUUCCCUAUAUACCUACGCGUACAGAGUGCAAGCGUAUAUACCCGUUCAACGAGACUCCUGCAAAGGCGAACGCGAUCAAUUUUUUUCUUCGUCAUUUUCACAGAGAUUAUACUUUUGUCAACUACACUUGUUGUAUAUAAAUAUAUAUACAUAUAGUUUAUAGUAUAUACACGGUCUACUACAUUUUUUUUUUUUUUUUUUGUAUUUUUAUAACGAGUCGACUAAGAGACGGGUGGAUGGAAGCGGGACUGUCGCUGCACUAUUAUAUAGGAUUUGCCAAAAACAACACGAACAAUAGGAUAAACCUGAUGAAACCAGCAGCCGCAUGUAGCUGCUGCUGUAGAAAUACGAAAAUAAUUAUCUUUUCUUAUGUUUUUCAUCCCCCCUAUAGUAUAUAUAGUAUAAUAUAUAGAAAGGAAAACAUUUUCUGAAAUUACUUUACGGCUGCGGCGCUGAAGUUUAUGUAUGUAUAUAGGUACUCUAAAUCUAUACAGAGCUUCACUCUCGAGUGUAAUGCAAUUUUCCGCAUAUAAUUACAACAAAAUAUUAUAUUUUUGAAUAAUCUAAAAAAAAAACACUUGAGUCAAAUUUCUUCCCACCUAUUUCGAAAUAUUAUAUUACUACCAAAAAAAAAAAAAAAUAAAAAACAAAAAUAAUUAUAAUAAUAAUAAAUAAAUAAAUAAAUAAAUAAAUAAAUAAAACAAAAAAUAUGUAAGUAGCUGAACUCUGUUCAUUCAUCCCAGAAAGAACCGCUAAAGUAGUCCGCAAGUAGCAGGAAAAAGAUUCCAAACGUGAUGCACUAAAAUAGAAAAUUAAAUUAUUUCACGCUGAUAAAUACGAUGUGUAUAAUAAACAUAUUGUAAUAAUAACGACUUUCGUUUCAGUUUAAUGUUUAAUUUUUAACAAAAUCUGAGGGGGAGGUGAAAUAUACUCGUAUGUACGUGAGUAUUCAAAUCUUGUCAGACUGAAAACUAGUAUAUAUACAAGUACAUUCGAAAUUUAUGAUCUGAUAACAUUUUCGAGUCUAAUUUGCGGGUUCGUCCAUCAGGGAAAUAAAUAAUAUAAUCGUUCGCGUUGCUGGCCACGGCGUCAAGUGUGACAUCGGACCAUAAAAAUGAGCGAAUAUUGUAAAACGAAUCCUAUACAUCCGCCAGUCGUAGAUUUUCUAUAUAACACAAUAAUAUACGAAUAUCACUCUGCCUCCCGAAAUGAAUAUAAACUAUUCAUCUGUUGAAAAGUUUUAGGAUACUAAAACAUUUAUAUUACGUUGGAUAACGUGACAUAGCAAUCGUAUGGUUGAAAAACGUUUCCCAUAUACGAGUAUUAUCAAGUGUAUAAUAAGCACUUUUCCACGACAGAAAUUAAAAUCACGACAAAUAAAAACCGAUAAAAAUGAUAUUAAUCGGAAACAAAUGGUGAAUGCUGGAUUCAAUGGCAAUUUAUUUAGCAACACGACUAAGCAAACAUAUGGUAAAAAAAAAAGUGUUUUCCAUAUAACUGCACAAAUGCACCAGUCUUGGAAGAAACUGCACAAUAACAAUUUGUCUUCCAUUACUCGCCUACCAUGCCAUGUCAAGUACAUAUAUAUAUUUUUAUAGUUCGUGAUUCUGGUCAACAACUGUGAUAAAAACAAAUCAAUUCUAAUCAUAUCAUUUCUUUUUCCAGGGUUUUAUCGUUUAUUCCAAGUAUAGGACAUGUUCGUGCAGAAUAAUUUUGCUAACAUGAUUAUUGUUGUCUUAUUUAUUGCAUAACACUGUUUAUAUUUUAUAGUCAUGAUUUGAAACGCUGAAUCUCAGAACAAAAUCCAACAAUAAAACAUUAUCAAACUGUUGAAUUUUGAAAUAUAUAUCUGAUCGUUUUCAUUGAACAUCGCUGCUGAAUUUUGUAAGACAUCUUAUAUCUACAUUUCAUUAUAGUAUUUUGUUUUUCCAUAUUCGAUUUUUUUCUUUAUCCUUCUAUUAUAUUAUCGUCACAUCAUUUGUACCGUCUCUUUCGGUCGUCUUGUUUUUAUUGAAACAGGCGCACGAUUAUAGCGGCGGCGACUGUGAUGGAUUUCACAAGCUGAUUAUGACACUACAACAACAAGAAUGAAGCGAUUUCUGGAUUUUUUUCAACGUACACGAACAGCAACCCAAUCGCUCAAGUGUCAUUCGCACGGUGACAGAAAGGAUCAUGAGUAUAGAUGUAUUGUGAAUCGACAACAAACACCAUCUGUUGGUGUGUAUAGUGUAGUAUUUUGGUGUCAUUUUGCCAGUAGUGCUCGCCGAUAGCGAUAUUUGCUUUUAUUCGUUCGGCAUAUUAUAUAUAAUAUAAAGAACCCGCCUUUACCCUGCCUUUAUAUUAUAUUAUUGCGUAUAGUUAUACAUUAUAAACGACAUAAAUGACGCGCGUAGAAAAAAUAAAACUUUUUAUACGAGAACAAAAAAAAAAAUAAAACCUGACAGGGCUAUACACGAAACAUAUACUGAAUGCGACGAUAAAUCAUUGCAAACAAAAACCGAUUCUCGGCAGAGCUCGUUUGACCGAGUAUCUGUUUAAAUUACAGAUUUAACUGAAAAUACUAGUAUAGCAAGUUUUUUGUUUAAACUGUUGAGAAUCUAGACAAAUAUUUUGAUUAAAAAUUACCAUCGAACAGAAAAUUCGAAAGUCAGGAAAAUUUUGUAGGAUUAUUUUUACUAAUCUACACGAAAAGGCUACAUAUUGACGUAUAUUUGUAUUUUUAUAGAUAUAGUGCAUCGAUUAUCGUAUUACGAUAAAAACAGCAUUUUACAGUGUACAAUGGUUUUAGUCAUAAAAAUGAACCGGACGUUUACGAUAAAUCAUUAUAUUAAUACAUACUUAUAUUAUUAUUCGUAUCAACGAACUAUUUGGAUUAAAUAUUAAGUCUUUAAAAAAUGUUAAGUUUAUAAAAAAGACAUUAAGAAUAAUCUAUUUUUUGAUUACAUUAAAUGUAACCAUAAAAGAGUUCAAAUAUUUGAGCAUUUUAAUCUAAAAAAAAAAAUUAAAAUGUAGGAUACACUGCAGUAUUUUUAAAUGAUUAUUCCAAUACAUAUAAAUAUACAUGUGUACAUACAUAAAUACAUACAUACAUACAUACUUACAUACAUAUAUAUAUAUAUGUUUUACCUAAACUUUCACCGGUUAUUUUUAAAAAUACAGAGAAACAUUACUGCUAAAUUUAUCUCUUCAGAGUGUGCUAUAAAAAAUAAACAAUAUAUACGACAAAUGCGAAUAUAUACUGAAUAAUUCAUAUUUGUAUAAACUUUAUAUAUUAUUCUUGAAUCAAAUAAAUAAGCAAUAGUAGUAGUGUAUCUGAACACUAGACUCCAGUAACUCACGAACAAUUAUAAUAGUAUAAAUAUACUAAAACAUAUUAUAUAAUAUAUGUUUAUAGAUUAUUUACUGAACAAAAAGCAAUACAGUGAUUCACUCAACUGGAAACAUUCAUUUCGAAAAGUAGGUAUUAACAUAAAAAAUACAACAUACCAUGAGCAAAAUUAAAAUUAAAAAUUAAACGCUCAAAUCAUAAUAUAAAUAUAUAAAAUAAUUUUUAAACAUAAAUACAACAUAAACUUUCUUAAACACAGGAACAAAACGAAUAAUUGUUUGUUUGGUAAAAGUAUUAUUAUAAUAAAAAAUAAUAAUACGACUGUAUAAGAUUAAACAUAGGAAAUAUUUACAUACGCGUCCGAGGUGUUUGGACACAUUUUUACAUGUGUCCACAUUUCACACGGGGGUAAUAAUUUUAUACUUGUUUGCGUUAAUAAAAUAUUUAUUCUUCCUCUUAUUCUCUCAUUUACACAGUAAAUUUAAUAUUAAUAUGGAUUUUAAAGAGUAUAUAUAACCUAAAUAUAUUUUAUUUUAAUUCUGAGCGAAGUGAGUGAUUUUUUUUUUUAGUUGUAAUAUAAAAUAUUCACUUGUUGGUUUUUGAGUUUUACUCACUACAAAAAAAAUCAUUAUACACAAUUAAAAAAAAAAGAAAAUCCCGAUAUAUAAGGUGUAAAUUUUCCGAAAAAUAAUACAAAUAUAACCUAUUCGUAAUAUUAAAAUUUGAAUUUUGUAUUAAAUUGACUAACUGUUCAAAAUUUAAAUAUAAAUUAAAGGGCGUAGUUCAAAUAUUUCGAAGAUAGUUUUCAUGAAAAUUACCACUAUUAAAAAUGUCGAUCAGAAAUAAAAUAUACUAUAAAACUGACUAAUUUACUAUUACUUAGAUAUAAAGCUACUAACAAAAGUAUAUUGUAUCAUUGAGUUCAACGUGAUUAAAAAUCAAUAAUAACAUUUUACGAGUAAAAAAAAAAAUAAUAAUAAUAAAAAUAUUAUUACGAAAAACAUAAGUGAAAUAUAUUGUUUUUUAAAAAAAUGGGCAAUGUUCUAUUAAAACAAGGUAAAAUAAAUUACCGGAUUAACUAUAUAUAUAUAUAUAUAUAUAUAUAUAUAUAUAUACUAUAUAGGGUUCAGUUGUUACGAUUUUAAAGACCUCCCGUGAAGUACGAUAUUUAUGCUUAAAAACAUUAAUAUUGUAUAAUAUAGCUUUCAGAAUUCCGACCGCGAAACAAAUUAUAUACAUUUUUCAAAAAGUCCUAUACAUUUUAUAUUUUAUGUAUACAUAAUGUCUUUUUAGUUUCAAAAUAGUGAAACCUUUUCAAAUAAAUAUCCUACGAUUAUAUCAUAAUAAUAAUAAUAAAACCUAUUACCAAUUGACAUAGUUUAGCUUUCUUUAAACGAUCUAUAAUACCCGAUAUAAAUUAUUGUGCUGGGUUCAACAAAAUUAUCGAAUUUUAAUUGUAGAGAAUAUUAUUUGUUCGUAAAAUUUCACAGUAAAUAUCACCAAUAUAUAAAUGUACUUUAUAAUGUUAUAAUAUUAUAUUCCGUUUUGUAAUACGAAUUUCAACAAUCAUUAUUAAACUAAAUAACAUGGGAAAUUGCACUAUAUUUAAAUUUUUUUUAAAUACAUGUUUAUAAAAAACAAAAAAAUCAAUACGUUCCCCGCUAGACUAAGAAUCUAAAUAAUAAUAAAUAAUAUAGUACCUAUACAAUAAAUUUAUUGUGGAGGCUUGAACAAACAAAAAAAAAAUUAAAUAAAUAAAUAAAACUAAAACUUAUUGAAUAAGUAAUACUUUUUUUUAUUUAUUUAUUUAUUUUUUUUUUUUUUUGUUAACUUGCAAGAAACUGUACGAAAUUACGACGCUCAUUAGUAUCUAUACGAGAAUAACGAACGAAUCAAUCAAUUCGUAAGUUGGCGAGUUUGGAAAUAGAUUAAUCUUUUCCGCGCGCGCAUUUAAAAUAAGUUUGUCACGUCGAUUAUUUCUUGUUAGGAAUGUUUUUUUUCCCCGCAAGCCUUUCGCGCCAUGCAGUCUAAAAGCUUUUAUUCGUAUAAAGACCAGGGGUAAAAAAAAUAAUAAAAAAAUGCGAUUUGAAUACAACAAUGAGGACAUUAUUUUCCACGCACCAUCACUCAAAAUCCUUUUAUGAAGCUAAUUUUUUAUUUUUUUUUUCCCUCGAGUUUAAAGAGGAGCGGCGUUAGUUUGGAGAAUAAUAUGUUUUAAACGAAAAAUAAUAAAGGGGCUAAAUAUACUGGGCUGCUAACACGCACGCGAGAAUGCAGUGAAAUUGCCUAUACUAAAACGCCUAUUUUCGAAAUAAUAAUAGUCCAUCUCACCGCCACGGACCGCCAUUAUUUUUUUUCUUCUCUCUCCCCACGGCGAUAGGUUUAUCAUAAAGCUAGUCUUAUUAAUAUAUACGUACGUGUAUAAUGCGUAUAAAAUAAUAAUUUUAGGUCGUUAAAGAGGUGGAAAUUGUUUGCAGGUCAAAAGGUGCAACUUUCAUAAUUCAUACGGUGUAUGAGCUCGGGCGUGUUUACCCAAGUCCUUAACCUACAUGGCAAGAGGUUGAUAAGAAAAGGCCGUCUAAUGGGCAACGAUUAAGUACAAAGGUUUCGCGUCCCUCACGCGCGCAUAUAACAAACGGGUAGAGACUACAGAAGAAGAAGAUAGUGCAUGACAUCGGCGUCGUCACAAAAGCCAAAAUAAAUAAUAAGAUAUCGUUUGUUUUCCACGCUGUCUCUCUCUACGUACGCUUUUAACGUACAUUUCGUAAAAUAUUAUACUGACGUCUUAAACGCCCCAAAAAUAUAAGCGCAACGACUCUACCGCCACCACGAGUUCCUGGAUCAUACACCAGCAAGUAUGUCGAUAUGGAAAUUAUAAGUGAAAUAAUUGCGGCGAUAUUACGACCACAUUAAAAUGGCGUGUGUCGUACUUACUUGACGAAAUUGAUGAAAGAUUAUCGAUAAGACGAUAGACGACGAUGGAGCGGUAACGAAAGUAAUAAGAAUAUAUCAAAAGGAGAACUUCCGUUACUGUAUCUAUAUACGUAUAUAUCGAGUAUAAGAAAUUAUAAUAAGGACGCUGAAGCCUCAGAUUUAUAACUUUGAAGUAUACAAGUACAUAUAUAUAUAAGAGGAUCAUGGAAUAUUCAAAUUUUUAAAUUACUCUGAAAUUUUAGUAUUCAAAUAUUACUUAAUAUUUAAGCUGCUGGCGUAUUUAAGGUUGUGUUGUCCGUGAUGAAUUUUUAAUGGUCUGUUCAUCAACUGCAGUAUAUAAUAUACUAUUUUAAGUUACUGUAAUUUUCAGUGAUUAUCUUAAAAACAAAACAGAACAAAAAAAUUUAAAAAAAAAACACAACCCAUGGUUGUAAAAAUAUCUGGACCAAAGUGAUUUAUAUUUUUAUAACGGCAAACUGACGUUUUCUGUUGUAAUUUUUUUACAAUUAGUUUUUUUCUCUCUCUCGCCUAGUUUUUAUUGUUAUUAUAUUUUAUCAACAAGACACAAAAAAAAAAAAAAUAUACAUAUAAUAAAUAGUGUAGUAAGGGAAAUAUAAUAAAAUGAGAGUGUACAGUACGAUUGUAGAAAUAAUGUAAAAAAAUGAAAAAAAAACAAUUUAAUGGUUUUUUUUUAACCUUCAAUUUUAAACAAUUAACAAAGAGUUUUGCGGUAGACAUUCAAAAAUAAAAUGUAUUAUAACUUAUAGUAUUUUAUUUUAGGCAUCUGUAUUAUUUAUGUACUAAAAUGUUCUUUUUGCCCUAUAUUGGAAAUUGAUAUUUGAAGAUUUUCGAUCAGACAUCAUAUAUAUUAUAUUGUAUAUAAUACCCGGAUGGUCGGAAAUGAAAAUUGUAUAUCUAAAACCACUCUUCGGCGGUAUGCCGGUUAGGUCUGUAGUUUACAUAAUAUAAAAAGUACAAAAGCUUACUGCUGCAGUAUAAAGGUAUACAAAAACCGGUAUAUUGCGGACAAAUCGGAAUUCAAAAGUCGUGUUCAACGGUUAACUAAUCGAAUAUAUUAUACUCAAUAUUAAAAUAAAAAAAAGACUUUCAAAAUGUAUACUCCCGUUUGGGUCAGCGACGUUGUUUUGAAUACUAAUUGAAUUAAAAAUAACACAUGAAAUAAUAAAUGUAUAAUAUUGUACCGCAGUAUGAUAGUAAAACAAACACUUUUCUUAUUGGACGACAACGAUUUUUUUUAGAUUCCGAGCGAAACCCGGAAUGUAUUAGUUUUACAGCAAUGUUUAUAUUAUUUUUUUUAUACCGUUUACAAAAUUUCUAUCAGAAAUCUUGCUUUAAUAUUCAAGUAUAGUAACUUUGAAUUGAAAAGAAAUUUUAUCUUAUUAAUUCUUUAAAGAAUUCAAUUUUUAAUUUUCCAAAUAGAUUUUAUAAUAAUUGGGAAAACCGGGAUAAAACGUCGGAAAACAGAAAAUUUACAAAAUAAUGCCUUUCUCAUCUUCAAUUUUUUUUUUUUUUUUUUUUUUUUGUUAAAAAGGUACGUAGAGGCUUGGAAUUUAGACAAAAACUUAAAUUUGCCAAUUUUUAGACGUAAAAUUUUCAAAAUAAUGUAACUUUUUUGAGUAAUUUAUAAACAUUUUAAUUUUGCGAGUUUUUAACGUAAUUUUUAUUCGGUAAGUACCCCCGUAGAUCAAAUCGUUAGACUAAACAAAAACGUUUGAAAAUUUAAUAGGAGAUUCAUUAAAUGUUGUACUUAAUCGUUAACAAGAAAAAGUUGAGUAAGUUGCAGUAUUUUUUUUUUUUUAUAAGAAUUUGAAUGAAAUAUUUUUUUUAAUAAAAAUAAAUUAGAAUUUAAGACUAAUAGGCAAAUUAUAACAUUAUUAUUAAUAAUUUAACCUGAGGUAAAAUGUUAACGAACAUCUAUUAAACUAAUGUAUUUUUUGAAUUUCAGAUACAGAAUAAUGAGCGUAAAUAUAGUAAAUUUAAAGAAAAUAAUUUCCAUUUGUUGAAUUUCCGGUUUUAUUCAGACAGUAUUUUAUACUAAGAUAUUUUUUAUGGCAGCAAAGCAGCCCACUUGGGUGUUUAUAACCGUGAUGAUUUUUCGUGAACUCGCGAGUUUCUAUUAAGCAUAUGCUUUGCGCACCGUGUGUUCAUAUUUGGACACACGACAAAUGCUGCGAGACGCUGGGCAGGUGGUUUUUAAAAAUCACAACAGGAAGUCAAAAUGUGCAGUAGCAGCGAGAUGACAAGAGCAGCGCGUGGCGAAAUAAUCGAUGCGACCCCGGGGGAUGGCACGACCGAUAUACCGUGUUCUAACUAAAGUGUACCGAUGCGCUCGUUUUUUGUGUAUCGCAGGGGUGCAAGUAUACUAGAAAACGAAUACGACGUCUUUGGUGUGUAAUAUGUCACACAGUCCGCGUGUGGGCGACGGUUAAAAACUUCCAAUGAGAAUUCCACGACGCGUUUAAAACGCGAAAAACACGCACUUCAUAUAACUACAUUAUAUGAGAAUAAAAGGCGGACAAGUUUAAAGUUUUAGUGAAAAAUCCGUAUCGUUAAGGUUGACAUUGAAGGUAAACAAUAUAAAUUUUAAAAUUUUAUAAAAUUAGAAAAAAAUUGGGAAUACCGCUUCCAAUCCUCUUAACGGUCUUGGACAAUGGCACGCGAUCAAGUGUCGCUAUGAUAAGAUUAUUAGCAUUUCACUCAGUGGCGCGCACGUCGACCGACAAUCUUUUCGUUUUGAUAAAUCGACAGCUCUGUAUCAAAAACCGACAACCGAAAAAAUGAGGAUCUUAUUGUUGUGGAUUUUCGUAUUAUAAAUGGAUAUAAUAAUAACGAUAGAAAUCAGUCCCGACAACCGAAAGCACGCGUUCCGAAUGACUACAAAAAUGCCAGCUGAUCGAAAUAAAAAUGACUGCUAACAUAUGUAAUGUAAAUUCAACCAAUCGCGAAAGGACAGACAGCUAUUUUAAGCAUUUCACGUUUAAAAAAAAAAUUUAACAUCAAAAUUCUAUUGCAACAAAAAUUUAAAAAAAAAAAAUCUCUAGUGAUUACUGUAAAAAUUGUAUUUUUUAAAUAUUGAAUAUAAUCAAAGCUAUUACAUUUGUUUCAGAUCUCCGAGGGACAGACUAUAUGAUUCAUCGUUUGACGUUUUCUAAAAAUGUAUUAUAGUUUAUUCGUUUAUGAGUAACAAAAUUAAUUCGUAUUUGAAAAUUCUUAAGCAUUUAGACGAUUUUACGACAAGCAAACGUUCCAAAUAUAUCUGUGUUAAUAUUUUAUUAUAUAUUUAUAUAAUAAAUAAUAGUCAAACAAUUAAAUAAUAUCGAAUUAAAUAGUUUUAGUUUUUCGCUAUUUAAUUUUAACUUUAUAAACAAAACGCUAAGUUUUCAUAAAAAUAUAUGAUAAUAAAUAAAUUAACUUUUUAUUAAAGUACCGCCGCUGCCACCGCUUAGAGAACUUUUUUGUUUCUGAUUUAAUAAAAAGACAUAUUUUAUUCUCGUAUACCAAAAAAAACAUUUUCGUUUAAAAUUACGAUUUUUUAAACAAUUUUUUGACAUAAAUGUAAAGUAUUUACGGAAUUUAUCGCACAACGAAUAAUAAUAUUUCAUUUCACAUUAAUUAUUCGUAUCUAACGCAAUAUUAUAAUGCACGAUACGUUAGAAUAAUAGUUUCAGAUAUAUUAUAAUCACAUCAUACCGUAUUUAAUUUUGAAAUUAUAUUUUAUUAACCAAUUCCGUUGGGAAAACCAAAUCACUAUUAUAGCUACAACGAUAAUAAAUAUAUUGAUCCUGCGACACCAGCGAAUGCUACCAUAACAAUUGUGUGCCACUAGUAUAUUAUAAAUAUAAAUAGUAAAAUAAAAAUUCGUAAAUUAGAAGAUUUUCUAUGCCUAGACAUUACAAUAUAAUGAACGAUAACACAAAUCGAGCAUCGAAAUUCUCAAAAUUCGUUUAGGGCAUAUAAAUACAAGAUGGGUAGGUAUUAUCGAGGUUAAGUGGAUACAUUAUUUUUUCGAAAUAGAUAUUAGGUAUACGAUUGCAUUAUGAAUAAUUCGAAAUAUUCUAAAAAAUUACCAUCAUUAGCGAAGAAAAUAUCGAUUUAUUUAAGAUAAAAUAUACGACUGAAGCUUUAUUUUAAAAAUUUAAAUGAACUUCGAAAUGUUUUACACUACUUAAACUGGAAUACAUACACUGGUGAGAGGUACGGGUGCAUAAAUCAUAAUACGUAAAAAUAUCAAAUUAAAACUGGUCGUUAUUUAAUUGCCUCACCUCGUAAUACUCUUAUAAAUGACGCAUGUUCAAACUCGAACAGAAGGGAGUUAUUAGUUUAAAAUUAAGUGUUUGUAUUGUACAGUUUACACGCUUUAUUUAGGGCGCAGCAGGUAAUAGCUUGUUAAAAAAAGUUUUACGCAGUAACUUUGUAAUUAGUUGAUUGAACGCAGACGGUGUAUUUUUGAGAGGUCAUUUUUCGAAUUUCCCCGUAGUGCACUCGAAAAUAACGAACGACUUGGAAAAAACAACGAUAAAAGAGAGUCUCAUACGUAGUGCGUUUAUUUAAAUUUAAAUUUCGAGUUUGUUUCAAAUCGUUUUUUGUUAAGUUCUAUGUAAUAAUUUACAUACUCGUAAAAUAGUAAUCACUAAUAAAUUUAGGAUGUUGUAACAUGCUGCAAAUUUUUUUGUUAAGAUAAAAUUAUCGCUAAAUGUGAUAGAAAUCAAUUUUAUUUAGGUACUGGAGAUUAAAUAUAUACUAUUUUUAUUAAGUAGAUUUUAAAGAUUAUCUACUGCUGAUUUUAAUAAUUCGACAAUUUUAGUUUAUAUUACUGAGUUAAUAUGUACAAUUUUCUAAUUCACCAUUUCAUUUUUCGUUUUUAGUAUUAUACAAUUGUUUAGAGUAUUUUUUUGAACAUAUAAUGACAUUUUUGCAGCAUAUUAGUAUAUUUUUAAUGGUGAAUUUCAUAGUAUUUUAAAGCAAAUAAAUCCUAACCCUGGUUAUAAAUCAUAUUAUAUAUAAGCUCGCGUAUAAGCAAAACAACACGCACUGUACAUCAAUCUUUUCGAUUAAUAUAAUAAUCAUAAUUAUAAAAUUAAAUUUUAAACGGUUUUUAAAAACUGGUAACGAUAGUAUUAGUCGACUAAUAAUAUAAAUUAAAGCCAAAAUCCUGAAGAUAUAAUAACGAAUAUAUGCAUAAUGUACAUAUACAUUGUAUACAAAUGCUAAAAGAACCCAAUAUCAAUGUUUUAUAAUAGAAAGUCUGAAUUUUUCUUACCACUAAUUUAUACAUCUCUAGAAAUUAAAACACUCACUAGGAAAUAAUAUAUUGGAUAUGUAUACAUUGUGGAUUCAAAUUUUGAUAAAAUUAUCUAUUACAAAGUGACUGUUUUAAAAAUAUUGAAUAAUGAAUAAAUACAAAUUAUUUUUUCCUAAUGAUUAACAAGUGAAAAUAAAUAUGUUAAUUUUUUCUACGUGAGUCUUAACACAAAGCCCAAUUGGAUAAAAUAAAUAUUAAUACUGAUUAAACACAGUGGGACACUCUGUAUAUAUAUAUAACUGGAGUGAAAAAUAAAGCUAAAUGUUGUUUUGAAAUUCUUAAUGUGUAUAUAUAUACAUAAAGCAGAGGUUGGAAUGUUGGAAGUUUGCAUAGCCGUGUACUUAGUGCAGGCAAAUGCAAUAACAAUCCUUUAACGGAAUGUAUAUUGUACAGUCAAACUUUAAACUUAUAUUACUAUCAAUGUUAUAAAUAUGGUGCAAUAUGUUAUAAUUUGUAUUAUUAAUACAUUUUAUAUAGAAUGUUCUAAAAACGCAAUGCAGCUAAUAGUAUAUGUUAUACAGUACAAGCACAAGAAAAUUGCAUUAUUUUUAUGGCAUUUCAGUCGAUAUGACUAGAGCCUAUAUAAUAUUAUAAGUUAUUAUUUAUACAAGUCGUAUACGUAUACGUAUAAGCAACCGCAUCCUGAUUGGUUGACCUGCUAUUUAUAUCAAUGGACCGCCAUUUUUUAUACGCGUACAAUUAGGGCAAAUAUUUAAAUAUUUUUAGUCAUUUUUAUAAACUAAUUAGAUAGUUUAUGUCAUAUAGUAUCUUAUGAUCAUAUUAUUCAAUUUUAAAUAUUUUGGCAGUUUUUAAUUUUUAAGACAUAUUUUAAAAAUUGUGUACAUUUUUUAGAGUUAAUUUAUGGCUACCGUACUUUUUUAAGACAUUUUAAACUUAACAAAUCGAGAAUCACAAGGCCAUAUUUCAAGAUGUAUAAAUAUAAGCAAGCGAGUUGAUAGUAUAGUUAUUAAGUACGAAGGAAGAAACUUUUAAUCAGAAUUUUUAUCUUAUAUCAAAAUAUUACGCCAUAUUAUUAGAAUAUACAUUUGUGUAUUCGUCCAAAGGAAUGUUUAAUAGGUGGAAAUUGCAAAAAACUCCCAGAAUAGUAAAAAUAAACUUUAAUCAUGCUAAAAAAAAAAAAAAUUAAAGAAAAAAAUAUGCGUAUAAUAGAUACGCUGGAAAGAAGAGAUUUGUAGUUUGGAUAGUUUUAAUCAACAUCUACUACUUUCUUAAAAGUAUAGAAAUGAGAGCGGCGGGGUUAGCAGAUUCACUCUCUUCCUAACUUUGGCUUCAACGGGUUUUUUUACAUAUACAUAUAUAUUAUGUAUUUACACGUAGUGUAUAUUUCGACAACGCAUAAACAUAUAUAUAUACAUAAAUAAUAUAAUUUAAGUAGAAUUUCGUUAGUCGUUUUAAUUAAAAAAAAAAAAAAAUACACCCGACGAUGAAAAUUAUAAAUACGACGACAUUGUAAAACCUAAACCUAAAUUAGGGAUAUUGAUAGUUGAUUGCUUUUAAAAACACUAUGUAUACAUAAAAUACUUAUAUAUAACAGGAUGAAGUAGAAAAUUGGACCAGAUAGGAGGGGAGGGGGAAGUGAAAGAAUUUCACCACGAGAAAAUGAUUAAUUAUAUACUCGUUUACUCUCAUAUACGAAACGCGCGCGAUAUCCGAUAGUAAGAUGUCGAUUAUUAAUAAAACACGGAAUUGCUGAAAAGCGUAUGUAAAUAUUAUAAAGGAUUAUAACAAUGUUAAUUAUUAUGGUUUUUUGAAAUUGAGUCAAGUCGAGUUCAGUCCGAAUCUAGUUCAAGAGUCAGGUAUUUAAAAUUGUACGGGUUAACUAGAAGCAAACUCGGACAUUAGUCACACUGAUGGUGGAUUAACUAGUGAGUAUUUCUGAUGCUAUCGAUAGGUUAUCGUAAUAUUAAAAACAAAACAUUAACAAUCCAUUUGUGUUAAUUCAAUCAAUUAAUACGGUACUCUUAUCGGAAAUAUUUGGGUUUAAAGAUAUAUUUUAUACCUAGAUUUUAAAUUUAUUUUCGUUUUAAAUAAAACAGACGAGUACUAGUCUGGUCCAACUCUAUGAUAUUUUUGAUUAACAUAAUAACAUUACGGUAUUUUUCAAUAUUCACAUUACAUUGUGAAUAUUGAGAAAAUAUAACCUAUUAUAUAACACGAAUUCGUACAAAUACCACAAUUAAAAAUUAUGAUUAUAUAAUUAAAAUUCUCAAUUUUUCGCAAUCUACUAUAAACUAAAUUAUCCUAAUGAAUUAUUUAUCUAAAUUUUGUUUUCACUUUUUCUUUUUAACGAAGCGAAUAGGGGGAGGGAGAACUACUCAGGUUAAAAUAUCUAUACAAUAUAAAAAAUUAUUCAAUAAUAUAUCUCGAACAAGUAUAUUGUUUCUAAUGUUUUUAUUUUAUAUAAUAAAACGAUGAACAUGAUAUUUAUAUUAGAUAUCUUAUAGUAGAUAUCUUUUAUACAGUAAAGUUUCGCGAUUAGUUUUAAACACAGCGUACCCACGACGACGACGACGACAACGACGUAGUAGUAUAAUAUAAUUGUCUUAUUGUUUAGUAAUUAUUACUACGGGAUCCAUGCGCCUUAUUCUGUUAUCAUUAUAAUGAUGUUUGUAAACUUUAAUUUAAAUACAAAUGAAGAACCACUGCCGUCGCGUCCUUCGACGAAAACACGAUAAGCGCAAAUGUUUAAAGUAACUUUGGCAGGAGUUCAAAAUUUAAAAGCAGGACUAUUAUACGUAGUUCUCUAAAUCUAAUACAAUAACAAUGUGACAUUUCUGUAGAGAAUUGUCGAUUAUACCCGUAGUAACAAAAAUGAGAAAAUUAUAUUAUACUUCGAUAAUAUGUAUAAUAAGACUAUGGUUUAACAUUAAUAUAAAUACGAUACUUGGUUCUAAUUUUAGACUCUGAGAGUGGUGUGUUAUAAUGCGGUUUCUCCUCAUCACCCUUCGAAAAACGCUUUUACAGUUCCUAAAAAUGUCCCGGUGUUCCACGCACAUCAUUAAAAGAUGCAGAAUUUUUGCGUGGCGGUACUUUAUGUGUCGACAUUUUCUACGGUUCACCUACCAGGUUUUUUGUUAUUGGUUUCUUUUAUCUUUUAUACAUUUUUGGGCUUUGAUUUUUGCAUGUUAUACUUUAAAAGACACCGAUUUUUCGUCUGGUGGUAUAUUUUUUUUAUAAAAAAAAAAAAAAUGAAUAAAUUCUCAAUGGUUUUUCUAUUAAAUUAAAAAAACAAAUAACAUAUGCCUAGGUAUACAUUAAUUUUAUUUAAGCCUAUUUUUGGGUUAUUACAAAAGCUAUGAGGAAAGAAAUAUUCUGCUCAGAUUUGUCAUUUUAGUGUGCAACAAUACUAAACGAUGAUUUAGUAUUGUGUUGGUAUAUAAACUAAAUUACACUAUGCAUAUUCCGUCUUUCCAACUACUCGCCAACAACAGUUGCCAACCUGCGAGCAGUAUCAACUUUUGCUAAUAUUAUAAUACCCAUACACAAACACAUUCGCAAACCCGGUGAUAAAACUAAGCUGCAGUUGUAAUCGAAACGAUUCGAAAAGCCAGCACGUAUAUUAUUACUGUAUAGAUAUAGGCGGUGUUGUUGCUCCCAUCGGAUUCGCCACAGCAGCUGCUGUGCGAUGAUGUUAUACGACACGAUGACAAAUGGUGUGUGAUAAUUUUUAAAACGUAUUAUACUUUGUACGACACGAAUUCUGCGGGACUAGGGUUAAUACUUUAUAUCCGGCAAUAUCCGCUGCGCCAAAAAGAGGAAAUUCAGCUCGGUAUGUGGUAUAUUUGGAGGCCGCGACGUGUAUUAUAACCGUGCGAGAGGCGGAGACAAACUGCGUGCACGUAUAUUAUAUAGUGAUAAGUUAAAGUCGCUUAUUAUUUUUAAGUAUCGAUAUUUUCUCCACGCGGUAUACCCUAUGCAUUCUUGUUGGUAUUUUCAUUUUUUCGGGACACCGAACAGAUAAUAUUUCUGUGGACGCGACCUACAUUUACACAAUGCCUAGCAACGGCAAUUUUAUUAUUACACACAUCAAAUGAGAUACGAAUAAUGAUAGCCUGGCCGUGGCCACUAAUCCACAAACGCGGCCGGGUCUCUCAGUCAUAUUUUUACCCCUUAAAACAAAUGCCGAACUUGAACACUAAAUUUGGAAAGCCACAUUUUUGACGGGUUAAAACUUAACCAUCAAAAGGCACAUACUUGAUACUUACACAACAACAGGCGUAUAUACAAAAUUGAAUUCUUUCAAGUAAUUCACAAAUUAUUUGACAAUAUUUGCACAGUAAAUUUAACGUGUACUGUCAAGUUAUAUACGAGUAUACUAUAACAUGGUCAAUGUCAGCUGCGUAUAUCGACAGGAAAUCGAUGUAGUUUUCAAACGAAAAUUAGCAUCGGAAAUUCGGCGUAAAGGGUCACGGUUUCAUAUUGCGGCAGCAGUGUACGUAUCUAUAUACAAUAUAAAUAAAUAAUACGGCUUUGUAAUAAUUCCUGCAGGGAAUAUAAUACCCGUACCUAUAUAAUGCUGAAAUGAAAAAUUGUUUUUUGACAUCGCAAUCUUUCCACGAGUUCAGCCAAUAUCUGAUCAUAUCCAUUCCCUCGUCCGUAUUAUGUAUAUAUAUAUAUACAAAAUGACACGGGGCAGGGGAUAUCAAGGUAAAACAUCGACGCGUUUUGAGAAUUACUGAUAGUAAUAGUAAUAAUAAUAAUAAUAAUAAUAAUAAUAAUAAUAAUACGCCCUCAGUAAUAUUACCUAUAUAUUAUAAAUAUUUUUAGUAAUUUUUAUUUUAUGUUAUUUAGUUUAUGAAACGGUUUGACCUAAGGGCACUAAAUAAUAUAUUACAUAGAAUAUGCGGAGAACGACCGCACACGCUGAAAAUAACCUUAAAAUAAGGUAAGGGAGAGGAUAAAGGAGAAAGGGGCGCAAAAGGGAUGAAGAAAAAAAAGUACCUCCUGGGAAUUUACGAAUUUGCAGUGUUCGGUAGUUAAUUGGUAUAGAAAAUACAACGAAACUGUCCUAAACUUACACUUAGACCGCACCACCGCCACUGUAAUUAUUAAUUUUAGUUGGUAGAAGUCGAUUACAAAUUGUUAUACUGCAGUAGUCGUGUUAUUAUUCUACCACCGAGUGUAUACUGCGAAUAAUAUAAUAUGUUUAUAGGUGUAUUGUAUAAUAAUAAAUAUGGAAAUUAAAUACCGUCAUAUUUUUAAGUAAGCACUAUAACAUCAUAGAAUGGCUAAUUUAAAAUAUAAAAAUAAAGUCAAAAAAUAUCAAUUAUGCGACUGCGGUUUAUACAUUCCCAUGAAACGACAAAAAAAAAUCCCUCGGAAAAUAUCAAAUAUCUAUAAAUAGAACAUGAAUCGUCAGAAUGUGUCUAGAAAGACGUAUUUAGUGAAAAUUUCAGGUCCUGCGAUGAUUUACUAACCGAGUUGCUAUAAAAAAAUAAAACAAAAUCGAAAAUAAACAAACCGUUUUUUCGGUUAUUCCUAAUUAAUAAAAAAAAUUCAAUAAAUAAAAAAAUGACCUUUUAAAACACCUACUAGACAAAAUUUUCUUUCAGAAAAGAUGUUAUAUUUGAAAAUUGGAGCGAGAAUUACGGAUGAAAAAUUGUUUAUAAACAGAAAAUAUAAAAACAUCAUAGUAUAACAAACAUAUACAAACUCACACAUUUCUCAUCAUUGAUUUCAGAAUCUAAAACUUCUUACCUAUACAUAACAUUUUUAAUAACAAAACGUUAUUAUACGAAACAAAUACGAACAGGAAAGAAAACUAAAAUUUUAAAUUUCACCAAAACUAUAAAUAAUCGGUAAACAAAUAUGGUACUGGAUUUUAAACGGUUUACCUGAAUAUAAAUAAUAGUGUCUAACCGUUCUAUAUUUUUAAAAGUGUUCAGUAUAAACAGGAACUCUAAAUUAAAAUUUAACAUUCCUGUUUGUCAAAAGUUAGUAUGAAUAGCCAAAAUGUAAAUAUAAUAGUUCUGAUUUUUACGAAGAAAAGUUAAAUUAUUAAUUUAAUAUUAAUUAUAAUUAUAGGGUAAUUAAGUAAGAAUUUUUAAAUUUUAAUAAAAAUGACCAAUCACUUUAUUAUAAUCUAUUGACCGGUGAAAUGUGUUUGAAAAUAUCGAGAAAACUUAAUUUUGAGAAAAAUUAUUAAUGUAAUUUACCGGGUUUACACACAAAUUGCAGUGAGGCCGUCUUAAUACAUCGCCGUGUAUCACAAUAAAAGAGCACACAUCAUUCGGAUAUCGUCUACGGUUUAUUUUAUGUUUUAUGAUAACACAAACUUCUGUUAAAUAUACACGAACAGAAAUGUUAAUAUUAUGUUUUAUUUAUAUUUACGACGACGAAACGAGAAAAUGUAGAAUAAAUAAACGCGUUUAAACGAACCCCACUGGAGUACAUUAUAUUAAUAAUGUACGUAUGUUAUAAUUAUUAGAAGCUUGUUUUCGUCAAUAUUUAUUUCUGCAUAUACAAUCAAACAUAAUUUAAUGUAUAGUGCAUAUCACGGAUUUGCUUAACAGUACUUUCGCGUUAUUAGGUACCGAUUAUUUCUUUAUUUGCCAAACAUAUAAAGGUGUAAGCAUCAGCGUAGCAAUUUAGACAGUUUUCCUUUCAGUCGGUUCCAUCGAUGUAUCGAACAAACAAUAAGAAUUCUGAAAACAGAUUUGAGUUCAACACGUGGUGAAUAUGAUAUUGGCCAGGCGAUUUUUUCGAAUUCAAUGCUUGAUUUCUAAAUAUUUGAUUUGAAAAUAUACAAAAAAUACACCCCAGUAAACUAAAAUUAAAUAAAGGAAUUUAUCGAAUACGUAACGUAAAUGAGCGUAAUCAUUUUACGCUGAAUUCAAAUUUGUCUUUGGAAUUCACUACAAUCACUCCAUGGCACACAAUCGAUCGGACUGAUUAAAGGGAAAUUGGUCAAAAUUAUGUUAUUAUAUUAUGAUACUUGUUUUUUAUUUUUAAAUAUUUAGUCGUAAAUGACGUAAAACAUAAUUUGUUCACCUCAUUUGGAGAACGGAAAAUUUGAAAACAAAAAUAUUUAUAGUAAACGAUAUACGAAGUUGUAUGUAACAUUUAUUGGUAUUUUUUUCUUCCAAAAUCCAUAAAGGGUGAAAACAACAUUUCCGCCAUAUUUAAAGACAGAAAAUCUGGUUGUUGUAUUAUAUAUGAGCGCAUGCAAAAUUUUAAGUUAAACGGACCCCGGUGGGUGAGCCGAAAUUCGAUUACAAGUUUGAAACUUCACCUUCAUAUAGCGAGUUAAUCUUGAUGACAAAAUACGCGUUGCAUUAUUUUAGAAAAAUUUUCUUAUGAGAAAUUACAAAAAUAAAAACUUUUCGAUAUUCAUAAAAAAAGAAAUAUGACAUUCCUAAAUAUAUUUUAUUCAAAUUUAAAAAAGUUCUGCUCAUCAAAAGAAUAAUAACGUAGACACGAAUACAAAUGAAAAAAAAAACACAUUUUACAUGAUUAUUUUAGUAGGAUUUAUGUUGUUAAUAUAAUCAUCGCUCGUAUAUAAAACAAUACAAAUAAUAAAAUCGAUAAUACGAAUUAUGUUCAUUGACAAUUGUUACGUCAAGCUAGUUUUUAAUUUUAAUGAGAAUUUAAAUUAAUGUAUUUACAUAACCAUAACGGACAGCAAAUUAUAUUCGUAUUUUAAAUGAAACUGCAAUUAUUUAUUUAGACGACAAAAUAAUGAUUGAUUAUAUAAUAAUUGUCCGGAAAAAUAUCAAAUAAAACGGUCCAUUUCCAUCAAGUAUACAAACACGAGUACUGCGCGGCAGAGCUUUAUAUUCUGACGGGCAAUAGGACGCAAGUUGGGCGUAGGUGUAGUAGAAAAUGUCACGAGUGUCAUUGCCCCCGCGAAUUUGGGCGUCUGUAUACACGUAAACUGUUCGAAAAAUUAAGAAAAUAAGUGUAUACAAUUCUGUUCUGUUGUAAUAUGUGUAAAAACUAUUCCUGCGCAAAUAUAAAAAAUUUAAAAAAAUGAAAAUCCUCGAGUCUCAUCGUAUUGUUUUAGAAUUUUUGAAAUCUGAGAUGUUUUUUAUACGACUUUUGACUUUUGAGCAAUAGGGGGAAAUCCAUAGAAUAAACAGUACUACGUAUAGGUCGACAGUCAUACAACAUGAAACAAAACAACGUCAAUAGAUUACACAAUCGCAACUUUUAGACGGAUUUCAGUGAUGUCGUCGACCGGAAUGGUGGUAGAAGAGACCAGUGAAAAAGAGGUGGGUUUUUCGUUGUUGUUGUUCGUUUUGGCACGAACAACAGAAACAAUAUCGAUAGAGAUAGUUUUAUACAAUAAUAACGCGAGGACAGCUGCUGUAGUGGCAGUAGUAACGCGCGGGAAAAUCGAUAGGUACCUAUAUAAGAAAACAGAGGACUUAAACACGCGUAUAAAAAAUAAAACCUAUACCUACGUCAAAGGGUCAAAACGUUAAAAAUCGCUCUUAUAUAGAACGGGUCUUUUGAGAACAAAUUAUCGGCAAUCUAUAAAAGGUCGUACCUAGUAUUUCAUCCCUUUCGUCUCCCUGCAGUGUUCACGUUAAAUUUCACCAUCAUCAUUUCUAAACGUAUUUAUUUAAUCAAAAUUGUAAAAAAAAAAAAAUCUCUGGAUAUAGCGUUAGAAGCAUUUCAUACCAAUUUAUUUUUUUUUCGACAGGGGAUAUUUUACAAUGUUCACUAACGAUUUUCGAUGUCGUUAAAAUUUCAUAAUAUUCAAAAAACGAAUGAACUUAGACCCCCUAAUUAAUGUAUACAUAUUAUAUAUUUGUUUAUACAAAAUUUUUAUAAAUUCUGUUUUUUUUUUUUUUCAUUCGUGCCAUUGAAAUUCGUCAAACGUGCCUGCACCUUGGUACGUGUGCUAUUAUAAGCUCGCCGCCCGCGUGACCUCGUUCGUUUCAUUACCGAAAUCGUAGCAACCGAAUAUUGCGCCCAGUUCGAAACUUUAAAACGCGCCCUUAUAAACUCGAAAUUUAUUAUGAAAACUCAAAGCCGAACGAUUAUUAAUUACCAUCGUAUCUAUCUCAGUGUUGGAUGUCCUAAAUUUCUAAUGCGUCAUUUAUCCAACUAUAUUAGAUUCUGAGUGGAGCAAUACCAGUAUUGGUUUUGCAACGAAAUUUAUUUUUUUUCUUGUGAACAACUUUUCCACGAGAUUUUCACUCCGAUUUACAAUUAUAGCACUUUUUAUUAAAGAAAAUCUGAUUGGAAUGGCACUUUAAAGAGGUGAUUUUUUUGAUUUUCCCCAAUAAACGGGAAAAUAAAUACAACAUUAAAUGAAUAUCAUUAAAGAAAAUAUAAAAAACAUGUGUAAUUAGUUUACCAUAAUGUGACAUAUUAUAUAUUGUUAACAAAGCAACACUAUUAACCGAACCCCGCUCAGAAUCGUUUAUCGUAACGUACAAAUAUAUACAUUAAAUUUUCUUUUUAUCUUCCCAUUUUCUCACCAACAACAAUGGCCCACCCACGUGCGAAUUAUGUCCGUAGGUAUUAUUAUAUUUACUGUAGUUUUUUAGGGUGUGUUCGCGACCUCCCGGGUACUGCGCCCGGAGCGUAGGCACCGCCACCCGUAUCUCAUUCUACGGUCCUUCCCAUCGCAUACACCCGGUAUAUAAUGUACAAUAUCGUACGGGCUACACGCGUAUACAUAUAAAACAAACGUUUAUGCAAAUAUAUAUAUAUAUUAUAUUAAGUGCUAAUAUAAUAUAUAAUAUUAUGUACGCGUCUAUAAUGAUAUUAAUAAUAUUACUAAUAAUAAUAAUACAUUAUAAUAUGUACAUAAGGGAAUUAUUGUUGACGUCAAUUGAUCCCGUCAGUUGUCGUCGUCGUCGAUGGUAACAUAAUAUUAUAAUGUUAGGAAUAACGUUCCACCGUAAAUCGUGUUAAACGCACGCAACUCCGCGCGCGUUUAUUAAUUCGCCGAUUUCUGAUCCGUCUAAACGCGUAGAUAUUAAAUUUCGGUAACAUAUUAUUAUUAUUAUUAUUAUAUUUUGUAUACAUACAAACGCAAACACAUUAAACAGGUAUGCGGGCCUCCAAAAACCAUAGGUCAAUGGCAAAAGCAGAGGGGCCUAUAUUAUUAUUGUUAUUAUAUACGAAUGUGUGUAUAUAUAUAUAGGGUGAGACGGGCUGAUGGUUACCCAGUUACAAGCCGCCAUUCACUAAAUAUAUACCUAGUCUCGUUUCACAUACACGUAUACAUAAUAUAUAAUGAGUUAUGUGCGAAAUGAGAGGACGGUGUGUAUGUGUGUGUGUGUGUGUGUGUGUGUGUGUAUGAGGGGUUGUGGUUUUUAUUGUGUGUGUGUGUGUGUAUAUACAUAUACAUAUAUGUGCAAAAUGACUGCUACGAGUGUACGGGGAAAAGCCGAGCGAGAAGGCGAUACAGUCGCGCGACCCAAAACGAUGCGCCGCCGUCGCCGAGUAUUAAUAGUGGUGGCGAACAAAAUUAUUUCGAAUGACAAAUUAUUUCUUUUCGGGAAACUCAUAAAUAACAUCGCCGCGCGGCUAUAACGCGCUAUUAUUGUUGUUGUUGUUGUUGUUAUUAUUAUUAUUAUAUACGAGUACGCGAACAUUAUAAUAUACGCCGCGGGGAACUCGACGGCCGAAAUCGCGAGCGAAAUACACCGCACCGGGCCGUUAUCGGUGUUGAAAUGCUGCGGCGGUGCAACGCAAUAUCGCGUGUAAAUGGUAAACGGUUACAAAAUGACAUAAAUAUUUUUCUUCGCCUCGCCGCCGUCACGACCGUCGUCGAGCCCGAACGAACUAUACCGGACGUCGGAUCGUUUAAAAUUAUUGUUAUUAUUAUUAUUAUUAUUAUUAUUAUUAUUAUUAUUAUCAUCAUCAUUAUCAUUAUUAUACGCGCGAGUGUAACCUAAUCCGUGAAGAAGAAAAUAAAAUUAUGCUGCUGCUGUGCGGAGGGGGGGGGGGAUGUAAGCGGGAAAAUUUACGGGUACAGGUAAAUAAUAAAAAAAAAAAAGCAAAAUACCGUCAGCCCUGAAAAAUUAACCGCAACAACAGGUUACUGCUAUUUUUAUAUUAUAAAAAUGAUCAACCGUUAUGAACAUAAUAUAUUAUAUAUUUAAAAAACAAAACUUUAUUUUUUUUUUUCUAAUAUUUAAAAAUCAAUACCCCGAGCCAACUAUUCUCGUUAUUGUAUUUCCGCGACGACCCUCGUCGUUUCGGUAAUGCGGUUAACGAUACUGUAACUACAAUAUAAUCGAUACUAUUGUACGUGUAUCGUAUAAUUUACUAUAUUAUAAGAUGACUUCAAAGACAAAGACACACGUACAAGUAUUAUAACAUACAGGGCGGAAGGAAAAUCACUGCCGCCAAUAAUAAUUCGCAGGAGUGUUAUAUUAAGCAUAAUUUUGCUCUUACCAAGUACUUCGUAAAUCAGACCUAUAGUCAUAUUCUCAAGAAAACCCAAAGUUCAUCUUUACAUUAGUGGUUGUUACACCUACCCUAACAUUAUAUACGAAAAAACCGAUGCCAUUUGAGUACAAAAUACUGAGGUCCGUUAAGAUACACGUAUGAAACGGGGAAUUGGGAUGCCAACGAUAGCGUAUAAGUUGCGAAAAACAGAGAUAUGGGAGAAUACAGGAGUGCCGAAAGUAAAAACAUUUUAUGAAGACACAGAAAAUCAAACGGUUCGAACACGUGAUAAAGAGACCGGAAUUACAGAUACAGAUCGGUCGCUACAGAUAUUCGAUUUUAAAAUUUCAUGAUUUUCCAGGACAUUUUCUAUCAAAUACUACAUAGUAUAUUUAUAUUGUAAAAAUCAUUUUUUUUUUUUUACAUGAAUUAUCUAUAGUAAUCUAUCCUUGCGUUAGUAAUAAAUAUAAUUUUUUUUUAUGUUAUAUAUAACUUUAAUUAAUUUUACUGUACCUCUCCUUUUACCUUUAGUCUGUAUCGCACGGUACUCAUCGAAACCGUGUGAUGUAAAACGAUAAAUUAAAGUUCUAAAUAAGCGAAUUUAUUAUCUAUUAUUAUUAUUUAUGAUAAGACGAUUUUUUUUUCAAUUAAUAAAGUUUGAUACAACACUACAUACAGGGUUACAUAAACAUCUACAACCGUAAUUUGAUGUUAUAAAUAUUUUUCUAGAAUUUUCUUAUUCCACCGAGUUUCCUGAAUUUUAAUGACAAAUUCAAAAAUCCCUGAUAUUUACAGGUUUUACAGAUAACGUAGCAACCUUGCGAACCUCAAAAAGACGGUGGUUGAGUGAUGAAGACUGACUAGAAAGUGAACUGUUUUUAACUGGAAGGACGUACUAGAAAUAUUAUACUAAAUUAUAACGACAGCUUUGAGAAAAAAAAACGAAUAGUUUUAAUUGACGCACCAAGCACCUAAGUAUAAUAUAAUAAUUUCGAGACCGUGAUUUUCAUUCCGCAUAAUUAUGUAUACGCAUUACUAUAUUAUUAUAUUUAUAAGACGAAACGUAUACGCACUUAUAUUGAUUCAAAAAAAGUAUAGAAUUGAAACAAUACUAAAAAGGUCAUAGGUAUAUUAAUAAUUUAAUUUUUUAUAGGAAAAUAUAAUUGAUAUUUUGAUAAAUUCGAAAUUCGAGGUUGAAAUUUUUUUAACAUUUUUUUUUUCCAAACGAAAAUCUUACGACGCGUUUAACAUUACGACGCGUUUAACAUUACAAUAUUUUAUCACAAUAACGUUCAAUAUCGUGAUUUAUAUGGUGACCUAUAACAUUAACGUUGAACGAAAAUCAAUACUAUACUGUAUUAUUAUUAAUAUAUUCAGAGUCUCAGUAUAAUAUUACUAAUAUAGGUAAGUAUAUUACUCGGUAUACUCGCUACAAAAUAUGACGCGAUAUUUCUAAUAAAUUAUAUUAUAACCUUGCCUUCCGAAAUUUAACUAAACUAUGGAUCUAUUCCAUGUUGUGUUGUUAGAUACCCCAAAAUUUAGUUGCGCGGAGUAAUGGAACAUAAUGACUAUACGGUUGCAACAUUUUUUCUGGUAUUAUGUAUAAUAUUAUAAAUUAGUUCAAACGUAUAAAUAUAAGUUUGAUACAUCAGGUGUUAAUAUUGACCUCAUAAAGAAUAAAUUACUGACAUCAAAAAAUAUGAACAAAAUAUUAAAAAAAUACUAAUAAAAGCGUAUUUAUGGAUUAUGGCUUUAUUUGGAUGCGAGACUUUGAGACAUGGGUAAUAAAAAAAAAGUAUAUGGUUUGAAACUCUAUAAAUGAAGCACUAGAUAAAGGAAAUAGAGAAUGAGUUAGACUGAAAAAUAACAAAUAAGAACGUCUCAAAGAUAAUAAAACAGAAACGAACAUACGAACAUUGAUAUAAUAAAUACUAAAAAAAAAAAGAAAAAAAGAAGAUAGGAUGGAGGGAUCACGAUCCAGAGGAAGACCAAGAACGAGGUAGAUUAACUAAUGAACGAAGGAUAUAGAAAUCAUUUCUCACAGUUACGGAAAUAUAGUAAUAAAAAGAAUUGGUGAACGAAUCUGUUAUAAAUAUUUAUUAAUAUUUGUUAUAAAACAAUCUUUGGAUUAAAAACAAAGAAAAAUCGAGUUUUUGAAAUUUAAUUUAAUUAUUUUUAUCGUCCCUAUGCAAAAAAUAUAUGAAAUUCAAUAAAUAAAAUAUGUUACUCAUGUAUUAUUAUAUUUUUAUAUUUUCUUACCUAUAACAAUAAAUUCUAUGAAAUGAAAUUUAAAAAAAAAUUGUAUUCAUAAUAUAUGAAUACGUUUUUUUAUGCGAGAUAAAACCAAAUGGAAUGAAGGUAAAAACUUAUACUCGUUUAAAUUAAUGGAUUAAUUAAAUUAAAAAAAAUAUAUCAAAAAAGCUAAACUUAAUCUACAUAAAAAAUAUUUAUACGGGUGUGUAUACACGAGGUGAUUCACUAUAUUAUAUAUUAUGCGUGUAUGUUUACUGUUACAUUACUACUAUAUAUACUCGGCGAGGGCGGAAAGGAGUUUCAUUAUCCCACCGUAAAAAAAAAAAUGAAUAAAUAAAAAAAUCCCACACUUAUAAUAAAUAACGUAGUCGUACACAUAUAGUAUACAAACAUCGUUAGUGAACGUUUAACUUAUAAUAAAUAAUUCAAAUUUUAUUAAAUAUUUGCUCGGAAAAUAUACGUACUUAGGUAAAAAAAUAAAAACAUAAAAAAAAAAAAACUCUUAUUUCGAAAUGUGUAGUCAAUAUAAUUUUGUAGCUUUUACAAACUAUUAAAAGGAGCUUGUGCGCGACCUGUUUUUUUUUCUCGAAAAAAACACUUUACAGGAAAUACUAUCGGGUCGAGAGUAUAGGGUGAUUCGAUUUCGUUCACUUUCCUUUUUUUAAUCGUGAUAGUGAAACUUACAUUCUCGCAGUGGGUUCGUAUUUUAAAAAUUAAUCUUGUAAACGCUACACUUAAUGAGUAUGACCCCCCAUUUUUGUCAUUAAAAAAAAAAAUUGUUUGGUUUUUUUGUUAAAUAAUCAAAAAUCGAUUUCCAAUACGGCCUGUGGACAAUUUUCCUCUUUCCUAACAAGAGAAAAAGCGGGUAAUGCGUAAGCGUUUUUGGAAAAAAUUAAAACUUAUUGAACUAUUAUUGUAAAAACGUAUUUAUUGUAUAAAUAUUGAAAAUGUGUAAAAAGCCACGAGUAAAAGGACUUAAUACUAUUAAAUAUUAUUCUAUAUAUUUUUAUGAUUCCAUAAUAUUAAGAUUGAUUUUUUUUUAAAUCUUUAUCUCAGAAGCGUAUGUAAUAUGUAUAUUGUUUGUUAGAGGAGGGAAGGGAGUCCUGAAAUCAGUUAUUUGUAAUAGGAGUUGAUCAUUAAGAGCUGAACAAUUAAUUGAACUUCUGUAUAGUAAUUUCGAAAUGGAGGACGAGUAAACUCCCUCCGCUCAUUUCCUAUGUCCCUACAUUAUAUCAUAUAAUUAUUGUAAAACAAUGCGUAUACGUGGUAACUUUUAUAUAUUCAAACAGCGCUAAUAUUUUAAUAUUUAAUAAUAUUCAUAUAAUAUUCUUAGACUAUUUUGUUUUAAAACGGCAAAAAUUAAUGCAAUAUAAUAAUAGUUCAAAUACACAAAUUAGAAAAAUAAAACUGAACAAUUAUUGUAUAAACGCGAAUUUCCCCGUUAAACAGUUUUAGUUUCUUAAUUAAAAAUUCAUAAAAAAAAAUAAAAUACGUUUCAGUAUAGAGAGUCGAAUGAAAAUAUAUCGUAUUUAAGUUUCGAAAAUCAAUUUUACAAGUUUUAAUCGAGCGUAAUAAAUUAUACUAGUUUGUUGUGUUUGUAUUUAAUUUUCGGUCCAAAAUAUAAAGGUCACAAAAUUAAAUAUUAAUUCGUGUAUACGAUGCAGUGUUUUAAGCUUAACGGUGUAUAAGUGUUCGUUUAUAAAAUAAACGCGUGCGAACUUUAAAAUUAACAAAUUAAAAAAAAAAAAAAACUGUGCUAUACGAAAAUUCCAUUUUAGAUUCAACAAAAAAUAAAUACAAUGUUCACAGAAUAUAAUAUGUGUGUACUCGAUAUUACAAUAUUAAAAAAAAAAAAUUAAUUUAGGUAAUUCUGAGCAAAAUUCGGUUAAACUCGGUAAACAUAAAUACGUAAAAAAAAACUAGAAAAUAUCAAAUUCCUAGAAUUUUACAGCGCUCAAAAGAAGCUAAUAUAAAUAUUCUGUAAAUAUGUCAGGUAUCUGCAAUUAUGUUUAACCGAGUUGUAAAACUUUAAACGAAAAUAAUGAAUCUAUACAUCCAAAAAAUGUAAUCUUUGUUCCAGGUUCUUUUCCUGUUAUUGAGAAAACUUCAAUGUAAAUCAAAAAUAUCCUACUCAAUGUACAAAAUAUACAAAAUUUGGUUUAAAAAAAAAAAUGCUAUACCAGAAAAUCGGAGCAAGAUUUCCGGUAAAAGUUAAAAGUUAUUUACACACACAAACAUCAUUCUAGUUAAACCAACACAUUCUUUUAGCUGUACUUAGAAUCUUAAAUACGAAAACCUGACAGGAUAUAUUAUCCCGAGUAAUUAUACAACAGGGGAAUUCCCAGACAUCGUGAUAUUUUAAAUAUGCAGUGUAGAAUUCAGAUACAAAAAAAGAAAUUUAGUAUCGAAAAGCACGGCAAAGCGACGGCUCGAGAUUUUUUUCUCUUUUUAACUAGCAUAUUUUCAAUUGUCUUUAGGAGUAUAUAGGGUGUAAAAAAGUGCGAUUUAUAUAUAUAUAUAUAUAUAUAUAUAUAUAUAUAAUAUUAAAUUAAACGAAAACUCAAAAGCGUUAUAUUACGUUUGAAGGUAUAGGUGCAGUAUAGAUAAUGUAAAUUUACCAAACUAUUGUAUACCACGUAAUAUUAAUAUAAUAUAACAGCACAGCACUUCAUCCGGUUCUAAAACGUACACACAGAGGUGCUGCUGUUCAAAACAGUACCGUGCAACGAUAAAGCAAUAUACUGAAAACGGACUGAGAACAAUGCACAUUAUAAUAUUAUUUAGUCGGCACCACGAGUGCUGCAGUAGUCGUGUAAUUUACAAGGAGAGUCGCGUGACAACCGUCGUAGUGCAGACUCCCACCCGCCACCACUGAUAUUAUAUUUUACGCGAGACAUUAUCAUUGAAUUUUCUUAUUUUUCCUCGACAGACUAAGAUAAUAGUAAUAAUAAUGAUAAUAAUGAUAAUAAUAAUAAUAAUAAUAAUAAUAAUAAUAAUAAUAAUAAUAAUAAACUCGGAAAAACUGAAGCGCGUUAACAUAAUAAUAAUACAAGUAUGUAUAUGUGUAAUACUAUCGGUAUAGUAACAUACGAGUAAACAGCGCCGAUGCGCAUAUUAAGUAAGAAUAUGAUUAUAAAGACGAAAAAAGAGAAAAAAGAAAAAAAGAAAAGAGCUACCUAAUAUAUCUCGAAUUAGACGAGAAGUCGGGAAGGUUUAAUUUAAAUCUAUAUCUAAAAUUGUUGAACAACGAUUAUGCGUGGUUGAAAAUGCAAUAUUGUUUUUAUUUAUCUAUUUAUUUUUUUUUUUUUUACGAUUUUCGUCAAAAUGUAAACUUAAAACACUGUGUCCAAGUAUUUCUGUUAUGUCAAACGAUUUCAAAACGUGACGUCUAGUAAAUGCUACGAAAUUAAUUAAGUAAAAAUUGCAGGUCUCUACGAUUAUUUUAAACCGAAAACUGGAAUAAACCGUGAAAAAAACAUAGAAAAGUUUACGACAAAAACGACGGUUUCAAUAUUUUAAGUUGGAUUUUUUUGUUUUAAUUCGAUUAAAAAUAACGACGGGCAAUUUUUAGAGAAUACCAAUUUUUGAUUGUUUUUUUUAUCAAUUUUGAAGAUUAUAGCAAUAUGACAACAUGAGCAAUACGACGAUUUUAUGAAACAAUAAUAAUAUCCGGUAUUAAUAGUAUUAUAUAUGUAUAUUAUAUAUAUGUAUAUUAAGUAUACAUUUUAUAGUUAAUGUUAUAAAAUCGGAUUAUGUCAUUGUAUUUAUACUUUUUGAAUAUGAAAACUGAUUUUGUGACGUUAGUUUUAACAAUGAAUUAUGUUACUUACAAAUUACAAUGACAAUUUUGAAUUGUCUAUAAAACGUUAUUUUAAUAAAAAAAAAUUAUGAUCAAGAGUGCAUGAUGUUAUCUAUCGGCAGCAAUGUAAAAAAUGAUUUUUACCUAAAUAGGAUUUAAAAAAAAAAAUGUUUUCCUGUAAAUAAGUGCUCAACGGGCAAAAAAAAAAUUAAUGCAUGGUAGGGUUAAAGUGUAUUAGCCCAUUAUCAAACUUAAGACCAAUUAUCUAUUAUUGUACGUUAGUUAUUUUUGAUUUUUAUAAAUGUUCAAGCGAGUUACGAACGUGUGAAAUAUUACAAUUUAAAAACCCCCAAAUCUGGCUUAAAAAUUAAAAUAUGGAAAAAAACAUCAACUGACAAGCACAGACCGUGUUCUUACCAUUAAGUUUGAUAACAGGUAUUAAAUAUAACAGUACGAAAUCGGUUUAAGUAUAAAUAUAACGGCAUUACCCGAUUUUACAACAUUUAACGUAACAUACACACCCGUAAAAUACACCAAAAUAAAUUUGAGUAGUUUUAAGUCGUCGCAGUUUAACUCCCUGCAGCUGCAGUGUUAACGAUUUUCGCACGCGCUCAUUUAAUAUUUAUUUUAAACAUACAAUUUCUUGGACUGGACACACUACCCAAACAAAACAGUAUUAGACCAGCGAUUUUGAUUCAAUUAGUAAAUAUAUCAUUACUCCCUCUAUAAAUAUAUAACCGUGCCGCCGGUCGCGGUUGUUUCAUCAAUUGAGAACUAUAAAUAAUCGAUUUUGUAUAAACCAUGAAUCAUAAUAUCUAUACAAAAUAAUGAUUAGCGAAUGGGUCCGUUUAAUUUUUAAAGUGUAACAUUACCUACCUAUCUAAUAAGUUAGAUCGCAAUAUUAUUGUUACCGGCCAUAACGAUAAACUCGAAAAAAAACUAAUAGUAAUUUCUUCUUCUUUUUUUCGAGUUCUUUUAAGUAAUAUAAUAUUGGGAAAGCAUAUUUGUUUUUAUUUAGAAGACUUAACAACUAUCCGUAUAAAUAUAUAUACUUAUAGAAAAUUAAUACAAUACGAAACGGAAAAAAUAAAAUCCCAAAAUUAAAAAGAUUCCAAAUUAGUUGAUAGAUCUUGAGUGGUCUUACAAUUUCGACUAAGUUGUGUAGUAAGACUGUAUAUAAACAUUUGAAACAACGCGGGUUCAGGGUAAUAAACCAAUAUAAGGGUAGUUAAUAAAAAUGUAUUCAUCAGUGACGUGCACAGAAGGGGAAAGUUAGCGAUUAUAACUCCAACCAUUAUUGGCUUCAAAAUACGACUAUGAAUGUUUAUUUAAUAAUAUCUUAAAUAUUUUAAAUUGUUGGGAUAGAGGUGUAUUAUACAAAAAAAAAUUAUACAAUUUAUUCAGGAAUCAUCAUAAUAUAAUGGUAGUUAAGUAUAAAAAACUGAUGAACUUUACAUAUUAAAAAUGUUUUAUACGACACGUCACGUUCGAAUAUAUGGGUACGAAAACAUCAAAAUAUAAUAACACAAUAUCUCUAAUGACGUAUUAAUACUAUAAUAUUAUAGGUUUUUUUUUUCAUACAAACGACAACCUUGAACGAUAUUCAGAUCACGUAAACUUCAAAUAGGGUAAUUUUACUUUUUUUGCUGACAGCAUAGUCAUGUACAUAAUAAUUGCAUUUAAAUAGUCCAAACGAAGAAUGAUUUUAUUUUUCUUGGCACGUUUAAAAAAAAAUUAUAAUAAUGAAUAAAAAAAUAAAAAAAGACACCACAGUAUUAUUUAUGCUAUACAUUGUACAAAGAACAUAUAGAAUAAAAUUAUUUAUCACCAAGGUUAAUUAUUCAAAAAAAAAAAAAAAAAAACGUGUACGUAUUUUAUAGUCUUCAAAUUAUAUUUAAAUAUAUAUAUAUAUAUAUUUUUUUUAUUAUAUAUACAAUCUGUAAUGAUAUUUACAAUGAGCAUAUGAGAGUUCAGAUAUAUUAAAAAUCAUAUGAAGGAAUCAUGAGAGAAACUACCCAGCAGUAAUACUCAUAAUAUUCAAAUAUAACUUUAUAUACAAGUAGGUAUGGAACAUAUAAUUGUUAAAUAAUUAACCAAGUAUAAUACGUAUUUAUGGUAGUUUUCGAACAAAUUUCGAUGCGACAUUGAAACACGAAAAAACUUUUAUACACUUAUUGUAUUUGAAAAAUAAUAGACAAAUCGUUUAAAAAACGAACUAAAUAAAACGAAUAUAAAAAAUACUAUAGAGGAAACGGUUUUUUUUUUUAUUAUUACAUUGUCGUCUAAUGUCAAAACAGUUUUGUUUUUUUUUUUUUUUAAUUUAUUAUUUAUUCGUCUUGUUUGUUUUGUUCGGAAUACAACUAUUAUUGUUAAAAUUCUAUACACCAACAUUUCACAUCAUUAUUGUGUUAUUUAUUUAUUAUUCUACUUCGGAUUUUACACUGCGCAUUUCCAUAUACCAAUACCUAUUUUUACAUAUUUUUUUCCUGUUCAUUUUUCGUUUUUGUUGAAUACUCUCGGCGAAAAUAAAAAGACUAUUAUAGGUAUUGUAUCUGAAAUAUAAUACAAAUUGAAAAAUAAGAACCACCUAAAUUUCUAUUUUCUUUUAAAUCAAAUAAUGAGCUAAAACUCGGGAAUUAUAUAGAAUUGCAGUUUUAUAGGUGGAUUAAAUUGAUCAAAAUUGAGUUAAAUUUCAAUAUACUAUUGCAGAAAAGAUCGUUAUUCUAGCUUUGGACACCCAUACAGACUUCCUGAAUGAAGCCAUAGGAGGUAGGCAUUUUGUUUAUGCACUGCGUAAGUGACAAUAGGAUUACGUGACUUUUUGUAAUCUCAACUACCAACACCCGCUUCCGACCCAUUUGUAAGCUAAAAUCUCACAUUUUUAUUGUUUUAUAGUAUAUAAUACAUAUGUACUUAUAGUAUAGUAUAUUUUAAUAUUCCGUAAUAGUGUUCGGGUAUUAAUAAUCGGUUUACAUAGAAUAUUUCUAUAAUACAAAUUAAGCGGGAGAAAUUAGACUCUAUGAUAUAGUGACGAAACUCUGCCGAUGAGUGUGGUGUUGUUUUUUUUACUAUUUUGCUAUCAUCGGCGCAGUAUUUUUUUUUUCAAAUUUAAUUACACAAUUACACUCUUCGAUAUUUAUGUUAAAAAUUAACAGUCGCAGUUACACACGCGAAUUCAUAAUGUGCUAUUUUCUACAUUAUAUACCUAUAAUACAAGAGGAAAUAAACAUUGUAAUAUUAUUAUGAUGUGUUUUUAUCGUACGACGGCACUCUGGUUAUGCAAAACCGAUACAUGAACGACGACGACGUUCAAUAGAAAACGAAAUAAUAAUAAUAUAAAAAAAAAAAAAAAUCAAUUUUGUUUCACCGUAGAAUAUAUAUAUACGAAAAUAAAAUAAAAAGUUAUCGAGCAACCGUUAUUCGGAGGAUAGCGAAGAGAGGCGGGUUAUAUUCUAUACGUGAAAUACAGUCCCCCGAAGAAGAAGUUUCCUAGAAAAUACAAAUUUAGUUUAAAAAGUUUUGAAGCCCACGUAGUUACGGUGCGGUAUAGCGUAUUAUAUACGAACUCCUUACUCAAAAGAAGAAAGUUUCUCGCGACAUACAUACAAAUGAUUUUUUAGGUCUUGCGAGGUCUAAUAAAUUAUUAUUAUUAUAAUUGUACAGAGGACGAGUAAUUAAAAGGCGACAAGACGAAAACGAGUUUAUUAUUAUUUAUUUUAUAAUUUUUUUUUUUUAAAGUAAAGAUAGAUACUUUACAUUUAUAAUACGCUGGUAUGUUCACAAUUUAGACUCGAUUAACGUAUACCUAUAUUUUGACGUUAUUUUAAUUUUAAUCAUACAUUUAAGCUCAUCUCGUUUUACUCAAAUCGAUUUUAGUCAAACAACACUAUAUACCGCACACUAUCAACCGUCACUCUAUCAAGAAGGCUUGGAAAAAGAAAACUCGCCUAGAGACCUAAAUCUUUAAUUUUAUCAAUCGGAUUAAGUGUACUUGAAUUAACGCCAAUUAGUUGUUCUAUAAUAAACUCGCUGCAAUAGUUAUCUCACUUAUUUAAUAAUUGUAAAUGGAAAAAAAAACUUUAAGCCAAGCAACCGAGCUCGGUCAUUAGAGUUGAAUUUCUCUGCGCCAUUAUGUGUUGUGUUAUAAUCCAUAGCAAAUAUUCUUUAUAAAUAAUCAAACACUGUACAAUCAAUAUAUUACGGUACUUCCGAAAAAUAAAUAAAUGUUGACAUUUUCUCAUAAAAAUAAUUGAGACGUGGAUUGAAAGUCAAAACUCCCGAGUCUUUUUCUUUAGACACUGACGCGCUACUACAUACACAAAAUCGAAAUUCCCUAUAGCGAUAACCUCAUUCGAGGUAUUUAAAGUCAAAAAAAAAUACCGACUUCCUCUCCGAUGCUGAAUAUUGGAAUUCAAUCAAACUUUUAUCACUUCAUUCGACCAAUAAAACGAUAAUUAAACAACUAUACAAUUCUCAAGUUUGAACCUACUUGGAUCUGACAAUAGGGACAGGCUAGAGAUGUUUAAAAGUAGCGGAGGAAAUUCGACGAAACUAAUUAAUCUCACAGACGGCGAGAAUUGUAAUCUUGAACGAGCUGACAGUAGUUUGACAUCUAUGACAUCUACCGAUAGCUGAUAAGCUCGCCUCCUAAGUAUCAUUUAACUAACAAUAUUUGUAAAGAAUAACAUUACAAUUAGAGUGUUGCCACGAAAUUAUAUCAACAAUUUUAACACGGAAAAAAUAUAGCACUACGCAACUUUUUUUUCGAAUGGGCCUUGUAUAUGCUUAUAUCGGUACCCGUUAUUGUAGGCGAAGGGUUGGUGGUUAUAUAGGCGCCCGAUGACUUAGUCAAUCACUCCUGUAUACACAGAAAGUCGAUUAAAUACCGAUUUUAACGGAACGAUCGAGAACCGAUAUUAUUAUUUAAUGAUAUUAUAGAGGCGGCGCGGCGACACGAUAGCGGGAAAACAGUCGUAAUCUAGCCCGUGGUUUUGUGUACAGUCACUGUAAUAAAUAAUAAUGACUACCUAUAGAAAGUAUACACGAUUAAAAUGGCGAUCUGCAACGAAUUGCAGUUGGGCAUAUACAAAUCAAACUGGAAAUUCGCAACAUCGAAUCGCAGAUCUAUUGAUUUUUCGAAAACUCGUGGCUUAAUAACAGAUCGUUAUACGAACAUAAAUAUCGUACAGAGAAAAAUUUCAUAUUUUUAAGAUAAUUAAAAUGUGUCUAUCUUAAUUUGCAAUCGAGUUUGCCCUUUUAAAGUGGAUUAUUAUUUAAAAGAAAAGGUUCUAUCUAAUGAUAUUCGCAUAUUUUGGAAAUUCAAAAGUUAUACUUACUGUUACUAAUUGUAACAAAAAAACUUUGUGAAAAAUCUCUGCACAAAAGUUGUACCUCGAAAUGAUUCUCCCAGGAGAACCUUUUUAAAGUACAAAAUUAUUUUCUUCGACACUUUUAUUUUAUUUAUCGAUACAAAAUUAUUGAUUUGAUCCAUUAUAUAUCAAACCAAUAAUAGUCGAAGUCUAUUUGAAUUAAAGAUCAAAAUAUCAAUAAAAUCAUUCGGUGGCAUAAUUUGAAUUUUGAAAUGCUUCUCCUUUAAAUGUAUUUUUUUUUUUUAAUUUUAAACAUUUUCGAAAUGUACUUCUUAAUGGAUUAUUUAAUUACUUUUAUUGUUUGUAAUUAUAAAACAAUAUGAAAGUGGUUUUAAGUGAAGAUAAGGAUCAUCUCAAUGCACAAGAAGAAAAAAAAAAAUUCGAAUUGUUUCAAAUAGAAGAAGCAAAGGAAAUCCGGCCAUAUGGAAUACGGUUGUAAUAAUAAUAAUAAUAAUAAUAAUUUAUAUUCGAUGGCAAGCUCGUUGUGUAAAAAUAAAAAUUAAAUAUACUAACAUGGUAGGACCGAUGAUGAAAGGGAGCGGAGUUAUACCCGGCGGUGUUUCUUUGGUAGACGGAGGGCGGCAAGGGCGGCACGACCGUGUCCCAAUACGGGUUCCGGUGUACCGAAUUCGGUGGCGGCGGCGUGGUUGUACGAUGCCGGACCGACGGCGGUGGCGGUUCAUAAUUGUGACUAUAACUGGGUUGGUACCGGUGGUGGUGAAAGUGGUGUUGGUGGUGUUGAUGGUGCUGCUGCAGUGGAUGGUCAUAACUGUAGUAGGCCGAACCACUGGCCACAGACCCGUUACCGGAGCCGGACGCCAUGACGUCCACCGCGGACGCCGACAACGGCGGUGGCACCCGGCUGUACGGGCUGUGCACCGGGCACAGCGGACGCGGCCAGUGUUGGGGUGGCGUGCGUUGCCGUGUCGUGGCAGUGGCGGCGGCGGUGGCGGCAGCGCGCCACGGCUCGUCGUCAAUGUACUCGUCGAACUCCACGAUUGCGGCGCGCGCUCAACUGACUAACCGCCGCCGUCGUCGUCGGUGGUGGUAGUGCUGGCGCUGCUGCUGCUGCUGAUGAUGAUUCUGCUGAUGCUGGCUGCCGCUGCCGACGCUCUCUCUCGUCGCGCGACCGGCCCGCUACCACCGCCGUCAGCCCUGACGACGACGGCGUACACGCGCGCGCGGCGCAAACGCAUCGGAAAAGUGUUGUUUUUUUCCUCCGACCCGCCACGCCCCGCUCCGCCCCCCCCUACCCCCGUCGACCGGCCUUCACCGAUCGCCGUCAUCCCACCGCCGCACCGCCGCCAUCUCUAUACCCCGUCAUCAUCAACACCCCAAACCUUUUUCUUCAACAGCCCGUCGCCGUCCGCCACCGCCGAAUCAUUCGCGGAGCGCGACUCGUCGAGUCAAGGUUGUAUAAUAUAUAUGUAUAAUAAAUAAAAGACACGAUGACGACGGCGGCGGCGGCCGCCGCGACGACAACGAGUUGAAUAAUUGCCGGUCUUAAGUAUUAAACGAAGUAAAUACGGAAACGAAAAUUCGUAUACACACGCGGUAUUAUCAUAAUAAUAAUAUAAACGACAGGUCGAAGACAAAUCACUUGUUUUCGGUCCGCGGGGAGGGGGAGGUGGAGGGAGGGUUGGUAAUGAAACGAAAAAAGAAAAGGAGACGUUUCCGAACCGUACGCAAUAGUAUUAUUAUAUAAAUGUACGUACGGCAGUGAACGUUUCCUCGUCCCCGUCCCGCGGCCGCCGCCAUUCAUCGUGAGCUUUAACGUGCACGUUAUGCGACGGCGACGACUAGGCGGCGGCGACGUUAUGCGACGGCGACGACGACGCACAUACCGCACACCAUGUCGUCGUCCCUGUCGACAGAGCGACGGGGUUUUGCCGCAAUACUACCGCAAUUACACACACACACACACACACACAACCACCCCGCCCGAUUAAAAUAUUAUUAUACACGCCCUCUCCUCUCCUCUCCUCGUCCUCCUCCUCCUCCCCCCUCCCUCGAUAUUUAAAUGAGUUGUUAUUGUGUACUUUUAUAACUCGCUCGCAAAAGUGCUAUUUAAUAAUAUUGUGUGAGUGCGGACGACACUACACGUCAGGAAUACCUAUACAAUAUUUUGCACGCGAUUUAUUAAUAUAAACGACCGGUCGAGUUUAUUUCUGUAUACGGAGUGAUCGACAGUCACGUUCGAAUUAUCUCGGAAAGUAUAGCGAUUCUUUGUCGGAAUUUUUUUUUCUUUUUCGUCGGACGAUCCAAGAAACAAUUAAGCGGCCUUAAAAUUAUGUUACAUGUUUGUCGUAUGCAUUUAACGAUAAUCCGCGCACAUACAAAGUGCACGUGGAGAGAAAAUCACGUUGUCGAAUGUUAUAUAAUCUUUUAUCGGGGCUGUGCUAAGGAGGAGAGAGGACAAUGAGGGAAUUGGCCCCGGGACUUCAGAACUUUUUAAAACUACGGGGAAGCCGAAUAUAUAGUCGUAUACACGAGUAAUAUUCGUAAAACUCGAAAUAAAAUGAACAAUAAAAAUACAUCACUUGUUAGCAGUUUUAUUUUCAAACGCUUUAAUAGUGUAAUAAUUAAUAUUGUUAGGUAAUUAGAAGAGUGUAAGGACAACCUAGUAACACGUUAGUAUGUGUAUCUAAAAAAAAAAAUUCAGAAUCUUGUAGAGUAAAAUAUUUUGAUUUUUAUAUAAACUUAAUAAAAUUCUAAAAAACAAAUAAAUAAACCUAGGGGGAAGAAUUUAUCCCUAGGUAAAGCCUGGAUAAAUGGCGUUUAGAAUUAAUGCCGCAGGAAGCUAAAUGGCUUAACACGGCUCUGAAUAUUAUACUCAGGUGCUCAACGAAUCAAAACUCUUUGUUUUUUUUUUUUUUUUUAAUAAAACUGUCACUAUACAGAGUGAACAUCAUUACGCAAUAACAGUCUCUUUCGUUAUUUGAUUCUUACAUUUAAAAAAUAAGUAACUAUAAAAUAAUUUACAUUAUUUUUUUUAAUUUUUUUUUUUUUUUGUGACCUUUAUUUUAGGGCGAGAAACUACUACCUGCAUUUGAUUUUCAAAUGACAAACUGUACUACAAAUUUCAUAAAUAAAUACAUUUUUAGUUUAAAUCCAUUUUAGUGUUGAAAUUUUGAAUUUCCGUCAACCCACUGACGAGAUAUUCCACAUAUAAGUUUGAGUAGGGAUAGCAAAGUUAAGCAUUAUUUGUGUGGCGGCGUUUUAACAAUUCUCCACUACAAUAAUAAUGUAGUUGAAUAUCUCGUCAGCGGGUUGACGGAAAUUAAAAAUGUCAUCAUCAAAAUAUAUUUUAAUUAAAACUUCGACUGUUUAUGGGAUUUAAUUUAAUAUAGGUUGCUAUUUGAAAAUCAAAAGUGGAUAGCGGUUCCAACUCCAAAAAUAAGGGUAACAAAGAAUAACAUCAAUUGUUUAGAGUUGCUUGUUACGUUAAUUUUCUAAAAGAAAAAGUCAAUAAUGUCUUAUAGCAAAUGUCUUAUCAGGAUUGAUUACUCAGUAUAUAUACAAAAUAUAUAAAAUUAAAUUAAAAUUCUUUUCAUUUAAUUUUUUUUGUAAUCAAAUACCCUAUUUCGGAAUGUUAAUUUACUUAAUGCUGAUUGGCUAAUACAAUCAAAUGACCAGCGUCAGCCCGACAUUUAAAGACUGCAUGCUAAUAAACGAUGGCCUGUAGUAAUUUUUUUUUUUUUAUUAGACCCUAAUUUGUUUUGAAUCUACAAGUAAAAAUUUGUAGAGCGUGAUAAUUAUAAUAAUUGUUGACUGCGUUUGUACAGUCAAAGUAAAUCCGUGUUCAGAUUUUUAUAAUGAUCCAUCAGAAAAACUAUAUAUACGGUCCCGAGGAACGAGACACGCAAAGGAUACAAAUCGAAAAAACCGUAUAGUUAAUAUUAAAAUACUGCAAUAUAUGUUUUAUUGAUAAUUAUUUAAAAAAUAAAAAACCAAAUGAAAUAAAUAAAAUAAAACGACUGUUAAAACUAUUCAAAUACGAAUACAUAAUUAAAUUUUAAGUUAAACGCUAGAGAAUCAAUUUUAGUUUUCGUCUCCUUGAUUUAACUGUUUUAGAUUUAAAUUUUAAACGGUUAAAAAUAGGUUUCCCACAAGUAUGUACCUUAAAACUUUUCGUAUUACAUUUUUGAUUAGUGAUUUUACUAUGAUGUAUUGUUUUUUUUCUGUCUUUAAACAACUUUUCUACCAAAAAUCUUGCUCCGAAAUAUCAAGUGUAGCAACUUUUCUGAAAGGUAAUUUUCUCUAAUUGAUGUAUUAGAAGGUAAUUUUUUGAUUUUCUAAGGGACUUUAAAAAUAAUUGGAAAAAAUCCGAAGGAAAAUUAUAAGUAAAACACCAUAUCUUUACGGCACGCCACGACGUUACCGAUUGCACUAUUUUUAAUUUUUGCAACUUAUGUUUUCUACCAGAAAUAUUACUCCAAUUGAAAAAUCACAAUAAAUCGAUAUUGUUGUAUUGUAAUAUAAUAUAUAGUCACUGAUAAAGAAAGUGUUUAAUAUCCAAAGUAGUUUUCAUAAUAAUUGGAAAAAAUUAAAGAAGACGAAAAAUACGAUUUUUUUUUCAAAUUAUUUUUAAUAUAUUUGUUGGUUUUUGCCAACUUUUGUGCAGUGAAUUAAUAAUAUUAUAAUAUAUAAUAAAUUCCCGAUUAUAACUGUCGUUUAAAUGACUAGCGCUAAAUUCAAAUGAUGUAAAUAGUUAUGGCAAAAACUUUUUUACAUACAAAUUUUAACGAAACAAAAUAUAUUAACCAAUGUGUUUUCAUUAUAACCAUUGAAAGAGUCAUAAUCACGUACAAAAACUGCGUACUGAUUUAUAGAUAAUAGAUACAUAAUAUUAAAUGGUUGAAGAUCAAAAUGACAAUAAUUUAUUGUACGCCAAUCGCAUUCAUCUAAUAAAAGUUGACCGCAAUGACCAACUAUUGCACUAUUGAUGUACGUUCACUAUUUACAAACUAAUGACACAAGAGUUACGUUGCAGUCGUAAUUAUUACAAACAAAUAAAUUACAAAUAUGUAAGACAUUAAGAAUUCACAUUUGAGUAUCGUUUUACAUUUUGACUGCGAUAUACCUGAUGAUGAUUUUUAAUUAAAACCUGUAGUAUAAUACACAUAUCCUAAUACUCCAGGCGAUACAUUCAUUCAUUUAUUUCUUUUUUUUAUUUCUAUUUAUACAUUUUUUUAUUUAUAUAUUUAUUUACUAUGUUUAGAAUUUGUUGGAGAACGGUAUACUCACAAGUUUAUACCCGAAUGUGUCUCCGUUUAAUUAACGCGAGACAUAGUAAAAUUGCAUUACUUAGAAGACAGUGUUGACCAACUACGGCCGACGGUCCAAAUCCGGCCCACAAUCAUUCAUUAAUCAGCCCAACAAAGUUUUAAAUCAAAUUGAAAAAAAAAAUAACUUCAAAUUAAAAAAAAUUAAAACACAUUAAAAAAAGACAUGUUUAUACUUUACAUGUUUUUAUCCUUAAUAACAAUCAGUUUAAAUUCCUGGCCCACCAAGAAUUAUUAUUAUUUUUUUUUAUGGCCUACUGCAAAAAAGGUUAGUCACCAUUGACACAGAACAUACAUUUCGACGUUAAGUUUUAAAUUGUAGUUAAAUCACAAAUACCAAAACUUAAAAAAUGAAAGCUGACUAUUUGAAAAAAUUAAAAUACUAACAAGCUAUAACUUUGUUGUAAGGCAAUUUGUUUAUAUAAAAGAUCCUUGCAGCCUUCGAAAAUAUUAUACUCUUAGCAUCCUUAUCCUCUAAUGCAUAUUAUUAUCAUUUGUCUUCAUACCAAAUGGUUUGCAAUUAGGCUUUUUAAAAACUUGAAAAAGGUAAGUAUUGAUAAUUAAGGGUACUGAUUAUAGUUUUUAAGAAUUAUUAUUAUAACAAUAGCGUUUUAAAAAUAAUAAAACUACUAAAUAUUGUAUUUUUCUUUUUAUGUAUACAAAAUAGCUAAAACGGUACCUAGGAGAAUAUUAAAUACAAUUUAUUGACCGAGCAUGGUACAAUAACAGUCCAUAAUUCAAAAUAAUUCAGAUAUGAUUGAAAUUUAUAAUUGCUUUUUUUGUUUUUUAAUCUUUUAUAAGUGCUGAAAGUGCUUAUUAAGCUUUUUAAACGAUUAUAAUGAAGUUUUUUAAUCGCUUUCUUGUUAGUUUUAAAUGCUAUAAGUCCCGAACCCUGCUUAUAAUUAGUUUUCAUUAAAAAUUAUACUAUUAAAACGAGUUACUGCGUUUAAAAGUGGGGUCGUAUUGAUAUUAUCCAUUAGUUGUGCUUUUAACACUUUCGAAAAUUGAUUACCCACACUGAUAACCCACACCGGAAAAGUAUUUAUCAUACUUUUGUUUUAAUCUAGUUCAAUUCUCUUAUAUCAUUAGACGUUUUCAGGUCACUAGGUUAACGCAUCUUUUUUUUUUUCAAGUUUUAGAAAAUAAUAUAUAUUUCUGCAAAAGUCCUCUUGUGACACGACCUUUCGUUAAAAUAAAUUGUACUUAUCCAUUAUGAUAUACUCUUUAAGUAGUUUCCUUUUCGAAUAAAGGAGUUAGUAAAGUACGUAUAGAAUAUUAUUUCGUUAUGAUUAAACGCCGUAAAAUGGUAGUUGAUUUUUUUUUUAUCCGAAGAUUUAACAAAUAUUAAGUGUUUCUUGUAAAAUUGUUAAACAUUAACGUAGUUUUAAUGGGAUUUUUAUAUUUAGCCAAUUUAUAUGGACUCAGCCCAUUCCAAGCGCGUCGUGUUAUAUUUCCAUCUAAAAUAUUUUUAAAUUUAUUGUACUAUUUUUCAACUGCCCGAUUAUAUUUGUAUAUAUCCACAAUUAUAAUUUGUUGAUAAAAUUGUAUUAUAUACAUAAUAUAAUGUACAUAAACGUAACUAAUUAUAGGUUUCAUCCCCUAAUUAUGUUUCAAGCCCCCCUCCCGCUCAACAAAAUAUUUAAAAUUAAAUAUUACCGAUUUGCUUUAUCCAUUUAAAAAUAAAAGAAAUAAAUAAAUAAUUAACAAAAAGAAAUUUUUUUUUUUUCUGAAGUUCAGUUUGAACGUUUGUCUAUUAUACCUUACUGCCACGAUAAAAUACGCAUGAUUGUAUGAUAAUAAAUUAACAGAUAUUAUAUUUUUGUUCAUGCUAACAAUGCUUUUGUAAUUUCCAUGGAUAUACCUUAAACCGUGGUAGCAUUUACCUGCAGAAACGUAUUUUAUGUAAUAACACUGACAUCUGAUAAAAAAUGUUAAUGUUCAUAGUUUGUAAUAAUGUUUUGAAUUAACUGUAAUAACUAAUAUCCGAUAUGCGAAAUGGUAUGGGUAAAAAUAAAGGAAACAAUUAGUAUGAUAUUAGACAAUUUUCGUAAAAGGGACUCUCCUUCUAAAUUUAAGCUCCUAGUUACACCUAUAACUAGAAUAGGUACAUUCCCUAAGUUUUCUUUUCUAUUUUUUUUUCUUUUUUUUGCAGUUUUCUUUCGAGAUUACCGCCGGCACAUACACGUGCGACCCAUUACUUUUGAAAUUCCAACCACGGGCUGUCCCGCGUGUUAAUGGUGCGUAUUCGGCGUUAAGUGGCCGCUAUUUUCUCCUUCUUUGUAAAUUACACGGAAACACUUGGCACGUGUGGGUCAUAUGAGGGUUGGUCCAGCCAAGAAUAUUUUAACCGAAAAGAUUUUUAAAGAUAUCUUAUAUUUUCUAUUCUUUAAAUGGAUAGCUAUACUUUACUGUCUAUACAGAAUGUUGAUGAAUUUCCAUUAGAUACCUAUAUAUAUAUAUAUGUAUAUUAUAUACGUAUAUAGUGCUAACUAGUUUAGUAACAGUCUACACAAGAUAAUGAACAUUCCAUAGGUAACUAAUUAUUCGCCUUAUAACUUUGUAAUUUUAGUUUUGCUCAUAAUUUUACGUCGAAAAUUGACUUUCGAUAACCUGAAAUAAUCUACAGGAUAAUACUACAUAUUUAGUAUAUAUAAUAUAAAUAAGUUAGUUCUAUACAACUAAAAAUUUCAAGGAACUAAUUUAUAAUUUAACUAUGGAUACUAUAUAUUAUUAUAUAUUAGGUUUAAUUUACCAGAGUAGUCGCAUUACAUCAAAUAAUUGUUUAUAUAAUAAUUAUAAUCAACGAUUAUAAUAUAUAGGUAAGUACAGCUGUGUUAAAACAUAACAGAAUUAAUUAACUAAUUAAGAUUGAUCGAUUCCUUUUACAUACUUAUAUGUCCUUUAUACUGUGACCUGAUAAUAAAAUUAUUUUAUUUCAUCUUUACUUCCUUUAUAAAUGGUAGCUAAAAAUUAUAUUAUAGUUCAAGAGCAGCCGCUAGAACCACCACUGUAAAUAUUAUAUGUCUUAUAAUAAAAUAUAUUCUUUUGAAAAAACGUCUAAAUGUAUAUAUAUAUAUAUAAUAUUAAUCUUUAAACUAUUUAGAUCCCUAGAGAUAUGAUGUAUUUUUAUCCCCUUAAACUGCAAAGAUCGUCACGAAAUCCAUCAUGAUAAAACCGCAUCAAUAUAUAAACGGACAAACAAACCGUAAACUUUUUUUUACCCCUCUGUCAAAGCCCAUUUAUACGUUACGCAUAUUAAUUAUUCACCUUUUAGAAAAAGAAAGUUCUGAACUUUGAAUGGUAAAACAAUUUGGCAAAUUUCCGAUACACCUUAACUCUUUUUCGUUAGAAAAAUAGAUUUAGUAAAAAUAAAGUAUUUAUUUAUUUAUUUAUUUAUUUUAAUACAUAACAUUUUACAUUAUACAUAAACACUAUAGGUAAACAGUGUGAGCACUUCAAUAAUACGUUUUUCGUUAGAAAUAAAAAUAAUAAUAAUAAUGCUUUAAAGAGGAACGUGCGCAAUAAAUUUCAAAGUCAAAAAAACGUUUUUAAUAGCUAAAAUCAAUGGAGUUAUCAAUAAUUGAAAAACAAUAAAGUAUUACAAUAAUAAUUUAUUUUUUUGAAAUAUUAUGAUAUUUUUGGGUACAAAACACUCCUAAAGUGCAUAUUUGUACAAGAAAUAACAAAAUAAAAUAAUAUUUAUAAUAGGUAUGUUUGUUUUAUUUAUAAGACGAUAAAAAUAGGCAUUUAUUUAUCUUAUUAGCUUUGGAAAACAACGGAGAACAUAUUUCCAUAAUAAUAAUUAUCAUACGGUUAUGCCACGAAGACAAAAGAUUACCGCAUCACCUAAAGGUUGAUAAAUCCUACCAAACAAGUAGUAUAGUUUAGUGCUAAACAUUUGUACUGCACUAUAUCGUUAAUGUUAAGAAUAUGUUAAUAAUAAUUUCUCACAAAAGUAAGAUGAACCAAAAAGUUAAAAAUAAAAAUAUUUAAGAAUAGUAAAAUAUAUAACGAAAAAUUCAAUAACUAAUAUUAUAUAGGUACACACCGGAUAUUGGAAGAAAAAAUCUAUAACUUUUUUAUAAAAUAUUUAUAACACUAUAUGCUUUAAUUUUCAAUUAUAUGCUAAUAUGCUUUUUUUUAUUUUGGGGAGGAUCGCCAAGUCUCUAUUAUAGACCGUCAAAUACACUAUCUGACAGGAUCAGAUUAUAGCCGAUCUUCUAAAAUUGACACUCGUGACAUGCCAACAAGUUAAACGAAAAACACAAUAAUUUUUAUUAAAUAUAUAAGUAUAUGUAUUACGAUAUAAAUAGCCACCAAUUUACAUGAAUUUCAUAUCUAUAAUUUUUCUGAAUAUACAAAUUUUACAGACAAAAAUAAUAAUAUAGUUGCACGAAAUGUUCCAUACGCUAAGAUUUGUUUUAACCGAAUAAAUAUUUUAGCAUUCUACUAAUAUUAACAAUAUAAACCUAUUUCAUAAAUACAGUCAUAUAUGAACAGAAAAUACGUCAGAAAAUUUAAAAUAUCAACUUAAGACAAUAUCGGAGAAUCACACCUUUAAAAUAAAAUCUACACAUGAAAAAUGUAUGCUAAGUGCAUUCGUUUUUUCGACCUAAAUCCGUCGUUAUUACUAUUUUAUGCAAGGCAGUAAACUAAAGACGUGCAGCUUCGUCACUAUAGAGUUGAAUUUUUUCUCGCCUAUUUUGUACUAAAGAAAUAAUAUUCUUUAGAAAACAACAAAUAACUGAAUAAUAUUUAUUUAUAUCUGUAUUAUUUAUUUUGCACCGAAUAAAAUAAAAUAAAAUAUGUACACCUAUUGUAUAUACUACAUACAUACAUAUUUUCGAUAAUCGCAAAAAAAAAAAAUAUUAAAAAUUAACGUCUAAUUACUUUUCAUUUGAUCGACGUACCACCUACUCUUUUGGUUGGUGAAUUAUUGUUAACGACGUUUAACGGUUAACAUUUCGGCGGUCAUUUCGUAGAUUGUUCGCCUAUAACUGUACUACAGCAAGGUUCGGAACACACAAUGGAAAAAUAUAAACAUUUCAUUUUGGCGCCUUCAAGAGGGACAAACUAUAACAUCAUCGAUUUACCACACAGCACAAAAAGGAUCAGCAUUUCUACAUACCUAUACGACUAUACAUAUGUAUUUAAUAUAUAUAUACACACACACACACACACACAUUAUUCGGGCUUUUUGUCAACCUUAUUUCUUUUCCACCAAUGCCACUAUAAAUUUCCCGGUUACGCACCAGAACAGAUGUGGGUCGUUUUUCUUUCUCCCUUAAAUAAUUUUACAUACACAACCUCAAUUGUGUAACAUAAUGUUUGAGAUUCUCAAAUAGUUUUGCUUUAUUUACAUGGAAUAUAGUCAAAACGGUUUUUUUAAAAAUAUAAUAAUAAUAAAUAUACAUAUUAUACUCGAAGCGUUCUGUCAUUCGUAAAACGCGCAACUAAAUUAAAAUUCCGUAGUAAUAUUAUUAUUAUGGCUGUUAUCAGAAUAAUAUACAGGAUUCAUAAUAUUAUAUUUUUUUAGAUUAUCGGGAAAUUAAAAGCUACUUAAAAGAAUUCGAUAUUGAUUUUCAAUCGUAAUUUAUCCAACGUGCGUAAUAAUAAUAAGUCAUCAAAGGGCCGAGUAAUUAUUAUUUAUUGUUUGUUCUGUAACGAUACCUAGUUAAUUAUUAAAUAUAUACAUCAGAAAUAAGUUUUAAAAAACACGUGAUGUCUGUUGGCCAAAAAAAAAAAAUAAAAACUGUAAAUAUAAUAUACAACUCCUGGUAGAAAUUUUGGUACAUUUCGUCACUAUGAAUUGCAUUUAAUUUCGCCCGACCUUUUCAAAGAAGUCUUUUCGCUACGGCGAAUAUGUUGACAUUCGAGUUUACCACGGAAAUAUUUAUCAGAUGGAUAUCGAUCCUAUUUUGCCGCAUUAAAGAGAGGUUUUUAGACCGUAGGUAUAGUGCAACACUAUUCCCAACAUCUGUUACUACGUUCCCGAUUGAAUAUGCAUAGUAUUACUUCGCAUAACGAAAAUAUUAUUAUUAUUAUUGUUAUCAUUUAUUCGUACGAAUAGAAUUAAAAAUUAAAAUUUUUUUUUUUACUUUUACAAUAUUACAUCCAUGUAUUAAAUUAAAAUACCCGAAUAAUAUAAAUAUAUUAUUUUAUAAAGUAUUUUUAUUGCAAGAAUAAUGAAAUUUAGUUAAUAUAAAAUAUAUUUGGACAUUUUAAAAACUAGAUAUUUAAAAUAUCGUUUGAUUUAUUUUUUUUAUGACAAAAUCGAUUCAUCAAUUACCGCAGUACUGGAGGAUUUGAGUGGUUUAUCAAUUGUAUAAGAGAAAUAAUAUGAACUUUCAGUUAAAGUUUUUUGAAUCAUUAGAUAUUAGCAAAAUAAAUAAUCAAACUGAAAAACCAUGUUGACGAAAAAUAAUUGAAUUGCGUUAGUUAUUAUUAUAGUACUAAAAAUAAAUUUAUCUGUUCGCGUAAUUCAAUUUAAAAUCUCUUAGUCACUGUUUUCAUCUUAAAUUGUUACGAAUAAAUAGACAAAAAUCGAACGAAAAUUCCUUCCAAAAAAUGAUUUUGGAAAUACAUUUUAUAAUAUUCGAUUUAAAAUGCAUACGAAAAGAGUUAUCGACCUUUUUGUUGUUGUUUUUUUCUAAUUAUAAAUAUGGAUACAAAACUGACAAUCGUUUAACAAAUUUAUUUAAAAUGUGCUAUUCAUAUAUAUAUACAUAUAUAUAUAAACAUAUAAAAUAUAUAGUCAAGUACCGGAGUUUUAACAUAGACGUUGUGUGCAAAUUGUGAUAUCUCAAGGUGAUACGGAAACUUGGCAAUGCAACCCCAUUAUAUAGAAAUCAAUAUAAUAUAGCGUUCCUCCGAUUUUGGUCAAGCGUUAAAUUUUCAACCCCUUCCAAACAUAAGAAACCGUUUUAUAAAAUGUUCUAAACGCAUUCCUUUCUCAAUUUUGAAAAGCAGCACUUUUUCGAAAAUAACCAUAUAUGCAUUAAGUUCAUUUUUUUUUUUAUUUACCUACUAUUGGUGUUAAAAAAUCCGUAUUUAUUAUACCAACACAAGUAUAGGUAUAGGUACAUCAUAAUUCAUAAUCUUUAUCUCCUCUAGUCAUAUAGUUUAUGAUAACUGAAAAUGAACGGCUUUUGUUUAUGAUGACGUAAUUUUGUACUGCAUAAUUCGUCUUCGGUUAUUCUAAAACUAUUGGAAAACUUAUCGUAUCUUUUAAAUUUAACACAUUUAAAACUAACAACAUAAUAUAGAUAUAAUUUACAAUAGAAAACAUUUAAAAUCGUAAUAUUUAAAUAAUACCGAUCGCCGAUCAAUAGUGAUUUGAUUUGAAAAAAUAGCGUAUUGAUGUUGAACGAAAUCCGUAUUCUAAUAUUACCCGGGGCAAAAGUGUGUUUAAAGAUAAAACCGCUAAUGAAAACUAAUUCAAAUCAAAUGAAAUACUAAUUUUUAAACGGCUAAAAAUUGAUUAGAAGUAUUAACUUACAAAUAUUCAAAGACUUGAUAUACUAUACGACCUGGUCUCUUUUUUAUAGCAGAGAAAAGUCGUCAAAAUUAAACUUUACGACAGAUGAAACGAAUGCUAUUCAAUUUAAUUUACCCAAAUCUAAUCUACACACAAAACAUAAAAUAUACUGAAUUUAAGAACACAAUAAAAACAAAUUUAAAAACAAUUACUUCAGCAGUAUGUUAUGUAACAAUUGUGAAUAGAUACUUAAAUGUCAAUUGAAUUCAUUAAAAUCUGUAAAUAUAAUAUUGAUUUCAUAUACGCACAGUCAUAGUGGAAAAAUAAUAACUAUCAUAAGAAAAUUCAAUAAAAGCUUUCGUUGGACAAAACAUCCGAGAUGAGAAAAACAAGGACGGUUUUAAAUUUUACUGUCGAGUUUUUAGAAACUGAACACUUCGAUUUUGGCUUGUUUUACGUCAUUUCUAAAAUACCUUUAUUUACUUUCAUUGUCGGCUUAAUGUAUUAAUAUAAUUUAAAUGUUUAGGAAAAUUAAAAUUUCCACAAUUAACACUUAUAAUAACAACACCACUGUUAUAUUAACUAUAAUCAGUGACAUAUAUAGAAAUUAAUUUGGGCCCCCUCCAAAUUAAUUACUGAAAUUACCAAAUUAAAUACAUUAAUUUUAUAAGCCCCUCCUUCGGAUUAUAAAAAAAGCUUUUGGGUUUUAGUUAAUAAAUAAAUAAAAUAAAUUAAAAAAUACGCACGUGUGCCGUACCAACCAUAAAUUUCGAGGGGGAGUUGAACCCCCAAAACCCUUUCCUAUUUACGCCACUGCUUAUAAUAGACAAAAGUAUACAAAUUUUAUAGCAAAAAUAAGCUUGAAAGUAUAAAUGUUCAACUGUUCAAGACAAAAAGCAAUACCGAACUUUCUAACUAUAAAACGAAAAAGAUAAAAAUAUGUAAAACAAUAUAUUUAUAUAUAUAUAUAAGGUUGACCUAAUUCCGAGAGCACCAUUUUCUCUUCGUCUAUGUAGUGUAUAUAAAAGCAAGGACGGUCACAAUAACUCUUUCGUGUCCGGAACAGCUAUCUAAAAACUUUUUACUUGGCGCAUACGCAGCUGCGGUUAUAAUACAAGUGCAUGUAUAUAUAUUAAUAAUAAGUACAAAAAAAAACCACACAUACUUAUGCUGUGAAUUUACAAACAAGGUAAGGGAAAUGUACACAUAGGUGUACAAUCCCUCCUAUAAUCGCCUUUAUUUGUUUGAAUUGGUAGAAUAAUUUAAAACAAACAUGCUGAAUAGUUACCAUUUAUUGAAAAUAUCUGUAAAGAAUAUAUUGUAACUAUUAGAAUUUAUAGAUAGGUUAUAGUUAUAAUAAAGAAAUAUUAUAUAAUACAUAGUACGUAUUCAAUAAGAUAAAGCAAAAAGCCAAAAAAAAAGACGGACAUACUUCCCAAGGUGGGUGAGCCACUGUUGUAUAUAAGAAGUUGAGAAGGUAAGAUAUAGAGAAGAAUUUAAUAUGUAUCUAUACGAGACGAUAAACCACUGUUAACAAAAAACGAUUCUAAGUUCGGUUAUACAUGUUUUGAAAGGCUGUUAUAUUUACUAUUUAAUAGUACUAAUAAUAUAAUAAUACAUCUUAUAAAUUUUCCCAGUUUUUCCCAAUUAUUAUGAAAACUGCUUGGAAAAUCAAAACAUGAUCUCUGUGUAGUACCACCUAGAUAAAAUUUUCUUUAAGAAAAGGAGCUACACUUGAAAAUCGAAGUAAAAUUCCUGGUAGAGAAAUUGUUCACAGAAAAAAGAAUAAACAUCAUUGUAAAACCAAUACAUUCCUCGCUUCGCUCAGAAUCUAAAACCACUGUAUAGGUAUUAGAAUAAUAAAAAUGUAAAAUUACUUCAUUACACUUGAAAAAAUUAAACGAUUAUACUGAAAAUAGUUCAUAUGCAUUUUAUAAAUAUAUUUACUUGUAAUUAUAAUUACUCGGACCACUAGAAUGUAAUUUUAAAAAUAUUACCCUAUUUUUAUAAGUAUAAGUAACCAACAAUAAUAAUCUUUUAUUAAAUUACAUUGGGUUUCUAUUAUAAUAGUUGCCUAUACAUUUUUGAAACUCAUUUAAAUUGUUACCAUAAAAUAAAUUUGACAAGUUAAAUUUUAACUUAUAAUCAUACUAACAUUUGUUUUUCCUUGGAUAUACAACGAGAACAAGAGAAAAAUGAUUCAUAAAUUUUAGAUGUAAGAGAUAAAGUCCUAGUAGAUUUCCCAUGAUAAUUGACGUUAAGUCCCUUAGCGGUAGCUUGUAAUGUGUCACUGACGCGACCGUUAGAACUAUAUGGCCCCCUGCGUUGGUACACACGUAAUCGCAGUUUUCAUUAAAACAUGGAAGUGGGGGGGGGCAGAGGGGCAGUCGGUAGAUAUGACCGACAAACCUCAUGAAUGCUUGAUUAGCUUCAUCGUAUGUUACAUGUUUGCUUUAUUAAUUAGUUUUCAAAAGGGUCUACCAGCGAUAUGGUGACCUAGAAAGGAAUUUCGACAUGACGAUGGUCUCUUACUUGUCUAUUGCUGGAAACUUUAUCAUAUUAAUUAGAACAGACUAUUAGAACAAGGAUUUGCCAUUAUCGAAAGUAUAAACUUUAAACCAUUUCAACUAGAAAACUUCCCGUAAAAACUCUCAAAAGUUAAACCGUAAAUCCGAAACUUACCUAAAAUAAUAAUACAAUUUUAAUAUUUUUUUCUGUAAAAUUGUCAAAAAAUAUUAACAAAUAAUACAUAUAUUUCUUUAAUUUAAUAUUACCCAACUUAUAAUAGCAAUAUACGAGUGAUUAUGUAUUACGGAUAAUACUGAAAUAUGUAAAAAAAGAAAACUGUUUAUACAAAUACUAUAUUUAUUAUUUGAAAAAAAAAUUAACUUCAAUACAUUUUUGGUACCCAUCUCAUAACAUUCCAAAAGAUUCUUAUAAUAAAAUGUAUAAAAAUAAAGAGUUGAUUUAACGCAGCAUACUUCAAGGACGAUUACUGCACACUUGUGCAAUACUUAAUGUGCUGCAGUACACCGGGUGAAAACACUAAGAUAGAACAUUAGUAGUAUAGAUUGUUACAUACAUAAAGAUUAGUUUAAAAAGUUAGAAAGUCUAUUGUAUUAUAAAAAUAAUUUUAUUCGCCUCGGUAUGUUUAAACACUCAUCAUGUUAAUAGACAUUGCUCACCGUUUAGUUGUUACUAGAUAUACAUAUUUAUAUCUGGUUGAAACUUUGCAAUAUUAAUGAUUUUAGUUUCUAAAAUAUUCAAACUUCUAUAUUCAAAAUAUAUUUCUUUAUCACAUAUACAUUUUAAAAGUUACUCCAUUGUAUAUUCGUAUGCGUAACCGAUUAAACAUUGCUUGCCAGUAUUCAGUAGGUAGUAGGGGUACAGUAAUUUUUAAUAAAAUAUAGUCCCAAAUGUCUCAAACUAAAAAUGAUUUAGAUCAAAAUACAAAAUAUCUUUUAGUAUUCACAGGAGAGAAAUAAAAACAAACUUAAGUCAAAAUGUGUCUUAGUUUCUUACUAACUAUGAAAUAAUAAUGUAAUGCUGUAUUUUAUUUCUACCGUAGACACCAUUCUGGUGUUUAUGUAACAUAUUGCAGGACUCAUUAAGCUUAAAACUCGCAGACUUUUUAUUAAAUGAAAAUUAUUAAAAAUACCUACUUAUAUUAAAAGAAUUUUUUUUUUUUUUUUUUUUUUGAUAUUUUACAAUAUUUUUAAAUAAAAUACUUCAUUAUAAAAUAUGAUAAAUUUAAAAAAUAAUUGUAAAAAUCAUUUCCUGUUUUAGACUUUUAACUUAUGUAUCAAACUAAUAUAGAUACCUACUCUACAAAAAUUCUUAAUGUAAAACAAAAAUAACUUUUUAGCACAAAUAUUUAUUAAACUCUUUAACUUUAUGUCAUGAAAUCUAGUCAAACACGGAAGGAUUAAAAAUUAUAAUGAUGUUCAAUCAAAAAUAUUAAAACUGAGUUGAAUUGAAGAGAAAACCGUAAAGAAAAUAUAAAAAUUCCCAAUGUAUCACGGUCAACUUUAAGUAAUAAGUAUCAAGUUUGUAAAAAUACAUAUGAUACCCAUUUCUUUAACAAAUAUAAUGCAAUAAAAAUAAUUAUAUUUCUAAUUUAUGAAUGAAGGUUACAUAAAAUCUUACCUUUAAAAAUGGUCUUGUUAAGAUGUCUCUAAGCUGGCUACCAUCAUAAGCUGUUUGAGAAUGAUUCGGUAAUGUGUUCAGUAUGUCCAAAACAUUAUGAACUAAACUAAUUAAGUCCUCAGAAAUAGGUAAAGGUGGUUUUUUUUCUGAAUCCGUUCGGCUAGAGUUUAUGAAAUGGUACAGCUAAAAAAUAAAUAAUAAAUAAUUUAGUCUUAUCUAAUCAAUUUAUUGAAUUUUGUAAAAAUAAGUUUUUACAAUAAAAUAUUUAAAUUUUAGAACUCACUCAAAUAUAUAUUUAUCAUGUUCAGAUCUAUAUAAGCAUAUCAAUGUAGUAUUGAUUAUAUGCAAUAUUUUAAGUAAGAACCAGAAUAAUUUUUAAAAACAAUAUAAAAAUAUUUUGAACAAUUUACAAUAAAUUGUAACUCAUCAAUUUAAUAAAAUAUACAUUUUUUUUUAAAAUACUUUUAAAUAUAUCACAACAUAAACAUAGUUCUUUUAAUUUUACAAUAGUCAAUACAAAAAUUAUUUAAAAAUAAAGUAAUACUUUUUAUAAAUGUAUUUAUUUUUAAUUUGUAUACAAAUUAAAUUAAAUCAGUUGUAUAAAAUGUUUAGUUAUUUAAUAAAUAUAGGUAUACUUUGAAAAAAAAAUGAAUGCAUACUAGGAAUCUACUUAAUAAACCAUAAACCUAUUCUAAAAAAUUAUAUUAUUUGCUUUAGAAAAAGAUGUGUAACUAUUAAUUGUAAUACUAUUUCACUACUUUAAAAUAAAUAAAUGUUAUUAGUACAUAAUAAAAAUACUAACCUCUAAUAAUUUACACAAUUGUUCAUCUUCUAGUAAAGGUAAAACAGUUAUUGGAGUAUCGGGAAGUGCUUCUUGUAUACAUUGAAUAUCAUCCAAUGAACUCAGAAUAACACCAACAGCUUAACAGAGUAUAAAAUAUAUAUACAUAUAUAUAUAUAUUAAUAAUUACACAAUUAACACCACUAGAAGUUCUUUUUCAAAUAAUAGAAACUAUAAAUGUAGAAUAUAUCUUUGGAAAUAUAUUAUAUAGACAUAAUUUGUGUAUGCAUUAAUCUAUUACUGGUAUCUUGUGGUUAUUUAUACCAAAAAUCAUUUAACUUUAAACUUAUCAUAUUUUACUGUGAUAAUGUUCUCAUUAAUUGUGAUUCAACCUAACCUCAUACCUAACAACCUAACCUAACAUUAUUAACAUAAUUUAAUAUUGCAUUUGAAUAGAAAUAUUAAUUUAUCAUCAGUGGAUAAAGAAUAACUGACAAUUUGUUUAAAACAGUUUUGGAAAUUAUCAUAAAAAUACACAAGUAAACAGCAUUUUACACAAUUUUUGAGUAUCCUCUACACCAUAUUAUAAGAAAUAUAGUCUUUUAUUGUUUUUAGGGAACUUGCAAAUUAUUUGAAUAAUUUAAUAUAAUUAUGAUUCAACGAUAGUAGUGCAAUUGAUGGCGUUGAGAAUUUUUUUUAGCAAAGAUAAAAUUAAAUAAAAUUCGGAAAACCCACCACCUAUAAUACAAAAUUUGUUUUUUUAAGAGGUUUUAAGGAGCCCAGCCUCUACUUUUUCAUAUAUAAUAUUUUGAUCAAAUGAUAAAGAAGUUUUCUUCACAAAGCAUAGGUCAACUUGGUAAAAUGUGACAAGAUAACAAUUUAUUCCAAUAAAUGGGAAAAACCAGAAAAAACAUGGGAAAACCGUAUGAAAAACGGGAAAAUAUAUACAAUAUUAAACAAGUAGUAUUAAAGAAAAUAUAUAAUGCAUAUGUAAUUAUUUUAAUAAUAUGACAUAUAUAUUGUUGACAAAGCAGCACUAUCAACCAAAUUUCGAUUAGAAUCAUUUUUUCAUUAGCAACGGUCUAUCAUUAGGUACUUACAGAUAUACAUUCAAUUUCCACUCUACUAACUUCUCACCUAUAACAGUGGCUGCACCCAUCCCCAUUAUCCUAAAAAAGCUUUUUAUCUAUUUAUUUUUUAAAUCAUGGCCAAAUAUACCCAAGUCUUUAAGUGUGUUAUUUUGUUGUUAUUCCUAUUACCAUAAAAUGUAACAAAUUACUUCCAGUGUGAUAUAUACUAAUAAAAUAAUCAAUUAGCAUAAUAGUGUUGCUAUCUUAACCAAUUUCUGCCAAAAAACAUAAUUCACACACCAAUGUAAUCAGAUAAAAUAUAAUCACCCGAAUUACUAAUAUCAUCAUCACCAAAGUCUGAAAACUGUUCAAUAGCAUUUGAAUUUGAAUCAAGAGAAGAUUGAUAAGUCCAACGAGGUGAUGAUACUGCUGCCAUUACAGCUCCGCGUAAACGUCGACGACUAUUAUAUAUUUUCAAUUGUUCAACUGUGUCUACUAAAUGUAUUUUGGAUGCAUUCUUAUCUCGUUCCUAGUAUUAAAUUAAUAUAUCAUUGUAAAUAAAUAAAAUGUUUUAAUGUAUUUAUAUAUUAUGCAAUAUAUACCCUUAACCAUCUAUGAUUCAAAACUUCCUGAAUAGUCAAACGUUUUUUUGGAUCUAAGCAUAACAUCUUACAUAUAAGAUCCUUAGCUGCUUCACUAAUAGGUUCCCAUUGUGGUCUGUUAAACUAUAAAAAUAAUUAUUUAUUUAUUCACAACAAAAAUACACCAAAAAUAAAUUUAAAACAUACGUUCAAUCUAGCAUCACAUAUAUUAUGAUAGAGGCGGUCACCAGUUCCGAGAAAUGGUGUCAGGCCAGAUAAUAGUAUGUGUAAUAUGACUCCAGCUGACCAAACGUCUCCAGGUUUACCAUAUUGCUGUCUUUCCACAACUUCUGGCGCCAUAAAAUGAGGAGUUCCUAUGCGACCUACAAAGCAAAAUAAUAAUUUCUUUAGAUUAAUUUUGUAUCAUUUUUGAUUUACAUAUUUUCAAAUUAUACAGUAAAUAUUUCUAAAAUAAUCUAAAAUAAAUAAAAACCAGAUGUAUAAUGGAUCUGCUUUAUUAAUAGGUAUAUUGCAUAAUACCCACCAUGAGUUUCACAUUCUGCAUUUUUACAGUUAAAACUCUCUGAUUCAGUUUAUCAUUUAAGAUUAAAAUAUUAUUAUAUAUUCUAAUACCAAAAUAUAUUUGCUUUAGAUUGUUUCAAUAUUUUACAUAUUCUAAUAAGUUAUGUCAAUGUGUUGUUUGGUUACCUAUAGAAUCUCAUUUUUUAAUUUAUAAUUAACAUUUCAAUCACAAUAAUAUAAAAAAAAAAACUUUAAAAAAUGAACAAACUUGUUAAAUAACAUAUUAACAAUAAGCUCAGAAUUGUGUAUACGUAGCAAAUAUAAUUGAAUAAUGAAAAUAAUAAUACAUAUACCUAUGUAAAUUAUAUUUCAAAAAAAAAAACUAUUAUUAAUUUAAAUAAUAUUUCAUAAUUAUAAUUAUUCAUUUGAAUGCCUCAAAAAUUGUAAAAAAAUCUAAAAAAAACAUAUUAUAUGUGUUGAUGCGAACAAAGUAAGACAAGUGCUCUUAUAACACCCAAUUAUAUUUUUUAAUCACUUUUUAAUUUUAAUAUUUUAACCAUACAAUAUUCCAUUAGGUUUAUACAUAACAAGCCCAUAUAAAAUUUGUAUUAAAAGUUCAUUAAAAGUAUUGUUCCCACUAAACCGUGUUGUGAAUAGUUGGAAUAAUAUACUCAACUAUUAAGUACCUUACAUGCUAACAAAUAUCAAGAAACUGAAUACAUGCAAAGUAGAACAUGGUGUAAAAAAAAUUCAUACUUUAUUAAAACAAAUGUUUUUUUCUAUUCAAUGAAAAAAAGUAUUUGAAUUUGUGGACGCCAUAGUAUUAUUUUAAUAUAGGUACCUAAAACUGAGAUGUUAUAGUAAGUAAGUACAUGAUAUUUUGUUAUAGAUAUAUAUUUUACAAAAUGGUUUACAAGUGCUUUUGGAAAGAUAUUCUCUUUUAGAUUUAGUCAAUAGAAUUAACACUGACCCGACACAACCAACCUAAUAAGAAAAAGAAAUAUUCAAUUAAUUUAUACGGGUGUAUUGUGCAACAGAAUAGAAUAAAGAAAUCAAAGAGAUUCCAGUGUUUCCAUCUAAUCAGGUUCGGUACUACUAUUUAUACCAACACGUCUUACAUUUUAUCACCUUUCAUAUUAAUCUACCUUGUGUUUACUUAAAUGUUGUGAUAAGGUUUUUUGUUUAAAAGUACUUAAUAUGAAUGGUUAAUUCAUAGGUUUUUUCACUCCAUAGGAAUAAUUUUUAAAAGCCUAUAUAAUAAAAGACCUUGAUCAAAGCAUUCUACUAUAUAGUAUAUACAACCAUAGGGAUAGGGUUCAUUUAUAAAGGUCGAAAAACACUCAAAACUAUUGAAUAUUGACCAUAUAAUUACAAAUUAUAAUUAAAAUCCAAAGCCAACAGGCUUAAUGUAAAAUAUUUUUUUAGUAUUUACCAAGUAAAUACCAAUGAAUUGGGUACAUUUUUUUUAAAAAACGAAGACCAAUUCAUGAUCACCACAAUACUCCAUUAUGAUUGUUUCCUAACUUUUCCAUGAUUUUUUUGGGUUGGAUUAACAGAGUAAAUAUUUAUAAAUUUUUGUUAGUUUCAUUGAUUAAAGAUUUUGAAUUCAAUACGUCCUUUAAGAGAAAAUAUAGUAACAUGAAAACUAAACCUUUAUUAAUAAAAACAAGCCUAACUUUUUUUACAAAACAACUUAGAAUUUAAAUACAAAUAUAAUAGAUACUACAUUACCAAAAAACGUAUUUAUUACAAUAAAUUUCCCUUUGUUUUUUAUUGAAAAGUCAUGUCUAGACCAGAUUAAAGUAUUUACUCAAAUUUCGGGUAGGUAAAUAUACUUAAUAUUCCUACAGAUAAAUACCCAAAAUAUUUACCUACCCAUCGACACACAAAACUGGAUGCCUAACCUAUACGAUUGUAGUUUCAUUCGCCACAGCAAUGUAACAUGGACACAUGGUAAUUAAAAGGAAAGGAAUAUAUAUAUUUUUCUUUUAUGAUUUUCUUGAAACACCGUGAGUAUAAUGUUUAUUCCAAAUAGGUACAUAUUAAGAAUUUUUAAACAGAACUCACCGCUGAGACCUGGUAACAACGGACAUUUGAAUAAUUCACCACGGUAUAAUAAUUCAUAACACGCGAUCAGUUAAUACCGAUGCAAGAGCUGGGCGGACUACCACUCCGAUUGUCAAGCUCGGGUGAAUCCCUCCUGCCUACAGGAAAAAUGAACCGCCCCGUGAGUGAAUGGAAUAAAAGUGAUCUAAUAGCCACGGGUAGGAUAACGAGCCAAAAGGGUUUACCACCACUAUUGUUAAACUUUUGAACAUAUACGUUUUCACAUUUACCGCUUUGUUAGAUUUUAUUCAACAAUAAUUACAACAUUUUAAUAAAUUUAAAAAAAAAUUUAAUUACAAAAUAUCAAAUACUGAUAUUUGUGUAAAUGUUUUACGAAUAGAAAGUUGGGAAAUUAGAAUACAUAUAAUAGGUAAUUUACUUUAAAUCUGAGCGACAAUUUCUUAAAAAAAAAAAAAAACGAUUCUGAAGUUUGAUAAAAACCUGUUUUGGAAUAUGAUUUUUAUGACACUCAUUGAAAUUUGAACUUUUAACAGAAAUAAAAAAAUUACUACACAGCUUAAUUUAAUUUUUUUUUUUAUCACUAAGAAUAACUCACAAUGAACCUUGUAAAAAUAUGCACAUCUUUAGAAAAAACCAAAAAAAUUGUAUACACAUAAAACAAAAUAAAAACUAAGAAAAACUGGAUAAUUUUUGAUCAUAAAUAAUUCAAAAAUCACCAAAAUAUUUUGGAAUUUGAAUCACACUAGAAUAUACUUUAAUCAGUGAUCAGUGAAAAUGACAUGACCUGUAACAAUUUCUAACCAAAUGUUGAAUUACAACAACAAUACAAUUUGAAUAUAACUAAAACUGUUAAUGAAUACUUUUUUCUGUUUUACCCAAUGCACCAACUAUAUAAUGUACAUACAAUCAGAAACUACCUCUUAAGGUUUUUGGAAUAUUUCAAGUACAAGUAUUUAUAUAGAAAAAAUAAAAACACAUCAUCGUAAAAUACAUCCCUCACUCUGCUCAGAAUCAAUAGCACUAAAUAAUUUUUGAAAUAAUCUGGUUAAGUCAUAAACUCACCGUAGUACUAACCACCAUCAACCUAUUAAGAUAUAAUCAGGAUAACCGUGGGAACACUUUAUCCUAUAUUAUAACAGGUUUUUAAUGGCAACAGAUAUGUAGUAAAUAGUAAAUAGAUAUUAGAUAUUGAAUUAACUAAUUUAAACAAGUGUUGUAAUAAUAACCACUACAAUUAUAAACACCUUCAUAUUUUUUCUUUUAAUUUGAUGAUCUAGAUUUUAACUUACUAGGCAUAGUGCUAGUUACACCUAGCUGACACAUCAUAAUAUUUAAAUCCACUUGCAAAUCAAAACAUUUCAUUUUUAUAUAGAAACAGUUUUUUCUUUUUCAAUUGGUUCCUAAUGCAAUCAUAUUUUGUCUAUAUACCAUUAAUGCACAAUAUUUAAUAAGCCAUGAACUUGUAACCAAUUAAAAGCAAUGCCGUUUUUUUUUUCUAUCUAUUACCAAAUGGCAUAAACUAUCUAUAUGAUUCCAAUAAAAGAAAUACAAAAGUCAGUAAAAUAAUUUAACUAGAUUUAUAUUUAAUAUUAUAAAUGAACAACUAAAGACUGUGUAAUAAAAGCAUAUACACAUUGUACAAUCUGAAAUUAUAAGUAAAACAAUCAGUUAUUUAAAAUAUUUAAAUAAUUUCUAAAAUUAAACACUGAACAAACUUCAAAAACAUGCUUUAUGUUACUGUUCACUAAUUUAAAAAUGUUUGAAAUUAAUAAAAUUAUUAGUAUAAAGCAGGCUCUAGUAACUAAAUACUGUGGCUGAUACUAAAUAUAUUAACUACUUUCUAAAGUAUAAUUUUAACAAAAUUAAUAUCUAUUAUGAAAUGUUUAGUGCUUUAAUAGCUACAUACAUUAUGUAAUAGGAUUAAAAAAUAAAAAUAAAAACAACUAGCUCUAAACACGAAUAACAAAUAUAAAAAUAAUUAGGUUAAAAUAUUAUGUUGAGUUUAUAAUUUCAUGACAAUAACAACAAUUUAAUAUAAUUUAAUAUUUAUAAAUAAUUUAUACUUCAGUACCAUUCUCAUAUUCAGUCAGCAACUAGGUAUCAAUAUCUACUAAUUGAAAACUAUUAUAAAAUAAACCGCAAUUACUAAAUUUUCUUAUCUUUAUCAAAGAAAAUAUUUAAAACAAAGGAUUAUAAUUUUAUAUUUAUGAUACCUGUAAACCAGCUUAUUUUUAGGUAUUAUUUACAAAUUAAAAAGGUUUAAAUUACUACCUUGCAAUAUAUAAUACUAAUAAUAAAAGGAUUAUAAUAAUAUAAAAAUACUAUUUUUAACAAACUAGUCAGAGUGCUUAAACAGUUAUUUCCAUUAAAAAUUGAAAAAGCAUCAAUAAUCUAAAUUCUAAAUUAAAACUUAAUGGUGUCCGGAAUAUAAAUAUCAAACCUAACUCAUGUUUGAAAUUUAAAUUUGAAUAAAUGCCAUUUUUCUAGAGACCAUUAUAUAAAUUAAUGUAAUAGACUAAUGAUAAUCGGCCUAAUAAUAAUAUAUAGACUUUAAUAAGACUAAAUGAAGUCUAUAAAUUAUAAUUAUUUAAUUUUUUUUUUUAGUAAAAUUAAAUAAAAGUUUAGUAACAGUUUGAAGAAAUAUAGAAUAAUCUCAAAAUAGAUUUAAAAAACAUAAAAUACUCUUUCCUUGUCUUCCAAACUGUAAAAUAUUGCAAUUUAAAAUCGGGUUCUAGUAUUUAAAUCUUUUUAAUAUGUAAACUGUACAUAUUUCAUAAAAGUUAUAGAAGUUAGACAUCUGAAAAAUUAAAAUAGAUUAAUUUAAAACAAAGUUUUAUGCUUUUGCAUAUACAAUGAAUAUUUUAGAUUUUAUUUCAUCAAAAAACACAUUUUCAUAUUUGUGUAAAAAUAUUACUUGCUACAUGAUCUAUUGCAGGAAUUAUAUUAUUAAAAUAUAAAAAUGUUAACAUGAAGAAAAAAACACAAUAAUGAAAUUAUCUUUUUUUUUUAUUAUUCUAAUUCUAAUUUUUAAAUAAAGAAAGAUAAUUAAGGAGAGAAAAUUGGAUAAUUUUCUGAUAAUUUAGGCACCAAAAAUGUAUGAAAAUUUGUCAUAAGUGAUUCGAGUUCAUCUCUUUCAUUUUAGAGUGGUUAAAGGUCUUUAUUUCAAUAGUUCAUUGUUUUCUUCAUUCCAAUCGGGAUAUGUACUCUCUCCAAUAUUAAAAAAAUUGCAUAAUGUGUGAUCUUCAAUCACACUCAUGUUCUCUUUGCAAGAUAUUUUUUUGAUUACACUAAGCUGUAUAUUAGUACAGUGUACCGGUAGUUGUUGAUACAAUUCCUCGCUUCAAAAACAUAUUUUGCCCCUCAAUGACAUUGAUUGUAUUUAUCUAUAUUGUGUUAGUACAGCCUGAAUAUUGUUUUUCUUGAUCAGAUUACAUCAUAGAAGUUGCAGAAUUCAUAUAUUCUUUUAUAUAAGAUCACAAAUAAGGUUAAAUUUGUCUAUCUACUUUAAAACAAAUAACUGUCCUCGAGAUCUAAUAACUUAUUCCUUCUUACAAUAAAUUCUCAAAACAACAAUUGGCAUUUGGCCUCUCAGCCAACCAUCAUAGUAUUUCCUUUUUGUAACAAAGGUUUCAUAAAUUUGCGCCAUUUUCUCGUUGCCACCAACCUGACCAACAUAAAGUGGACUCAUAAUUUCUGCAAUUUCACGAAAAUAAGAAUAGUAAUCCACUAUACUGUCUCAAUGGACUUUAGGCCCAUUGAGAUGACACUAAGAGGCCACUUAUGUAAAUUUUCGAUGAUUUCUUUAACACUUUGUUUCUAUGAAAACGUAUUAUGAAUUGGAAAUAAAUCUUACAGCAUGAUUUAGUACCUUUUUCUUCACUGAUUUCCUCGAAUAAGGCUAUAUCCAACUCAACUUUGUUGUUUUCAUUAAUUCAAAUUUCAUUUCCAAAUCACAUCAAGUUGGACGAUUACUGUUACCAGUAGGUAUUACUCCAAUAUUUUCAAAAAAUAUGCGUGCAGUACCAUUGCUUUUUGGAUGAAGAUAUUGAUGAAUUUUUCUGCUCAUUGUAGCAAUAUACAAAUGACUUCAACAUAUACACACGAAAAAUAAAUGAUGAUAAUCCAAAGUCACAAAGACCAAAACACAGGUUCACACUAUAAGUAUUAUACACAGUUAAGGAAAAAUCACUAGAACACAGUGAAUAACACAAACAUUUAUGUAUUUAUUUAUAAUAUCAAAUUUAAUAAUAUAAACAAAUUACAUAUGUUAUCUUUUUCAAAUAAAAUAUUAUCAAUACUCAAAAAAAAAUUGAUAUAUUGAUUUAUCGUCUCGAAUUGAUGAGCUGCUUAAUAUAAAUCCAUCAUAAAUGUUUGACUUAAAUUCAUCUGAAUCUUGCCAAAAAUUGUGAAUAUAAAAUUAAAUUUUGAAUUCUUUAAAAUAUACUUUAUACAUACAACAAUAUAAAUAUGAUUUUUUUAAUUUGACUUAUUAAUAUGAACCAUUUAGAUACUUUCCCCUUACCUAAUAUUUCAUGCCAUAAUUCUAUUUUGAUUCUAUACUGAAAUUAAGUGCUACUACUAGUAGUGAUAAUUAAGGUUUUGGAAAAAACCGGAAUUAGAAAUUCUUACACAAAGAAAGCUGAUAUCAUACACUAAUCAUUGUCCAACUAAGAUCUUAAGUGUUCAUAAUUACUCAUAUAGGUAUACUGCAUGAUAUAGCACUGUAGUUGAUUUUUAGUUUUGGCUAAUGUUGACUGGGGAGAAAGAAAAAAUUCAAGUAUUUAUGUAAUAAUAAUUUUUACAAUAUUACUUUUAAAUAAAUCACUAUUAUAAACAAAUAUGUUAACUAUUAUAGUUCAAAUAUGUACAAAGUAUGUCUUCCAAGUGGUAAGGCGUUGUGACAUGACCAAUCCUUAAAAUAUAGCCACCUAACAUGUAAAAACUAAAAAUGUAUCUAAUAGACAGAUAUAAAAGUGGAUUAAAAUGAUUUAGGUUUCCAUUCCACUCUGAUCUCAGAUGCAUUAUACCUUUAUUAACUACAUCUAGUCUUUUCUUAUUUAUGUUGUUCACAAAUACUGUUUUAACUAUACUAUUUUCUACUUUCCAAAUGUGGCCUGCCUACUCUAGUCUUCCAAUUCUUAUUAAUAAGACUAUAUUUCCUUUCUUGUACAGUUGUUUCAGUUGUUUAUUUUUCCAUCACUCCCAAACUUGAGUAUCGUGGUUAUACAUAGGUCCAUACAUUUUUCAUAAUAAAUUUAAAUUGUAAAUAAUAAUUUCUAUAAUUGUAACAAAAAAAAUAAUUAUUUCCUUUGUAAAUUAAGUUUUUUUCUUUAUUAGGUACCUAAUACUACUGUAUUAGUAUUAAUACACAAUGAAGGAAGCCUACAAAGACCACAAAAUAAAAUAUACAUUUCAAAUUUAUAACUAAACAAUUUUCACUUCUUACAGUGCUAAUCACAAAUAAUUAGGUUCAGAGAAGAAAUAUACAGGGUUAUUCAGCAUUGUAUACCAAAUGAACACAACAACAAAACAUAUGAGACUUUAAUGGAAAUUAAAAUAAAUAUUUAUUUUAAUCUAAAUUUUUCAUUAAAAGCCAGUUCAACCCAAAAUUUGGUUUACUGAAUUUAUCUUAAACAAAAAAGUAAAUGACUAAAAUGGCUGGAAAAGGUAAGAUGUACAGAUUUAAAAGAUCAAAUGAAAGAAGCAAAUGUUCAAUAAAUCCAAUCAGCAUUUCAAGUCCAAAGAUCACAAGUCAAAGAGUAUAUGUCAGUUUACAUCAUCAAAAAGAUUAUUGUAUUGUAUGUAACUCCUAAUAAUACCUAAAAUUUUAAUUUUGCACAUUUCAAUAUUUAACUGCACAUUUUACAGGUAUUUGCAGCACAAAAAUAGAAUCUUAAGUUAUAAAUAAUACAUAUAUAUUAAUAAACCAUUAAUCCAUUAUUUUGUUAAUGUACAUCAAACUUUCUAAAAAAAUUCUAUUACAAUAAAAAAAAAAAUGUCUGGUUUUGUUCAAAAGUUGGCAGAAAAUACACAACACAAAAACAGGAGUAAAUUCCACAUCUACAACAAUGUUAAGUUGGUCUUUUUAAAAUCAUGUUUAGGGGUACGAAAUCAAAAGUGUGAUUGGAUUUCUUUCAUAAGAAAAAAGAAUCCCCUGAAAAUGUUAAACAUAUUUUACCUUUGAUUAAGAGCUUUUACUUUUUGUAACUAAAUAUAAAUAUUUAGAAAAUUCAACAGAAUACUGUUUUUUUAAAGAAUGUUAGGUGUUUUUAGUUCAUUUUAUGAAUACAUAAAUUAUAUAACUAAAUAGCUUAGCUUUUAAAAAUAUUUAUGUUAAUAACAUGUUUGAUAUUUAAAUUUAAAAAAUUAAAAAAUUAAAACUAGUGUCCCAACACCAUGUUACUAUAUUUUGUAACCCACUUAAGUGCUCUUACCCUGUCUGUCUGAUUGUAAAUAAACUUGGCCGUUAGCACUCAAAUUGGGACGGGACAAAUCAUCAAAACUUUUUGCUUCAAAAAAUAAAAAUGAAACAGAACAAAAAAAAAAAAAAAAAACAAAAACCAAAAUAAAACAAAACAAAAACAAUUUAUGUUUAAUAUGCAUAGAAGGCUAAGAAUACCUCCAUUAAUAGAACUUCCAUCAUGCAAUUGAAUCGCAACACCAAAUCCUCCAAGUUUAACUGGAGCUGAAUUUUCUUUUGUGGCUAAUAAAACACAGUGUGGCUUAAUAUCUCUAUGAAUAAUGUCAUUAUCAUGACAAUAUCUAAUUGCUUCAAGUGUUUGCCUCAUGUAAUGGCUAAGCAAAAUAAACAUAUAAGAUUUUUUUUAUAAAUAUAGUACAAUAAUUAUAAUAUUUACCUUGCUACAGCUUCACUAUAAACAAAACCAGCUGUAGCUCUACGGACAAUUUCAAAACAAAUAUCUGAUCCAUCCAUACUGAAAAUAAAAAACAUGUAUAAGUAAUUAAAAUGAAACUAGAAUUAGAUUAAAAAUCCAUUAAAUUGAAAACAUUUCAGAAUAUUUUUUUUCAAAUAAACAAUUGGAAUUUAAUUUAUAUUAAAAAUCUUACUAUUCAAAAACCAUAUAAAGCAUUCCUUCAGAACUGUAUGUUUCUAAGAGUUCAACAAUAUGAGGAUGCUUUAGCAUAUGACAUAUUGUUGCUUCUCUUUUUAGAUCUGCAAUCAAUUUAUUAUUAAUCAAAAAAUUAGAUUUAUUGUAGCUCUAAAAAAUGAACCUAUAUAACUACCUGAUGUGCUUAAACCAGGGCUUGAUGUAAAACUUGCAACAUCCACAAUUUUAACAGCAAAUUGUUGUGCAGUUUGACGAUGAACACAUCGUUUAACCAAACUAAAUGGCCCUCUGAAAUAAAAAAUAAAAAAACAUUUAGUAAUCAUUAGUUACAAAAACAUGGUUAUAAUAUAAUAUCAUUAACUUAAUUAUUUUUGUUUUCUAAAAUGUAAUUACAGACAUAAGAGAACUAAUUUUUACUACUAUUAGAUAAACUGAAAAAAUAGAUUGUUUCAAAAACUGGAAUUAAUAAUUGUAUGAACUUCAACUUUAAUAAUAUAGGUUAAAGGGUCAUAGAUGGUAUUCUAUUUGCAUGUUCACCACAUAAAUUUAAAAUGUUACCAGAUUAAAAAAAAAAAAACUAAUUUGUACACUGCAUGUUUGAAAAAAUAAAGUGUUAUGGUUGUGUGUAUGGUUGCAUUACUUAUAUGUUAAAAUAGAGGGUAAUGUUAUUCAAAAAAAAGCUUAUGGAAAAUCACCUACAAUAAUCCAACGGGUAUACAAACCCAUAAUUAUACACUAAAUUAGAAACGUCAAAUGUUUAAACACUAAAUAUUGGAUAAUAUGAAUAUAAGAGAAACUGAACAAUUAUAAACAACAAAGUAACAGUAAGAAAAAUUUUGAUUUGCCCAAGUACAAAAUUCCGGAUUUUUGGAAUUCAAUACCAAAAAUAUAUUUAAAAUUUUUUUGACGAGUAUACAAUCUGAUGAAGACUGUAAAAACAAACAAAAAACUUUUGUACCAUACAUUUUGAAUCACAAAAUAAAUAAAAAUAAUUGUUAAGUUUAAAAAAAAUUUGUUUGAGGAUCUGAAAUUAAAUAAGCAUUUCAUUUUUAACAUUGUAAACCAAGAAAUAUGAAUUAGUAAUAAUCUAUAUAAUUAAACUAAGUUAAAUAAAUAAUUUUGAAAAUGAAAAUGGUUUGUAACACAACUAAAAAAUCAAAAAACAAAAUGUUAUGACUGCAACUGCAAAUUGAUAUGUGAGAUCCAGUACACAAUGAAUUAGAACAAAUAACAAAAUUUGCCAAGUAAAAAAUUUAUAAUCAGUUGAUAAUCAUUGAAAAUAAAUAUACUAAUUAGUAUUUAUAAACAAUUAUUAUAAAUUGAAUAGAACCAUGCUACCACUACUUAAAAUUUGUUUUAUAAGAUAUGAUGGUAAUACCAUGGUCUACCAAUUUUUAAUGACUUUAUCAAAUACACAUUGAUGAAGGAAGAUGAACUCAAACAAUUAAAAAAUAUGGAGAAAUAAAUAAAAUAAACAAAAAGAGAAAUAGACUCAAUGUGAUAGUAAAAAAAAAACAAGUUCAUAAAUCAAGUUUAUAGGAUCAGAUCUAACAUACUUUUAGAAAAAAACAUAUUUAAAUGAUUGAAAUAUGAAACAAUUAACAAUAAUGGUGAAUACACUUUUAGAUAUCUCUUAGUUCUAGUUAUAAAAUGUUAAUUUUUUUAAUUUAAUUUUAUAAAUUAAUCAAUCAAAUAAGGUUGAAUACAUUGAAUAAACUUUUUAAAAUAUAUAAUAUAUACCUACCCAAAAAAUUGGCCAACAGAUGACUAGUUUUACAAAAAUUGUCCUAAAGAAAUAAGUACUUGGUAGAAAUAUAAUAACAAUUAAUUUGAGAGACUUUGUUGUAUAAUAGGUACCUACUACAAUGUUCCCUGUCCCGAUUUAGAACAAAUAUUGCACCUAUUAUCAUGAAUUAUUUAAAGUUAAUGACAUUGGAGGUUAAAUAAUUACACCAAACAGUUAUGAAAAACAAAAUUAUGGUUUGAAAAUAAAUGAAGUCAAUAGCUUGAAAAACUAAAUGGUUACUGUGUUGCAUGUAUCAAGAUCAAAAUAGAUUCAAUUAGAGUGCUAUGCUUUUAGAAUUUUUCAGAGAUAAACAAUCAUAGAAAAGCUUAGUAAAAUCAUUUGUUUUGAUUUUUGAUCAAAUCCCAUAUAAUUUAAAAACUAAACAAAACUCAAAUGUCAAAUAUAAAAAAUAGAAAUUCACAUUGAAGAUAACAUGAAUAAUGAUAUUCAUUCUUCUAAUUUACCUAAUGAAGAGUUCAUUUUUUUUAAAAACUCUUAUGACAAUAUUCAGAAAAUUUAAAUAUGUAGAUUGAUAGGAAGAAAAAACGUUUGGAAAAAUUAGUAUUUCAUAACUAGUCAAAUUGAAAAUAUUCAAGCUAAACAAAAAAGAAAAACUAUGAUAAUUUAUUUAUUUCAAAAUUAUGUAAUGAAAUAUAAUUUAAAUAGCUAUAAAAUAUUAAACAAAUAAAAUUAAAAGUAUAACAUUCAUCAAACGUGUUACUCUAUAUUCAUAGCAUAGGUAUUCAUAGAAUUUUAUAGACUUAGGUAAGUAUAAAAUGAACAUACAAAUGGCUAUUAUUGGGUGAAUUCAGAAUUACUGAUACUAAAUUUUAAAAUUAUAGUUUUAAUCAUGACAAAUAUAUUUAAAAUUCUAUAAUUUAUUUAUUUUUCUACAUUGAGGGUGAAAAUGAAAAAUUGGCAAUUCCCAAUUUGAAAAUAAUAUUUAUUAAUCAGACACUUGUCUUACCUAAUAUUCAAUUAUGAAUUAUUCACGUCCUAUGGUUUAUUACCUAAUUAAUCUUAACAAAUUAACCUAUUAGGAUAAAGAAUUAAAUGUCUGAAAAUACAUUUUACUAAAAUGUAACUAUUUAGAUCAAGGCUAUAAAAUUAAAAAAUAAAAAGUCACCCUUGCCAACGCUUGUAUUUACCUACUCUAUUAAAUGUACAAAAAAAAAAAAAUUAAUCUGUUUAAAAUGUAUACAUUUUAUUCAUAUGGCAAGUAUAUUGUAAUCCCAUAUAUUAGAUUAACUUCACAUCUAUAAAUAAAAGGGUCCAACAACAUAAUAACAAGAAACAAAUGCAUAAAUAAUUUAUACAUCUAAAACUCAUACACAAUUCAUCUCACACAGCCACAAAGGUGAAUUUAUGUACCUGCCCGACUCAAUUUAUAAUUGUUCUUUUUUUUUAAAACAGUUAAGUAGUAUCCCUCGCUACUUAAAUUGAAUGAAAAAUUCAAUACCUAAUUAAAUUGUUGCAAUAUAAAUUUAAAUGUAUCAACCCUGUACCGACCCUAUUCAAAUAUUUAUGGCUACAAAUUUAUUUUAUUUUUAUUAUUAUUAUUUAAGUAGGUAGAUAAUAGUAGAUUGUAAAAUGUUGAAACUAGGCCAGUCAGGUAGGAAUAUUUUAUUUGGUAGAUACCUAUCUAUACGGAGUAACACACAGUAAAUAUUUACAAGAGAUGCAUCUCUCUUAUUGAUCUUAUUUUAGUACCUAAUAUUUUAUGACUACCAAUUUUUAAAUUCGAAUUUCUUUACCUUUUAGUCAGAAAAAUCAACAAUUUAAUGUCUUAAUAUCUAUAGUUAUUAUUUCAAAAAAAACCUACUUAUACUUUUUCUUGUUUAAAAUGAAAUCGAAAUCAGAACAUAAUAAUAUGAAACAGUCAGGGAUUGGUACCCAAAUAAUAAUAGAUGUCAAUGACAAAGAUUUAAAUAUAAUUCCGAUUGUAAUAUAAAUUACUUCUAAAAAAAAUCUAUUUUUUUUUUGCCAGGCUAAACAUUAUGCAAUAUGACACAGGUCAAUUUUCAAUGGCGAAAUUCUAAAUACGCUACUGGCCAGGUAGAUAUACUUAACGAGAUAGUAAAAUAGGUGGUUGUUAAAAUUGUACUUUAAGUAACGACGGAGGUCGGAAUAAAUAUUUAAUAUUAUUUCGUUAUGAUGGUCGAUGGAAAUCGUUAAAUGGAUGAAUAGAAUAGGGGAGGACACUCACUUUCCGAUGGUCUCGAGCAGUUCGUAGACAUCGUCGAAAAGUACUUCCUCGUCGGCCAUGGUGGAUCGCCUCUACGAUCGGCCGACAGUCAUAACAACAAACACAAUAAUAACAACAGCCGUUGACCGGACAAACGUUACCGGUAACUGCUGGUACGGUGAGCACGACGCAUCGGGAGUGGGACACGAGUGAACGAGCGGGUUGUCACGGAAGUGUCGCCGAGAUAGAAGACGAAAAAGGAAACGGGACGAUGAGUAACACGAAGCGCACACAACGUACGUCCGGCGCCGUUAUCGUGUUGACGCCGACGGCCUUAUGAGUUACAGGCUCAUACACGCCUGGUGAUGGGCAGUGGGCCACCGAGUGCCGAUGCCGAAUGUUGCAGCUGGUUCGCGCUGCCGUCGGUCUAUCGUGACCGGUGGUGGUACGUCCCCGCCCAGUCGAUGCUACAACUGAUUCCUGAACUUUGGUCGCCGUACGGGGCUACCGCACGAACCGCGGUAUCUCGCGUUUACGUUCCGAUACGCAGUUAACUUCAGCCGAUACAGCCGUAGAUAAUAAUUCUUUAUUAUCGGGUAUAGCGACUGCUGCCUGUUGAUAACAUAUUAUAGUGAUAACACUUUUUGUUAAUGGUGAUAAUUUAUUUGAUAGUGCAAUUUUUAUUGUUUUUGUUAUUAAAUAAGAAAAAAAAAACAGUAUUUUGUUUAAAUAACUUACUAGUAAAUUAAAUUUUUUUUUUUUUGUUUUCAUCGUAUAAUUCACAUACACAAUAAUAAAGCAUAUAUUAUAAACACAAUUCUAGACAGUUUUUAAUCGUUAGAAAAAUAAUUUAAAACAAUAACAACAAAUACUAUAAUGCUAUACGUGAUAAGCCAUAUAUGUGUAGGAAAAAUCGAAUCAGUUGAACAUAAUUUAUUUAUUAUCUAAAGUACGAUGUAUCUCGUCGAGCAGGCGACUUCAUGACAGUAUUGAUGACCCGCAAGUUUUGUAUUUUUAAAAAUUUUAAAUCACGCAACCAGUAACCACCGUUAAGGUGUAUUUAAAUAGUAGGC